AUGUCCACCGUCCUAUCUAAAAAGGACUCAUCACAGGAUGAAAAGUUGAGUCCAAAUUUACAAACACUGCUUCUUCUUCAGUUGGGCUAUCUCUCAAGGUACGUGGGCAAGAUCUACCAUGUUCUCCAUGAAGCAAAUAAUGUUUCCAUUCUGGUGGUUUGCAAAGGAAAGGUGUUGCACCCAUAUCACAAACACGUUCAGAUGGGGAUGUUUGAGAUUGAAGUAAUCUCUAUAUAUACGCAUGCAAACAUGUAUCUAUCACUUCUAAAGUGUACAAAAACAAAGAAUAUGAGAACUCUAAGAAUGGACGAAAGCUUAGAGAAACUCAAUAGCUUAUCCUUCGGUAAAUUCACGCUUAGGUCUCAAAAUAGUUUUUGCUCACUUGUGCCAUUACAGAGAGAACAUGUUCCGAAGCAUAUCAGACUGAUUCCACUCGUAAUGGUGGUCCAGAACCGAAAUGCCAGCAAGUUCUCUCUGCAUGAGAGAUACAGCAACCUCUGAACAUCGUUUCAGCCUUCUUUAGGCCUCAUCAGUGAGGUGUAGCUGAUAUCCCUCUGGGCACAGUGAACACAGGGUGCAUGUCUGGAUAACCCUUUUAACUUGGGGAGUGCCAGGUUAAUGUAUUGCAACACAAAAAACAGAGAAUAUGAGAUUGGGCCUCAUCAGUGAGGUGUAGCUGAUACCCUGAUAAGUGAGUGAGGCACAGUGAGCUCGGGGUCCACUGGAGAGUAUUCCGCACAAGGACUCUUUGUUAUAUAGCCCUGUGGUUACAUUAAAAGUAAUGUUAGUACUUAUAUGGUCGUUUAUUCUCACAUAAUCCGCCUGAUUUGGGAUAUAGUCAAUCUCGUUGGAAAACAAAAGUCUCAGACUUUAAGGAAUCCUUUUAGAUUCAAACGUAUUUAAUGUAAGCUUAUGACAGUCUGCAUCUCCAGGCUGUGUAGGAAACUAAAUAAUAUAUUUCCUGUCAGUCUCAAAGAUCAGCAGUUUGAUAUUUGUCCAUGACCUUUAUUAAGUAGCAUCAAUUGUAUGAUGAUUUUAAGAUAAUAAUAAUAAUAACAAAGUAUUUAACCAGGAAAGAUGAUUAGAACCUUAAUGAAAUUAACUCAGUGAUUUUGAUAGACUAACGGAGAGCCAUACAGAAAAAUAAUUCAACAUUUCAUAUCAUUUAGCAAAAAAAAAAAAAAAAAAUCUACAUUUUAUUUUUAAUGGUUAUAAAACGUUUCUGUAAUUUUCUAGCUACUGAACACCAGUGAUUAACAGAGACAUGCAAUUUCUUGGUAUCCUGAUAUAAACAUUUCAAUGUUUCCACUGUGAAAAUAUAUAUACUUUUUAUUUUUUUCCAAAUAGGUGGAAGCAUUUGUAUGCAGAGCAUGUACAGACAGAUACUGCAAUGUCGUAGACAGCAGAGCUGCCUCCUCUGUAGCUGGAAUCCCCACCAAUUAACUCUCAGUUACCAUCCAAGCGUAAAUACAUUAUUUCUUUUCGAUGGUGGUCUGGUUCCCUUAAUAUAAUUAAUGUAUUGAUUUAUGAUAAGGGCGCUAUAUGAGAAUUAUUAAAUAAAUAUAUUAAAGCAGAAUUUGCAACAGAAAAAAAUACUAAAUUAUUUCAGAUGAUUAACCUAUUUGAGAAGGUAAUUGUGUCAGUGUAUGUAAAAAAUUUAAGAAAUAGCCAGAAAUUGAGUGUGAAGCAGUAUAAUUUGGAAUUAAAAUGUGUAUGAGAUGGGCACGACUAAAAGCUACUCCCCUGCUAGAAGUACAGAGCUAUUCCAAUCAGAUUAUAAUACCAUGUAUCUGGUUUGUUACUGCAAACCUCCUAACAUUUCAGAUUGACAAAGAGUGACCCUUUUAUUUUAAGGGUGUCAGUGCAGCCAGGGGCAGGGCUGUUCUGGGGAAUUUUAGGUGACUUAUUUAUAACAAUUAAUGCAACUAAAAUGUAAUUUCUAACAAGAGCAAUGUGUUUUAUUUGCACAGACUGGUUUCUAAACACAUUUAUUGUAGUCUAAAGACACAUUAAUGGGAGCAUUAUUCCUGUUGAGCUCUGUUAUACACUCAGACAAACCAACAAUGUGGAGCACCUAGAAAAAAGGGGUACACUAGGAUAGCAAAGGACAGGGAAAUUUGGGCCCAAAAUAGGGACUGCCCCUACUACAUAGGGACACUUGGGAGGUAUUGUGUGUAGUGUGUACUGCAUACCACUCCCAUCAUAAGAUUUGUCCUGCUGUUAAUAUUCCCUUCCAUCCCAUACAAACAAAUAACUAGUCACCCAUUAUAGCACUUUGUAAAGGACAUCUCAGUGCUUAGAAAGACAUGGAACCAUUACCGUAAAUUUAUUAUAGAAUGGCAAUAUGUGUGCAAAGGUUGCUAUCCUGACUACCUGCAGUAGAAGUGUAAUAAAAACCCUUGUCACAGUAUGGUUGGGCCCCUGAAUGAUAAUACAAUACAGUAUUGAUUCAGUUUAUACAGUAUGCAUAGUGUAUAAAUUGAUAUAAUUUAUAUUGUACUGCUUCUGGAUAUUUUCAAGCAGAGAGCUGAACCAAAUCAGUUUAAAUGUAUCCUAUCUGAUGUGACAUGUGGCAUAGUACCCCUGACUCAAAAAUGUGCCUAGAGUUCUUCUUUAUUAAUAUUCUUUCAGCUGUUCAGAAACACUGUACAUAUUGAAACGUGCAAGAUCCUGUACAGUGUAAAAGGAAGGAAGGAGAUACUGUUAUUUAGAGGCCCUCUCUGCAAGGCAGAAAAAAAAACAGACCAAAGCCCUGGUGGAACAAUCUGUUUUUCUGCUGGGUAAGAACCAGAGGGGGAGCCCUAAGCAGAGCCUCAUGAGCACCAUGCGGUAUGGCCGACAGGAAGCUCUCUAGCUCUUACAGCACAGAACUACAAAUCCCAUGAUGCUUUUCCAGCUUCUAGGCCAAGACCUGCUGUAUUCUAGUUUUCCUCCAUAUCCCCAGAAAAAUAAUUGCUCCCUGAUUUUUCUGGACAAAAGCAAAAUCUGCAAAAAAACAAACACACCUCACAGAUGUUUGUGUUCAGGGAAGUCCAAACAAGAAAAUAUGCUUGUUUUACACACAUGAGCACAUAAACAACAUUUUUCAGAUUCAGAACAUGAAUACAACUUAGCAUUGAAGGGUUGGGGUCAUCCAAUAUUUGAGGGGUUAUAUAAAUGAGUAGAGGCUGGGAGCUCUAAAGAGGAAUAUAAUAGCAAAUGAAUAAGCAAUAUUGUGAAAACAGGCACAAUGGCCUUACAGAGGUUGGCUGGACAGCCCUAUUAACAUUGCCAAGCACCUCUCUCUAUUUGAUGGGCUAAUGUCUUCGAUGCAUCUUCGAUUAUUUACCCUCUACGGAUCAAUUCUCAAGCUUUCCUCCAAAGACUGCAAGCUCCAGCGAUCAAAGUACUCUCUCCUCACCUCACCCAAAGCUGGAAUGUUUUUUUCUCAAGAUUCUUGAAAACAAGAGAAAUCUCAAUGUAUCCUUCCUGGUAAAACUAAAGGAGGAGACUAUAUUUAAAAGAAGAUAAACUACCACAACAAGAGGACAUAGUCUUAAAUUAGAGGGGCAAAUGUUUAAAAAUAAUAUCAGGAAGUAUUACUUUACUGAGAGGGUAGUGGAUGCAUGGAAUAGCCUUCCAGCUGAAGUGGUAGAGGUUAACACAGUAAAGGAGUUUAAGCAUGCGUGGGAUAGGCAUAAGGCUAUCCUAACUAAGGCUAGGGAUUAAUGAAAGUAUUUAGAAAAUUGGGCAGACUAGAUGGGCCGAAUGGUUCUUAUCUGCCGUCACAUUCUAUGUUUCUAAAACAUUUUAUAAAUAAAUAAAGAUUCCAUUUGGGUUUAUUCAAACUGCCUGCUGUGUUUUUCUGAUAACCAGCUUCCUAAAUUUUAGUGGACAUUAGCUAAGAUGGAACAAAGUGACCUUUUAUUCAGAAGUCAUCUGAGAUUUGUUUUGUGCUGUUUUUUUACCCUAUUUGACCUGCAACUUUUUUUUUUUAAAUAAAUAAACCCAUAGUGUUGUAUAUAAAUAAAAUGAUAAAAAUGUUUUACAAGCGAUUUGUUACUGAAUCUAAAUUUUGUACAAAAUGAAUCUAUAUAACAAUCAAACACAAUAUUUGCAUUAUACUGAGAGAAAACGUCAGUAUAAUCUUGCAUUUCCAUAGAGGUCAAAUAACAAUGAAUACAACAGACAGAGCUACCAUGUUUAAACAUGUUGCCUGUGAAACUACAGCGUCACCUUAAAAACAUUUAAAAAAAAAAAAAGCAUUUAUAGACGUUCUAGUGGUGAAUAACUUGUGGGCCUCAAUGUUCUGCCUCUAUCCCACAGCCUCAGUACACAAAAUGUUUUGUACAAUUUUGCUUCCAGUUAAUUUUGGUCUAAAAAGCCUAUCAUUCUUUACAAAGCUGCAGCUGUCCAAGAAUGAUAGGAGUUACAAUAUCAGUAAGGAGCUACACAAUUGUGUAAUUUGUACUACAUACAUUUAAAAUGUGUCUUAUAUAUAUAUAUAUAUAUAUUAUUAUUUUUUUUUAACAGAGCAAGGCAGUCUUUUAUUAUGGUCAAGGGAAGGCUGUGGAAUUCUCUCAUGCAGAGCCCCUGCAAUACAGUCUGUGAACGCCCACACAACCACAAAUGCUGUGAUAUUCCCAAUGGGGUCGCACACAUCUGUAAAAUUAAAACACCUCAGCCAGCAUUAGCUGGGUUUAACCAAAUACUCUAAGAAUGAAUGCAUUGAGUUUAAUUCAUUUUUUAAUAUACAAUGUCAUGAAAUAAUAAUGGAAUAAGACUAAGUAGAGAAUGAUGUUAACUGUGGCCUGCACUGUAACAAUUGCACUGUAUACAAUUGUGUAUAUUUUUAAGAUGUCAACGUGCUCUGCAUAUAAGACAACUAAUAUCAUUGCCCUCUGUAACUCCCUGAUACAUAAAAAAAGAUCCAUGUGUACCUGUGGACUAUACAAAAUAUAUAUUUUUUUUAAAAUGAAAGAAAAUGAUAGUCAGUUUUAUAGAGGUCGGAAAUAACAAAUUAUCUUAUAAAUCUUUUAGAAUUGUAAUAAUGUAUCAAGAUCUACGUGUUAACUAGCAAACCACCAUAUUUGCAACAAGCUGAAUCUUAUUUAUGCCAUCAUAAAUAUGUAUUACUUCUAUCUAUCUAUAUGUAAAAAAACAGGAAUCCCUUGUUUAAUUUCAAAACACGGUUUUUUUAAAUGUUUAAUUAUUUGUCAAUUAUCAAUGAUAACAAUACAGCAUUGAUUUUGCAAUCAUUUUUAAUUUUUUUUUAAAUAAAAAAAAAAACAACUGCAUGUGAUAUCAGAUUACAUAUACUAUUUGUAACUGAUCACUUUUGUGUUUGCCUUUUGUUUGGGGAAUCUUAUCUUAAUAAAUUAAUUAUAUGUUGAGAAAUCAAAAUCAAAGGCAUUUUCCCCCAACACGUAAUAAAAUAUUUUUUUAAAACCUGAAUAAAGUUAUUAAAAAAAAAAAAAAAAGAAAGCAAAACAAAACUAUAAAUGUACAAGGGAACCUUUGGGUGUGUUAGUUUGUUAUGUAUACAAUUCAUUCCAAAACAGAAUAGAUUGUCAUUGACAACCAUAUAAACUUGUAUCCUGGCAUGUCCCCUUUCUAUAUCUGCAGACUGCUUGUGUGAUCCAUCUACAAAGAGCUGAGUAUUGAAGGUGUCUCUAAGCUACAGAGAAAAAUCAGAAAAAAAAAAGAAGCAAUGAAGCUGUUAGAAAUCGAAUAAUAUAGUGGGAUGAGGGUGACACCUUAAGGUAAUCCGGCUGUGGUCUGUAUCCAACUCUCAGCAUCCUCUCGCUUUCUGAGGAUGAUGGGAGUGGGAGAACAUUGGCUCCUGGACACUGUAAAGAAGGAGGUGACUAGGUUAAAGUGUGCCUCACCCGGUAGAAGCCAAACCUCUUCCUGCCACGCAGAGCUUCUUGUGUCAUCAGAUCUCCAACACCCCAACAGGGGAGCCAGCUAUAGGUUAAUAAUAAUAAAUAAAGGCAAUUUAUAUAUAUAUAUUUAUAUUAAUGAUAUAUAUAUAUAUAUAUUUGGGGAGAAAAAUGCAGAUAUCCAGACAUGAGUUGGGGGGAAAAAAAGCAUCCGGAGAGAAGGGAGGAGGCUGAGCUCCACUGAGUGAUCAGGGAGGGCAUGCAGCCCCUCCUAGCCCUGUGACAGAGGCUCUGCAUGACACACAGGGCGCUGGACAUUCUAGAACUCCUACCAGGCGCAGAGCAUGUGGCACGUAGUGAUGCCUUCUAGUGGACCUGGCACCCACAGAACGCACAGCACUGCUCUGCUCAUCCCAGUGACAACAUCCUCACAAGCCAGCGAUGACCAAGCAGCCAACCCCUCCCUCCCCCCACUACCCCUGCUGGGCUGCCCAGGAAGCCCCGUGUAUGUUGUUGAAGGUCCCUGGAGAAGACAGGCCAAGUUCAAAGACCAAAGAGCUCCAGUAAGGUCCUCAUUUGAGAUGGAUGUCCACCUACAGCCUCUUCCCUGAGGGGAGGGGGUCCCAGUGACCCUCUCACAACCUAUUUAGCCUUGCAGAUCCAUCCUGUUGUUGUUCCCCCUCUCUUUCAGAGCCCCCACUCCUGUCUGCACGUGGGAGGGGAGCUACAAGGAAAUGUAAAGGGGAAAAAAGGAGAUUAGGAGAAGGAGGAGCUGAUAUCUCAUGCCAUCCUUUCCAGAGACUCUCAGGACCCACCUCCUCCUCCAUGUAAAUAGGGUAGAGGUGGGCAGAAGACUGCAGUUUGUUGUGCUUGGUGGGGGCUCAUCAUGAAACCCAGCUCUCUGGCUAAUCUGCAUUUUGGGCACUCACUGUAACCCUUCCCUUUCCUCAUACAGAUUAUUUUGAGCACUCAAUAUUAUGUUGUGAAAUAAUUAACUCUCUGAAUUUCAAAAUCCCUGACAUCCUUAUGUCUGCUGUGUAUGGAAUAAGCAGAAUACAUUGUUCUAGAAUGCCCCCUCUAUGAAAUAUAAAUUAUCCAGCCCUGGGCUAUAAGCCAAAAAAAAAACAUUGCAAAAUUUGCAGGCUUGCCCUGCCUCGCUGUCACCUUUCACUUUUAUUUACGCAGAUGAAAUAUGGUAAAAUUAAAAACAGGAAAUAUAAAAAAAAGUUAUCAAGCCACAGCCCUUGACAUUUAAACCUAGAAAAAAAAUGAUAUAGUCAUACGGUGUUGCACAAUAUGCCAGUGUCUAAAAAUGACAAUAUUUGCAAGAUUCUAAGAGGAACACAUGGCACCGGAGAUGUUAUCAGGGUUAAACUGCUGUGGAGGACUGCGAAACAGUCAGAUUGGAAACAUUUUCAAACCCAAAAGCUAUUUAUUUCAACAACUCUAGUUUCCCACCGAGUGUUCAAAAAAAAGAACACAAAGCUCAAAUUUCAGUGAGAAACCCUCCAAAUGACCACUGUUCAGAUCUUAAUUUGCUAAACAGUGAUCUGUGAUGAAUGGACAAAGGAAGUGGGAAAUUUAAGGUUAAAUAGCCAACUGGAAAAAUUCUCACAUCGUCCCAUCUUGGCCUAAAUUUUGCAAUGCCAUUUUCAACACGCUGUUUAGUAGUUAAAUCCCUAAGUACAGAAGAGUGACAUGAUUCCUUGUAGGAGGAAGACAAAAAAUAGGAUAAGGUGGGUGAUGGGUACAAGAAAAAGUCGCUGAAGUGGAGAAAAAAAAAAUAGAAAAUGUGGUGUGGAGAGAAACAGCAUUCAAGAAUAAUUACAUGUCCAAAUACAUAAACAUAUAAAAAUAUGGAAGAAUAUCACCAAAUUAAGUAUUUUUUCUGUUGUUUAAUAUCAAGACCAUAAGAUCUUGUUUUUUCUUUUUUUUUUUAAAUAGGGGUGGUUAAAGAUAUUGUAAACAGAUACAUAAUUAGAUAGAUGACAGACAGAUGGGCUGCAAAUUAUUCAGUUAUUUUUACUUUAUUCUGGAUCAUAACAGAACCAGUGCUUAGCAUGUACAGCUCAGUUCCUUGACUCGACUUGCCACAUCAACGCUCUAAUGAAGGACGAAUGUAAAAUGUGCAUUCAAGGCUUCUUUUGGUAAACAUUUCACCCACAGCAGUGCAGGAGCAUGCAUUGUUUUGUGUCCCUCAAUAAAACAAAAAUUAUUUAGGCCUGUGCUGAGUGCCUGCCUAAGACGACCUGCGAAUAAUGGAAAAUAAUGCAAAAUAUCCAUCAUUAUCAAUUUUUUCCAUGAUAUUAUCUACCCAUUACCAGUCACAUUAUUCAUCUUUUAAACAAAUGUUAAAAUUGAGGUUAAAAUGGCUGCGCUGUGAGUAUAAGCAGAAUAGAUUUGAUUCCUCACGCCCCCAAAUGAGCUAUUUUGGCAUAACUAUUGAUAAUUCCAUUUUUAGUUUAGUUUGCUGUUUAGCGAGUAACCGUAGCUGCGUGGGCUGCUUUUCUGGGCCCAGUUUUUAAACCGAGGUUAACGUUCGGAGCCACAAUAACCCUUUCCUGUCUUUUUGUUCCCUCUAAGCCUUUUCUGAAACGGAAGAUUGGUCUGGAUCUAAGCUCUACAAUAGAACUGUAUUCACUUGUAAGAGGACUGGCCGAGAGGGCUACUAUAAUACAGAAUGGCCUAUAAUACAGAAUUGUUAUGUAGUGGGUUAAAACAAAUGCAGAGCGAUGGAGCUUUAAAUAAUAAUAUAAAUAAUGACCAAGCUAAGGUUUCUUAUUAAGGAGCAUAUUAUGAGAAAUUAAAAAUAGGCCAAAAUAAGAGAGCUGGAAAAAUUCUCUAAGUCAGCUAUGUUUUCACUUAAUUAAUUUUGUAUAAAAAUAUUAAAUAUUUGAAUACAGAAUACAUUCUUGUCAAUUCACACUUAUAGCCAGGAUUGUUUAUUCACUAUAAAUAUAGCACAUGUCAACCAAAUAUAUAAUAAUUUAAAAAAUUUUUUUAAAAAAAUCCAGGAUGGAUAAAAUGAUUGUGAUUUAUGUUAUUUUCUAUAAUUCCUCAUUAAGGAACAACACGUCCCAUAUAGAGCAGCUAAGCACUAGACAGGGGUUAUAUAACAUCCUCUCCCCUCGGCUCCUCUCCUCCGACUGUGGGAAAAACAGCUCAGAGCGCGGGUGUCACUGCGUCUCGUGACUGCCUCGCCUUGACGGACACCACUAGCCGCCCAGUAGGCGUGAGGGUGGCGGUCGGCCAUCCAAUGGCACGGCAGCUGGUGGGCGUGGUUACGGCGCCCCUCCUUCAGUUCCCGCCGCCCCUGCCGCCGGAGCCGGGGAUCCCCGUGUGGUCAGUUGAGUUUCCGCCCGUGGAGGUAGAGAGUGUGCGGGGGGAGGGGAGGCGGUGUGUGGAUCGGCUGUCUAUGCGGAUUGGGGGGGUGGGGGAGCUGGCUUGUUGGGGAGCCCUCCCGAAAUUACACAAACUAAGCAACGGAGAGCUGCGGCUGGCAGGCAGGCCUCUCAUCCACUGGAGCCCAAAGGAUAUACCAAGCCUGGGAGCCCUGGAACGCUGGCCCGCUGGAGCUGCUCCCGGGCUCAGGCUUUCAGGAAACACCGCGGCUUCACUAGAGGCCUAGUAGCUUUUUGGACUCUGGGAAAGUGUAAAGCGGGAUUUUGCUGUGGGACCGAGGUGGACAUACUGUGGGAGGGACGGGUAAGUGACUGUGACAUUCACCCAGGCUUAUUUUAUCAGAUUUUUACACAAAAAGUAGGUUGUUUCCUUCAAACCUGUCAGGGUCAGUGCUUUGUAGAGCCAGGUGCUCUGUGUGGCUGGGUAUGGGUCAGGAAUGCACUGUGAACUUGUUUGUAGUUGUUUUUCAGUUACUUUUGCAGCUUUAAACCACAUUCUCACAGCAGUGAAUGCUUUCCUGAGCUGGCAAUACCAGGGUGCUCUGUGCUGUGUAGGAUCCUGAGCUGGCAAUACCAGGGUGCCCAGUGCUGUGUGGGACCCUGAGCUGGCAAUACCAGGGUGCCCAGUGCUGUGUGGGACCCUGAGCUGGCAAUACCUGGGUACCCAGUGCUGUGUGGGACCCUGAGCUGGCAAUACCUGGGUACCCAGUGCUGUGUGGGACCCUGAGCUGGCAAUACCAGGGUACCCAGUGCUGUGUGGGACCCUGAGCUGGCAAUAUCAGGGUGCCCUGUGCUGUGUGGGAUCCUGAGCCUGCAAUACCAGGGUACCCAGUGCUGUGUGGGAUCCUGAGCUGGCAAUACCAGGGUACCCAGUGCUGUGUGGGACCCUGAGCUGGCAAUACCAGGGUGCCCAGUGCUGUGUGGGACCCUGAGCUGGCAAUACCAGGGUGCCUAGUGCUGUGUGGGACCCUGAGCUGGCAAUACCAGGGUGCCCAGUGCUGUGUGGGACCCUGAGCUGGCAAUACCAGGGUGCCCUGUGUUGUGUGGGACCCUGAGCUGGCAAUACCAGGGUGCCCUGUGCUGUGUGGGACCCUGAGCUGGCAAUACCAGGGUGCCCUGUGCUGUGUGGGACCCUGAGCUGGCAAUACCCGGGUGCCCUGUGCUGUGUGGGACCCUGAGUUGGCAAUACCAGGGUGCCCUGUGCUGUGUGGGACCCUGAUAUGGCAAUACCAGGGUGUCCUGUGCUGCGUGGGACCCUGAGCUGGAAAUACCAGGGUACUCUGGACUGCCUGUGAGCCUGAUAUGGCAAUGCCUUGGUGCCCUGUGAUCUGUGUGACCCUGAGAUGGCAAUGCAAGGCCCUGAGGAGCUUUGUGUGCCCUGUACCUAAUACUGGGUUAUGUGAACCUCUGGACUGGCAAUUAUACUCUAAUGGACUGUCUCUAUACUUCAGUGCUGGCAGCCCCACUCACCUGGAUCCCUGUGUUAGCAGUUUUAUUUUGUAAUAUUAAGUGUGAACCCCAGUACUGGUAGUCAUAUCUUGUAAUGGGACGUGUAAAUCCCAGUAUGUGUCCCUGUGCUGGUGAUCUCAUUAUUAAUGGGACAUGUGAAGCCUAGUAUGUACUCUUGUGCAUUCAGUUUUAUCAUGUACUCCUAUGUUAACAGUCUCUUCCUUCAAUGGGACAUGUGAACCCGAGAAUAUCUCUCUGCAGGCAAGCUUGUCCUGUAAUGGGCUCUGUGAACCCCAUUAGGAACAUGCAAGCCCUAGUAUAUUCCUUUGCUGGCAAGCUGACCAUCAAAUGGGUUCCGUGAACCCCAAUAUGUAUUCCCUGUUCUGGCAAUCUCAUCCUCUAAUCGGCUCUGUUAAAUUCAUGUGCUGGUAAACACGCAAAUGAACAGUUUGUACCCUUGUGCUUGCAACCCUUCUCUGUGUUUAAGAACCCCUGUACUGGCUAUACCACACUCUUAAGCUUUGUGAAUCUUUGUAUAUAUCUUUGCACUCCCAAUCACUUUCUUAAAUGGGUCCUGUGAAUUCUUGGAUUUUUCAAAUGGGCUGUGUAACCCCAUGUACACCUUUGCUGGAAAAUCUAUUCUCUGGUUGUGUGAUCCCGUAAGCUGUGCUUCCAUAUGUUUUAAUACCAUUCUGUUUGAUCUACGUCAGUGAUCUGUGUUGAUAUUUUGUUCACUUAUAAUUAUGUAUAUUUUUUUUUAAUCACGUUUGGUUUGGGGUUACAAUCAAGAGUUAAAACUUAGGAAAGCAGGAUCAUUUAAUAGUCAAAGAUAAAUUAAAUUGACACUGGUGGUAUUGCUGUGCUGGUAGUCCUAUUUUCUAAACUCUGUGCAGCCAGUCUUACUCUGUAGGGCCAUUUGAAUUUCUAUGUAUCAGGUUUUUCUGGGAAUCCAGAAAACCUGAUGCAGCCAGCCCCAUAAAUCUCUUUGCUGCUUAGUAUACCCCUGUGUGUUUCCUUGUCCUGGCAAUCAGUGGCAAGCACUCUGUUUUUAUCCUUGUUGAAUUCGUACUAAUCUGGGUCUCUUGUAUUUUCUGUGGGGCUAUAUUUACUCAUGUGCUGGUGAUUGCAGUCUCUGUGGGGGUUUUCUAUCCAUGUGUUUGCGCUUCCUCUCUGCGGAACUGUUUCUACACUGUGCUGGCAGUCCAUGCAUGUAUACAUGUGAUAGCAAUUCCCUGUUUCUGCAGGGCUGUGUGUAUCCAUGUGCUAGCAGUUCCACUCGUUGUGGGACUUUAAGAAUGGUUGUGCUUCAAGUACUCCCCUUUGUGGCUCUGUGUCCAUGUGCUAGCAAUUCCAGUUUCUGAUGUUGUGCAUUCCUAUGCUAACAAUAUGUUUUCUAGAGCUCUCUGUACCCCCAUGUUUAGAAACCUUUUUUUGUUACAGAUACCCCUGUUUAUCGGUUUGUGUGCAUCUCUCAUGGCAGACUUAUACUCUACGGUCUGCAUGUACCUAUGUUCCUUGUGCUUCCAGUCUCCAUUUUUACAAAGCUGUAUGGUACCAUGCUUUGGCAGUCGUACUCUCCAUACAUUUAUUAUUUUCCUUUUUCUGGCUGUAUGUACCCAUAUUCUUUUAAUACCAUAUUUUAAAAUAAGGCUUUCGCAGUGCUGACCAUACCAUUCUCAAGGGAGGUUGGUCCAUAUCCAUACAAUACAGAUUAUACUUUCUAUGGGACUGUGUUUGGCCUAUAGUAGUACUCCUGUGUUUUGGGAUUAGUCUCUCUGGUGUAAAUGUGCCCCUGUGUGUCCAUUUCUGUUUUCUAUGGGAUGGUAUGUACCUCUCUUUCAUGCGUUGCCAUUAUCACACUUUUGGACAGUUUAUCCCUGUAUUUCUGGUUGAAGUCUCUAUGGUUCUGUGUAUACCCAUUUGCCUUACAUGGCUGUUCUCAAUGCCAUUGUGUCUACCAUUGUUCUGAUAAUCCUUAUCUGUUAUUUGUACUGUUGGUGCGAUUUGCAGCCUAUCCCAGUCUCUCUGAUGCUGCUUGUAUUAUUAUGUUAGGUUUACCAAGCCAUACAAGGCUGUUUUUCUGUUCCCAGUCUCUGUUGGAAGCGUAUACUCAUGCUGGCAAUUGCAGCAUUCUCUCUAUACUCCUUUUGUAGGCAGUCCCAAUCUGUUGUGGCCCUGUGUAAUCCCACAUGUGCAGCCUCAGUCUCUUGGAGCCCUGGGUAUCCUCAUGUUGUCAGUCUUAGUUUCUGUGGGGACAUGGGUAACCCCGUUUGGCAAUCCAUGUCUCUGUUGAGCUCUUCAUACCCCUAUGUUGGGAAUCCCAGUUUCUGUGGGGCCCUGUGUACCCUUUUGGCAGUCCCAAUCUCCAUGGUGCCCUGUGUACACCGAUUGGCAGUCCUAGUCUCUGUAAGGCCAUGUGUAUCCCCGUGUAGGCAAUCCCAGUCUCUGUGGGGCAAUGUGCAGCCUAUUCCAGUCUUGAUUAGUCUCUUUGUACUCCAUCAUGUUCAGUGAAUAAUAUCCUGUGUGUGUCAGCCUUCAUCCAGUUCUGGUCUCUGGAUAUCUUUAUGUAUCCUUGUGCUUUCAGUAUUGGGACCUUUUCAUGGAGUUAAAAUUAUUAUUGACAUAUAUAGUAUGCCAAUGUAUUCCACAUCCCUGUACAAUUUUGUUUAUGUAUUUGGGGGUGCAAUUUUAUUUUCCCACCCAAGGAGUAGACCUUGAUGUUAUUGAAGACCUAUGCUGUGCUGAAUGCUCGUAAGAUUUAAUUGAUUUAUUUUAGACAAUUUGUGGGGGCAAGGAUGGAUUUCCUUCUGUAAAGAUUCCUGGCACUCAGUGGUGCCUAAUAUGGGGUUCUGCGUUACUGCAGUAAACCCAGAUUCGCACAGCCACCUUCCAUACUUCCCAGUCUGUACUGUGAGGCUGUUCAAAAUGCACCCUUCCCCGCCCCCUCGCACAAGUGUCCAGGAGGAAGGAGUAUCUGCUGGUUUAUUUUAACCUCCAUUUCUUUUGUAAUGCCGAUAAAGCUGAAAAGUGGUUUGCGGGGCCUUGGGUUCUGCUCAAAAUUCUAUUUUGAGACCUGUGUUGUGAUAACAAACUACAGUAUAAAGCAUUUUAUUUAACAUAAUCUUGCUAGUAUGUUAUAAACUUUAUUAGUGAUGUAGCCUCAAAAGACGAGGUGCUUGCUGGCAGUCUGUUUGCAUGAUUUCUUACCACUUUGAUUAGAUCUAGCUUAUUCUUUUUUCGACAAACUGAGAACUGUUCUCGGCUUUUGUAAGAGUAGUUUGUUAUAAUUGGACCUACCAUAUCAAUGCUAAUUUCCGUUCAGUGUUUUCACAUGUACAACCAACCUUUACACCUCCCCCCUCCACAGUGCUAAAGCCAGUCUUUUGGAAUUCCUUUCAUGAUCCUUAUUCUUUUCGUCUCCAUUUACAUUGAACAAUCCUCAAUGCGAUGUGAUGCAGUGUAUCUGUUACUGCAAACACAGGGUACUUUGUAUUUUGGGUUAACCUUUUUGCUGUUCAGUAUAGCUCUCUUCGAGGUAUCUUGGUUCAUGGGUUUGAGACUGCAGAGGUGGUCUCCUUAAAUGUGACUUCAAUUAUUUAAAAUAAUACCUCCUAUAAAUAUUACCAUUAUUAUUUAUUGGUGGAUCAAACAGGUUUAUUUUAAUUCUUGCUGCUUUUUACUAUAUCUUGCAGUUGUUUGGGCCCUUGUGUAUUACUGGUAGUUUGGCUGCCCCACCCCCCCUUGAGUGUUAUGCGUGACCUGUUUUGUUGUUUUUAUUCUUAAUGUAUAUACUGUGUGGCUGCCUUUUUUUUUUUUUUUUUAGGAGAGAUUCCAGCUUGUUGCCAGGUGUUUCUCAUUGCUGGUAAAUUAGCAGGAGGAUAUGAGACAUCUUUUUGUAUUUUUUUUUUUUUUUUUCAAUUUAUUUUUAACCCGUCAUCCUCCAAGUGCUUGCAUUCUACAGUUUACAACUCCUCUGAGCUUUGUAAAUAGCACCUAAAGCACAUUUUCUGUAUUGUAUCUUGAGUCAGAUCUGCACAAAGAUGUUUUUUGUCUGUUCAAGGUCACGAAGACACGCACCAAAGUUUUUAAUUCACAGACUGGUAUAUGGGAACCAAUGCUGAUUGAGGCAGAACACCCAGCAUAUGUUUUCCCAGGAGUAGUUGAGAGUUGGUAUAGACACCCAUUUAGCUGUUUUGACAUUGCUUACAAGCUUGUUACUGUAUUCAUUAUAUACUUCUUGAUAGCUUGAUUUGCUUUUUGUUUCCAUUUAUUACAUAUUGCAUGCCUCCCCACCCCUACUUAUUUUGUAAAAGUUGAGGCAAAGUAAUUUCAAUGUCUUGUGACACCCUCUGGUACUUAACUGCACCAAAAGGUACACAAGUAAUCCCCUGAGAAGGUUUUUCUUUAUGUAAUCUAGACUAGAACAAGAAUAUGUAUUUAAUAUGAAUGAACCAUGUUAUUUGUGUCUGUGCAACAGAUUUUCUGUCUGUUAUUAAAAGGCCUUAUUUAAAGGUUGCAGGACAAAUCUACUGCAGUGUGCUAAAUUUAAAGCAUUCAUUUUUCUUCCUCAGAUUUCGCAAGGGGUAUGUGAUUAACAGUUUGCUUGCUGGCAGCAAGGCUGUGCCCAAUGGGUACAGAUAUAUUUUAAGAGUAGUCUUAAUUGUAAUGUUAGUUCUAUAUUGCAUGCAAUGUGGCUCCAGUCGUUAAGCAAAUGUUAUUACUACAUGCGUUUUUGAAACGAUGAAUAUGUUGCACAAUAUUGCUUUGGUUUAACCCCUUGAGUGCUUUGAUUUCGGUGUUUUGGGUUGACAAUGACUUUGGUUUCAAAAGUGUUAAUACGAUGAUACUCCAGGAGCUUUUGGGGAGGAGAGUUAAGUAUAAGCCCACCCCACUGAAGAGCUAUUUUUUAUUUUUUUUCCUCCAUAUAUGUGUUUUUCACACUCCCGAGUAUUGUGGGGUGAUGGGUGUUGCUGAGUUAGAUCAUGUGCAGGAGAUUCAGAGCACGGCCCUGGAGCUGCUGUUGCUAUGUGAGACUCUCAAGUGGCUGUCAGUCUCUAGGGAAAAACACAGCGUCCAUUAGCACUGCUGGUCCAGAAAAGAAGGGUUGGCAGCACUGUAGUUUGGCGAUGGCUGGUUUGUUUUAGCCAUCUGUGUGGGUUUUUUGUUUGUUAGUAUGCCCCCCCAUUCCAAUCGCAGCAUCUCUAUAGUUAACAGCCUAGCUAUGGUAUACAAUUGUUUAUAUAGCGCCAACAUAGUCUGUAGCAUGGCACAAUAGGUAAACAAGACAAUACUUACAAAACAUGAUUGACAUACUGGAACAGUAGGGCCCUUCCUAUACAGUCUUGCAAUCCAAAAUAUUGAAGGUAUAACGUUUAAUGUCGGUUUCACCAUUUACUUAUUUGAGUGCAAAUAAAUUAUCUGCCGUACUUUCUGUAUGUAGAGCUUUUUUUGCUCACAGAUUUGGUUACUGAAAUAUUGAACUAUAAAGCUUCCACUGAGCACAACACUGGCAAUCAUCACUUGCUUUUUCAUUAACCAAGAGAUGCUUGCAGCUGUUUUCCAUUGCUACAUGGUUUGGUGGAAAGUUUGUGAGCUGUUAUCGGAAUAGCAGCUCCCUAAAAUAAAAUGCUUUUGUACUGAUCACUGCCUGCUUCUGUAUGCUUGUUCAGCCCCUGGUUUUGUCCUGUUCCUUGGGAACUUUGCUCGCUUGUUAUAUUUGUACUUUAUAUAUUGUUUUAUGGAAUGGGUGUGUGAGGGCUAGGUCAUGUUUGUGGCUUGUAUUGUUGCGGAUUUUUUUUUUUUUUUAAAUGUUAAUUUAUUUCCAUUUUAUAGCAAAUUAUGCUGUAAAUAUAUAUAAGGGCUCUGAAAUAAACACAGUAUUUUAAUUUCAGUCCCUAAAAUGUUCUGGCAAUUUAAAAUCCCUUUCAAAUAUGAAUAAUCUAACAGUUAUAUACCAGUGCAAAAGAAAGCCUCUGCAUAAUGACUCUUAUGUACAGGAUUUAUAGGCAAUCUAGCAUGUGAUUGUGGAAAAUUGUCAUCUCUUUGCUAGUCUCUGACAAGUAAAAACUAGCAAACUAGUGAGAACACAUUGUUUUCCAUAUUUGUUACGUGAGGGUUGGUUAUAGUCAUUUGGAUUGCGACUAACCCAGCUGUGUUGAACUGUUUUGACAAACAGAUGCGUUCCAUAGUGUUCUGUCCCCAAAUAUCUGGCUGCACAGGAAGCACUCUAAAACAUGCUUUCUGUUUCUUUGCAAUUUUAAUGUGGAUAGAGAAGGAACUGGCUACAGAUAGCUUGAUUCAUUAGCGUUUAGUUCUAUGCCUUUAUAUAUCCGUCUAUUUACAGAUCUUCCAAGGCUUGGCCUUUUUAUAGUUUUCGUGCUGUGGCUGCCAUUUUUCCUCUUGCAUCAUCUCUGUAAUUUUCUCUCACGCUCACUGUCUGCCCAGGCCUGUACUGUCUAUCUCUUCUCUUCUACUCUCUGAUAUUCAGACACUCCCUCCUAACCUAGCCAGCAGUGCUAUUGCGUGCUUCCCUGUGUGUAAGUGUAGGUUAUAUGCCUCCAGUGUAUUUCCUCUGGCUCGCCUGUGCUGUCGUUCUCCCUUCCCUUUUUGUAACGAGCAGUCUGAUGAGAUCACCAGUAUUGAGUCCUGCGAGAGACCUGCAGACUGGGUGAAGGGAGGUGUUUUUAAUUUUUUUCUUAUUUUUUCUAACACAGCGCACAAUACUGUUCUACCUUUCAGCAUAUUGUCCCAUUGGUUAAAUGGGGUACGAAGUACUUUUUUUAUUUUUAUUUAAAUUUUUUAUUUAAGGAGGUUUUUUUUUGUUUUUGUUUUUUUUUAAUAUGGUGAUACCUCCAGAACUGUCAUCUAAGACAGGUUUUUUUUUUCCCUCUCUCUUCUUUAAUGACCUAAAUACUUUACUUUUUACUUCCUCCCUUUGGUUUAAAUGCACAUUGGCCGGUUUCUAAGUAUAUGAAUGACUCAGCACAGUGCUAUGUAGGCUUUUUUUUUUCUUUUCCCUCUCUCUUUCUGUCCUCUUAUUAAUGGAUAAAAUUGUAGUUGCAUUUUUUUCCCUUUAGGUAGCCUUGCUUCCUUUUGACACACGUUUCUGAACUGAUUUUGUGCUAAUUAUGCAGUAAAACCUGGCUAGAGACAUAAACAUACAAACUUGUAUAUUCAUACAGAACAGUAUGCCUUAUAAUUAUACAUAAGUGUGUACCAAAGAAAAGUUACCUGCACUCUUCCCAAAUCCCUAUGUAUAUUUAAACAAAUGGAGGUGCUUUAGUUUCUCCAAUGGCCAUGAGAGACUUUAGCCCACCUGCCACAUCCAGGAAAAUAUCUCAGGCGGGUCCUACGCUAACCUUUUACCUUGCUUCCUUGAGCUUCUGGCAAAGAUAUGUGUGUGUGUUUAUCACUUUUGGUAUAUAGUAUAUGGCUGGUUGGAGCAAUGACAAAAUCUGUGUCUUAGAACUGGGAAACCCAGACUUGAAUCCUAGUCAGACCACCUAUGUCAUUGGGAAAGACACAUUUCCUUUCUCUCCCCAUUUCCUUUCUCUCCCCCCCUUCCCCUUCUCUCCCCCCUUCUCCCCUUUCCCCUUCCUCCCCCUUCCCCUUCUCUCCCCCUUUCCCUUCUCUCCCCCUUCCCCUUCUCUCCCCCCUUCUCUCCCCCUUCCCUUCUCCCCUUCCCUUCUCUCCCAGCCCCUUCUCUCCCCUUCCUUCUCUCCCCCUUCCCUUCUCUCCCCUUCCCUUCUCCCCCUUCCCCUUCUCUCCCCCUUCCCUUCUCCCCCCUUCUCUCCUCCUCCUCUCACCCCCUUCCCCUUCUCUCCUCUCCCCUUCCCUUCUCCUCUCCCCCCUUCCUUCUCCUCUCCCCUUCCGUUUCUCCCUCUCCCCUACACUUUCUCCUCCUCCCCCUUCCCUUUUCUCCUCUCCCCCUUCCCAGCACUGCUCCUCUCCCCAGCACUGCUCCUCUCCCCCCUUCCCUUCUCCUCCUCCCCUUCCCAGCACUGUCCUCCUCCCCCUUCCCCUUCUCCUCUCCCCUUCCCCUUUCUCCUCCUCCCCUUCCCCUUUUCCUCCUCUCCCCCUUCCUUUUCUCCUCCCCUUCCUUUCUCCUCCUUCUCCUUUUCUCCUCCCCCUUCCCCUUUUCUUAUCUCCACCUUGCCUUUUCUCCUCCUCCCCCCUUCCUUUUCCUCCUCCCCCCUUCCUUUUCUCCUCCCCUUCCUUUUCUCCUCCCCUUCCUUUUCUCCUCCCCUUCCUUUUCUCCUCCCCCUUCCUUUCUCCUCUCCCCUUCCUUUUCUCCUCCUCCCCUUCCCUUUUCUCCUCCCCCCUUCCUUUCUCCUCCCCCCCUUCCCCUUUCUCCUCUCCCCCUUCCUUUUCUCCUCUCCCCUUCCCCUUUUCUCCUCCCCCUUCCUUUUCUCCUCUCCCCUUCCUUUCUCCUCUCUCCCCCAGCUUCCCAGCACUUUCUCCUCUCCCCAUUCCCUUUCUCCUCCCCUUCCCGUUUUCUCUUCUCUCACCCCCUUCCGUUUCUCUUCUCUCCCCUUCCCGGCACUGUCUUCCCUCCCUUCCUUUUCUCUUCCCCCUUCCCCUUCCCCUUCUCUCUCCCCUCCUCAGACAUGAGUGACAAGAAGUGUCAGGCAUAGGAGAAAUACUGAGACAAAGUUGUCCUUACUUUGUCUCUGUAUAUCUCUUGACUGGGUUGGAAUUUCUGUGUUCUAUAUUUUAUGUGUGUUUCUAUGUUUAUUACAUAUUUUUUUCGUGGGAGUGGGGUGACAAUGCUGCUUAAUGGAGCAGCCUUUUAUAAGCUAAAUGGGGUUCAGAAAUCCAUUGCAGGCCAUCUUCUAAAGUGGUAUAUAGGGAUGUCAUUUAUUUGUGCUAGAAGCUGUGCAGCCUUUUGGUUUAAGAUAAAGUUAGCUGUUUUAAAACUAAAAAUCUCUUGGGAUCGUGCUGACAAUUUUUAGAUUGCAAGAGACAGCCAUAUUGAGGACAGUUUUUCUUUCCCCUCUUUCUAGUAGUUGAGGAGAAGUAACUCUAACAUUUUACAUAAUAUCCAAAUAAAAAGACAGCAGUAACCUUUUCGGGAGCCCAUGGCUCUGUCUCUUAGGGUUUGUCGAGCCCAAGCCCUUUUUUGUAUGGCAUAUCAAAACAAAACACUUUUGUUGUAUGGUCUGUAAUUACUGUAAUAUAAAUGCUGACUAUCAGAAUAUGAAGCUUCAUUCUCUUUGCGUGCUCUCUCCCUUGUGGAAAUAAUAUGCCCUUGAUAUUUUCAAUCAUUGUGUUGCUUGGUGCUUUCAUUUCUCUAGAGCGGUCAUGUCAUAUUUUUUCUUUUUUUUUUUUUUUGUACCCAACCUCACCCCUCAUGAGGUCCUAUUGCAUUUUUUUUUUUUUUUUUUACUUUUUUUUUUUUUUAACUGUAGAUCUUAUUUAAAUGCAUGGGCUUUGCAUCCUGGUUGAAAAUAAAAUGUUAAUUGGCUUCCUCAACUAUGCAACUUGAUUGAAAACAGAGGUAACUGCAAUUGGUUUACUUGUAGUAGGAUGCGAGCAAGAGGAUUUAUCUCAGGUUGGUUAACAGAAUAAAUUGCUGCUGUGCUUUACAAAGCUUUUGUAGAGUGUACAUAGAGUUAAACAGGCCCUACAAUUGCACAAUGCUCACUUUAAAAUAUUAGUUAAGGGAAAAACAAUUAGGAGAAUGUUAAAAUGCAAUAACACUGAUGGCUUCCACAACAUGACAAAAUAUAACUAAACAUUUUAUCAGCCAUUCACCACUGACCAUUAGUAUUGGCAUUUAUAGCACCAACAUAUUCCUCAGCAUGUUACAAUUAUAGGAAGGCACUGCUCAAACAAGCUUGCAACAUGUGGAGACUUGAGAUAGGCAGACCUAUAUUGGCAGGUGUCUUGUCCAAGGACAAUUACUAAUGAGGUGACCUGGCCUUGAUUCAAAUAUGGGUUUCCAAAUAGUGAUUUUACUAUUGCUCCAACCAGCCACUCAAUUUUUGUCUAGCUUACCUUCAGGGAUUAAAUGGUUUAAUCCCCAAAGUCUUCAGGCUGGCGCUCAUCCGCUCUAUCCUGUCAGGUCCAUUUCAGUCUGAGACUUCAAUCAGAAUGCCUAGUACUAGGGUGCCGCUGAUAGACGGAGAGCAUCAGUUGACACAGCCUAUCAAUGACUUGCCAGUCACUAGUUUGUUUUCUACCCAAUUUAGAAGUGAAGUUCAAUAACAAAAACAGAUGUACACACUGACAUAAUUAUCCAAAAUGCUUACAGAGGGUAUUGAUAUAUCUGGAAUUAAAGCUACAAGGUUUUUGAAGUGUUUUGUUGAAUCUUGCUCUAAACAUUUUCAUUCUUGUUUUUGUUUAGUUUUUUGCGUGGUAAAAUGGAGCUAUGGUAAGAUCACUGUUUUUAGAUCAAGGAAACCUGGGUUUGAAUCCAGGUAAAUCACUUCAUCAGUAGAUGUCCUUGGGCAAGAACAAUUUAGGUCUGUCUAUCUCAAAUCCUCAAAGAUUGUAAGUCUGUUUGAGCACUGCCUUCCUGACUUCUAAAUAUUCCCUUUCUUAUAAUUGUAAAGUGCUAUGGAAAUUGUUGGCGCUUUAAAAAAGUAAAUGCUAAUAUAAAUGAUCAGUGCUGAAUGGCUCUGACAUGGUUUUAGCUGCACCUUUUUUCAUGUUGUGAAACCAUCUGUUUUAAUUGCACAAUAAAAUUCUGCUGAUUGUCCCUUUUGCCAUAUCCAAUAUUUUUUAUUUAAAUAAAUUGUAAUGAAGGAAUCUACUAGACUCCUGAUUCUUUAAACCACUGUCAACUUGUUUUUAAUCAUAUCCGUCAUACAAAACCACUGUUUAAAUUGUAAAUGAUAGACCAAUAAUACUUUUAAACCACACUAUGCAGUGGGAGCAGGUGGACACAGUCUAUAUUAGAAGUUGAAGGGAGCAACUUACAGUUAAUGUGUACCGUUUUUUAAUCUCUACCUCUUGUGUACACAACUUCAUCAAACUCACCUGCUCAUUCACACCUUUUGUGUACCACAUGUUAAAUUUCAAAAUUGUCUUGUAAAUUUGCCCUUGUUUCAUAAAUUGGGGGGAGUUAAACGAUGUAUUUUUGGGAAUCCUUGGAGUGCCGGUAGAUUUUGUUUAUAUCUGUUAGCAACCAGAGCAACAGGUACCAUUUAGUUUUGUUGGAGUGCAGGAGUUUCCUACAUUUAUUUUUAUAUCUUUGUGUGUCUCUUUCUCUUUCUCUCUCUCUCUUUCUCUUUCAUCAUUAGGCAUAGACCAAUUAUUAGAGGUGAUAUUCAUCAUUUCACCAAUAAUUGGUAUCUGCCUUGUAACAUACCGCUUAUUACUGAUAACUUACCUCUCCCAGUCACCACACGCUGUCUUAUGGUAUCUGGAAACUCUAGCCUGCCAGGUAAUGAAGUGCUAUAUUGUGACCUCACAUCACCCAUUUCUGAGAGUCCCCCACAUGCAGAGCUCAGCUGAAGGCAGGGAGAUGAGCCAGUGAAUAAUCUAUUGUAUUAGGCUGGCUGACCAUGAUAGGCGGUGGAUUGCAGACAACCAUCACACUCCUAUCAGUAAAUGCACUGUACAUGCUGGGAUCUCAUAGAUCCCAGCAUGUACUUGCUGCCUGAGAUUGAUAGGAAUGUGAUUGCUGUCAGCAUGUUCAGUUAAUAUCAAAUUUGUGUAGAAUAUGUUACUUUUUCAAAACUUUAAAAGUACAGAAUAGUGUAUCUGCAUCGACUCUGGAAAAAUGACCACAGUAAUACUGUUGAAGCCAGAUGGUGCUCUUGGUUUAGGACUGGGUUUAAAGGGAGUCUCUGGGUGCCAGCACAAUUUAAAGGAACAGUAUAGUGUCAGAAAUACAAGCCUGUCUUUCCAGAGAUUAAAGAUGACUCAACUUUUCUUCCGCACUAAUCUCACCUUGGCUUGCUCCAAUUUCAUGGCUGAGAUGAUCAAUUUUUAUCUCAGCCAAUCCAGUGCUUUCCCAUAGAAAAUCUUUAGGAGGCUAUUGCGCCUGCACGGCACAAUGAGGAGCUAUACAAAUCAGCAUCUCCUCAUAGAUAUACGUUAAAUCAGUGCAUCUCUAUGGGGCAUGUUCAGCGCCUCCCAUGCAAAACGUGGAGACCGAAGCACCACUAGUGGCAGUCUGAGUGAGAGCUAUUAUUGGUGUAACUAGCCAACAAUGUAAACAUUGCCUUCUCUCUGAAAUGGAAAUGUUUACAGUUCUAAGGCUGCAAGACAUGCUAGAGACACCAGAAUCACUACAUUAAAGGGACACCGUAGGCACUGUAUCUGCUUCAUCUCAUUAAACUGGUUAUAGUGUCAGGAGUCCACUGGUCCCAUCAUUUCUAUCAGCAUUAAAAAGUUUUUAAAGUUUUAAUGUUUUAAUGCUAAACAAGAGUCCCUGGCAAUCCAUCCCCUCUGUGCUGCUUUAGCUAAUAAGGAAGUAUUAGCCUGAGCAGCAAUGGGCAGCUGUGAUUGGCUGAGUGUGUCAGCUGACUGCUUUUAACCUGUCAAAGUUCCAACUGACUGUAUGAAUGGGUAUGACAACAAGGAAGUGUGUAAUCUCUGCCUUAGCUACACAUACUGAAGGGCCCGGACUGUGGGUGGCCAGGGACUCUUAUUUUGUGGCAUACUGCACGAACAUGGUGCAACACUGAAUGGAGGGACAGUGCCAGGGUACCACAGGCACUAUAACCAAUUCAAAGAGAUGAAAUGCUUAUUGUAACUACAGUGUCCCUUUAAGCUUUAGUGGUUCUGGUGACUAUAAGUGCAUUUAGUAGGUUCUAGCCUCAUGUUCAUGCUCUGGUGGGGUUUUUUUUCCUUAUCAAUUUUCUGUAGUUUUGAUAACAAAAAAAUCUGCUGUAUAAUUCAUCCCCAUUAGCAACACAUCUUCUUUUCACGAAAUAUCUUCCCAAUCAAAAAGUACGCAACGUAGCCUAGCCAUGUCAGAUAGUAGUGAGCUGAGCUGCUGGUGUGACUGCCGUUUAAUAUCUUUCAUCAAAGUUGUGCAAAGGGACAGGUGGCAGAUCAUAGGAGGACAAUGACUGUGGGGUGUAGUCAUGUCAGCAGAUCAGCUCAUCCUUGAGUGUCCUUUUAACACCACUCAUCAGUGUUAAUCAUGCAAACUCCAGUAUUGCUUGUUUAACCCCUUAAGGACCAAACUUCUGGAAUAAAAGGGAAUCAUGACACACUUGUCAUGUGUCCUUAAGGGGUUAACAACAAAUAAAAUGGAGCCAUCUUGAAAUUAUCAGGCCUGCUGUAAGUUUACCCCCAUUUUAUAGUUCAAUUGUGUCAUUAGCUUGUUGUGUUCCAAAUAGACAUUUUAGGUACAGUAUAUGUGUGUUGUAUUAUCAAUUUCACUUUUAUUUUUGUGUUACAGUGCUUAUUUUUACGUGAAUUCGAUUAAUGAAGAAUCAUUAGUGUAAGAUUUUCUUGCAAUCCUCAUAAGGUGUUUGUGGUGGUGUUCUCAUGUUCAAACACUUAGAUUUUGUGGGGGGUAUAUGAAAAGUGUCUUCUCUGAUUUAUCAAGUUCUUUAGGGGAUGGAGUCUCGCUUUCUCUCUUUUUAUUUAUUUAUAUAUAUAUAUAUUAUACUGCACUAAUAAUGGGAAAGUGUUUUUUGAAAAGUAUCAAAACAAUAAGAUUGUGUUGAUAUUGACUGCUCAUCGUCAGCUGUUAAUGUGUUCAUGGUUAUCAAGCGAUAGAUUUAAAAAAAAAAGUUAUACCGGUCCACCCCUUUUCAUGUACAGCACUAACUUCCUAGUUGGUGCCGUGCAUCAUCCAUUCAAAUGCUUCUUGUAGAUGAGCAUUAAGGAGACGUGUGCUUAUGCGAUUAUCAAAUUCUCUUCUUACUCAUUCAGAAAUGGCAAGAUGAGCAACGAUUCCUUUCUCUGUUCAUGCCUCACCCACCUGCUGUAAUGUGCUGUCACCCCUCCUCCUCGUCUUCAUUUUACAAUUCCCAGCCAGAAGUAAAGGCUCGGUGCACAUGUGCCAAAGGUGUUCAGAAUAGCCUGUCCGUGCACGUGUGUCAAUUUAAACAGUCUUUUCAGAUGCAAGGAAGUGUUUGCAUUGCGGCCUAGUAAUACCUCUAGUGGCAGUCACUCAAACCACUAGAGGUUCUUCCUUUCUUUCAAUGCAUCCAUUCAAUAUUUUUAUAAGGGCUGAGGGAGGCAGCCGGCUGAGCAGAAGAAUGCAGGCCCUACCACAACGGCGGAGUUAGUCAAUCUUGACGAUCUUAGCCAAUCCAAUGCAUUGGAUUGGCUAAGAUCGUCAAGAUUGACUAACUCCGCCGUUGUGGUAGGGCCUGCAUUCUUCUGCUCAGCCGGCUGCCUCCCUCAGCUCUUCAUGCUCCAUGAGCCUCCCAUCGCAGUCAGUAGCUUUGGGGCUGAACUGGGGCUGAACUGGCUCACAAAUCCCAGGCGCAAGAAAAAAUUGCAUAGUCGCCAUGGCAACCUGUCCUUUUGUGACUUGCCCAGGGACAGUUACUUGUCAAGUGGUCUGACUAGGAUUCGAACCUGGGUUGUCCGCUUCUGAGGUUGUUGUUUUACCUCUACUCUAAUUAGCCAAUAAUGUUCCAUUACCUUUUUUACUUAGUUACUGGGAGCUGCUUUUAAAAAAAAAAAAAUUUUUUUAUAUCAAGUAAAUGGUGACACAUAGUUAACCAAAGUAAAGUUACUGGUUAGUUAAAAAAAACAGUUUUUCCACUAGGGAUCAACCGAUAAUCUGUUUUACCGAUAUUAUCGAUAUUCAGUAUUUUCGGCAAUAUCGGUAUCGGUCAAUAAAGAUACUUAUAUUUUGUGAUAAUACAUAACCGGACCGCCGCCCCAUUACAAGCCUGGGGGUCCUGCAGCAAGCUGUGUAAGUCCCGCGGCCGCAGAGCGGUGCCACGGGUUACCAUGGCAACGCUCCGCGCGGCACUCAGACCGCACAAUUUACACAAGGAGCUGAAGGAGUUGCUGGGAAGGUAAGUAAGUGUGCUGCGCACUAUACGCACACUACACAAGCACACUACAUUCACUAUACGCACACUACACAAGCACACUGCAUUCAUUAUACGCACACUCUCUGCAUUUACUAUAUAUACACACUGCAUCCACUACACGCACACACAGGUCUGAUGUCUAAACACACUGCAUCCACCACAUUUGGCAUAUAUAUUUUGUGCAUUUACCUUUAGAAAUGUAUUUUUUCAAAAUGUACAGAAUAUCGGCAAGCUAUCGGUCUGAAAGUUCACAGAUUAUCGGUAUCUGCUCUAAAAAAUCGAUAAAGGUCGAUCCCUAGUUUCCACUGGCCAUUCAGAGCAAGUCAAUAAUUAAACACCAUAUGUAGGCGUGUAAUUAAAGAGAUUAUAAUUUUAUGCUUGCUGUUAUGUAAUGAAUGUUCAUCAGCCCCCUUUCCUACUUAUAUUUUUAACUCACCUGCAAAUAUUGCUUCAUAAACCACCUCCUGUUAUUGGUUAAUUUUCAUGUUGCUGUGAUUAAUUAAAACACCACUGUCAUGCCAUAUUUGCCUUUUCUUAAUUGCUUUCUCCUCACUGUUUCUUUUUUUUUUCAUUUUCAUCUCCUGCUAACUAAAAACAUUUGUUAUGGUGCCCAAACAGAACAGGUGAGAGUUCUCUCAUACAGGGCUCACAAGUUCCACUAGCUAUGGUGGUUACAAAUGUAGCCAUGGUGAGUAGAAAUCCAUCCCUAAAGGGUAUACUAUGGCAUGCAGUGACAAGGAACUUUUAAUACCUGGCUAGUAGUAUAGUAGUACCCAUUUUAAGUCCAAACAGCACAGGUGAUGUUUCACCAUUACACCAGUCCUUUAUCAAAUCUGGUGUAUUUAGGAAACCUCACCUGGUUUGUUUUGGCACCUACUAAAGCAAUAGGGAUCGACCGAUAUUGAUUUUUUUUAGAGCCAAUACCGAUAAUUAGAGAUGUCGCGAACCGUCCGCGAACUUCUCGCGAACAGCUCGUGGCGAACUCCGGUCAGCUGACACGUCCCGGCCAAUCUCCAGCAGACCCUCCCUCCCAGACCCUCCUACUUCCUGGACAGGAACUUCGCGAGAAGUUCGUGGACGGUUCGCGACAUCUCUACCGAUAAUCUGUGAACUUUCAGGCCGAUAGCCGAUUAAUUGCCGAUAUUCUGUGCAUUUUGAAAAAAAUUAACUAUUUCUAAAGGUACAUGCACAAAAUAUACAUGCCACAUGCAGUGGAUGUAGUGUGUUUAGACAGGGGAGCUGUGUGUGUUUGUGUAGUGUGUGUAUAGUUAAUGCAGUGACUGUUUGUAUAGUGUAUAUAAUGAAUGCAGAGUGUGUGUGUUUUUGUAGUGUGUGGUGUGUGCGUAAAGUGAAUGCGGUGUGUGUGUGUGUGUAUAGUGAAUGCGGUGUGUGCAUUAUAUACACACUACACACUCUGCAUUAUAUACAGACUGUGUAGUGUGUGUUCCUGAAGGGAUGUGAUUUGUGUAAAAUAGGGGGAGGGGGGAAGAAAGACAUUUUUAUUUUAAUUUGUAAUGUUUAUAUGUCUUAUUUUAAUUUUUUGUCCCCCCUCCCUGCUUGUUACCUUACCAGGGAGGGGGGCUAUGAGAGUCCCUGGUGGUCAGGUGGCAUGGAUGUGCAGUGGGGGCCGGCAGCAAGCAGUGGCUUACCUUUCCAGCAGCUUCCUGUGUAAAUCUCGUGGUACUCGCAAGAUUUAGAUCAGGAGCUGCUGGAAAUGGAAGACACCGCUGGCUGCCGGGCUUGUAUUGAGCCCGGCGGUCCUGUUAUGUAUUAUCGGCAAUAUCGGUAUCUUUAUUGUCCGAUACCGAUAUUGCCCAAAAUACAGAAUAUCGGCCGAUAAGUUCGGUAAAACCGAUAAUCGGUCGAUCCCUAUAAAGCAGGGUGGUCAAUCUGCGGCCCUCCAGAUGUUUUGGACUAAAUAUCCCUUGAUGCUUUGCUAGCAUUAUGGCCCUUAGAGCAUUACGGGAGAUGUAGUCCAAAACAUCUGGAGGGCCGCAGAUGGCCCACCCCUGUACUAAAGGAUACUUAUUUUAAGAGGUUUGUGCUGGUUUUUAUUUCUCUCUCUACUAUAGUUGAAUGUUGGCACUAGUUUCCUUACAUGCUCUUAUACAUUUUUCAGAGGACUUUACUUAUUUUGUACUACACAAAAUCCUUUAAGGUAGAUCCCUAGAUUUUGGAGAACUAUAACUCCCAUUAUGCUUUGUCAGGCUGCAGGUGGUAACUGGCAGAUGUCUCUUUUUGGUCAAUUCCUGUGGACUUCUGAACACCCUCUCUUUUGCUGCAUGUUUAUAUUGAAUCCUACGUGUCUAGAGCUGCAUUAAGUAAUUCUAUUUGUGUGUAUUUAUUAUCUUAAGGGUACGCUGUAGGCACUGUAAGUGCUUCAUCUAAUUCUAGUGGUUAUAUUGUCUGGAGUCCCCUGGCGCCAUGAUUCCAUUCAGCAUUAAACGGUUUUUAAUGUUUUAACCCCUUCUCAAUGUUAUUAUGUGUGAUCAUAUCCUGUAAUGCAUGGGCUUUAAACGGUUACUCCAGGCACCAUGACUGAUUUAGUGAUUUGAAGUAGUCAUAGUGCUUGGAGUCUGUAUUUGCAGUUUUUCCCAUUGAAUGUUUAACUCCUUUGCUGCCAAAGGUGUUAGUCCAUCUGCUGCAAAGUCAUUGCGGUGUCAUUUGGCAGCCCGGAGCUAGAAUUUCGAUGCACAGAACCUUACUCAGCACCUGAGUGGUCAUUUGACACUUUCAGCCAAUGAAUGAGUAGCAUGUUUGGCGUCUGGCUUUUGCAGCUUAUAAACUGUGCUUCAUAGGAGAACUGGAGUUUAGGAUGGCCAAAUAGAAAGGCUAACCAUUUGAAUAACAUUUUGCCCCAUUGCUGGAGAAAAACUCCAGGCUACUACUAACUUACAGUGGGCUGUAGUGGUUAUGAUGGUUGGAGUAACCCUUUAACAUGUCAUUACAUCCAAACACACUUCUCCUCCAAGUGUGAUUGGGGGACUUGCCUGGCAAUCGAAACAGUCCUCUAGGUGCCACGUGAUCGUGCUGUCAGCCCAUCACUGCGAUUAAAGAUUACAAUGUCCCAACCAAAGAAUUCAAACAUUGGCUGUAACCAUUGACUGCCUCUCUCUUUCCUUACUAUGAUCUGCAGAUAGCAAAGCAGAGAUCAUUGCUACAGUGUCUCUAACAUUCUCACAAUGUUGGGGAAAUACAAAACAUGUAACAAUUUCACUGUUAUAGUAGUAGUACUGUUCAUAUUUUGUGGGUGUCCUCUUUUUGGCGUUUAAAAAUGUAUUUAUUUUUUUAUAUAAUUUAUUUUUUUUUUGAGAUUUUUUUUUCUUUUUUAAUUCCCCCUCCAUUUUUAUUUUAAAUCCUGUUCAAUGUAUGGUGUCUGUGAAGAGUGUGAUAAGAUUGUUCUGUCUGAACAGCCAGCUCCAAUGUAUAUAUUUUUUUGUCUUUUUGUUAAACAUUCUCAUGUGAAUCAGAGAGUGACUCAUUUUAUCCAGCAGAUAGUGACACUUAGCACCUCUAAUAUAGAGCCAUUGAGUGAGGCAUCCAGCCUAACCAUGUACAAAAUGGUGCUCAGAACCAGUCCUCAUGAAGAUUUGGUACCCCGAAACUUAGCUGCUACUGCAAAUAGAUUUGGUACCCCCAAACGUAGCUGCUACUUAUCCAUGAUGAAAUUUCUCUCUCCUCUGGUUUCUCACAACCUCUCUUGACUCGUGUCUCAACUGGAUGGCUGCUUAUUUCCUUAAACUGAACCUGUUCAAAACAGAACUUCUGGUCUUCCCUCCCUCAAGUGUUGCUAUUUCCUUGUCUGUGUCCCUCCAAGUCAAUGGCGCUACCAUCCACUCUACCUCUAAGGCUCGAUGCCUAGUUGUUCUCUUUGACUCCGACCUCUCCUUCACCACUCAUGUCUAAUCAAUUGCCAAAUCUUGCAGCUUCCAUCUCAAAAAUAUUGCAUGCAUCCAACACUAUUUAACGCCGAUACGGCAAAUGUGCUUGUCCAUGCCGCUGUUCCCAAACUGUCCCGUUACAGUGUAUAAUGAAUGCGGCGGCGAGGCUAAUCGUCCUGUCUGCCCACACCUCCCACGCCUCCUCCCUUUGUCAGUCCCUACAUUGUCUUCCUAUAAGAUAUAGGACUGAACUGGCUUACAAAUCUCUACACAAUGCAGCUCCAACCUAGUUAUCCUCACUAGUAAACAAACAUGUCCCAUCUAGGGCCCAACGCUCUGCCGGAGACCUACGUCUAACCUCUGUUCGUACUCCUACCUCUGAUGCUCACCUUAAAGACUUCUCUAGGGCUGCACCGUUCCUAUGGAACGCCCUUCCCCUCUCUUAGACUUUCACCCAAUCUCCACUCCUUCAAAAAAACUUAAAAAAAGUACUUCUUUAGGAAAGCAUAUCAAUUAAACUGUGAACAGCUUUCCCUCCCUGCACUCUGAUUCCUCCCCUGCAAUUGUCAAAACAAAACACUAAACCAUCAAUAAACACUAUCCUAGCAACCUACUUUUUUACCCUUACCUUUUGUGUCAUAUUACCCCACUCCCUCUAGCAUGUAAGCUAAUUGAGCAAGGCCCUUAAUCCCUUUGUUCCUGUAUGUACAACUAGUUUGGUUACAAAUACGUGUCUGUUAGUCCACCCAUUGUACAGCGCUAUGGAACUUGGCGCUUUAUAAAAAAUGGUGAUAAAGGCUACCACUUAGGGGUUACAACUAAAACCUGUAAAGGUUUACUAAAUUAAAUUCACGUUAUUUUGCCUGUGGCACAAUGCACAAAACACAAAGGUUUACCCCAGAAACUGACAUACGGCAAAAAAGGUAAAGCACCACAAUGACCGAGAAAAGGCAGUAUUUACAUUGCUGCCUAGUAACACUACUUGUGACAGUGACUCAGAUGGCCACUAGAGGUGCUUCCUGUGUCAGUGUCUCCAUGCUCUGCAUGGAGGCACUGAGUGUUCCCCAUAGAGAUGCAUUAAUUCUGUGCAUCUCUAUGAGGAGAUGCUCAUUGGUGCAGCUUGGCAUUUUGUCACCCAUGUGCAAUAAUUGACUCCCAACACUUUCACACCUCAUUAAGAAUGAUUUCUCCACCACAUCUCCAACAGUUAUAUAUUUGAUUGGGUUGCAUCUUGGAUAUUUUAUAGGGCAUCAGGUACCAUUUCUACAUUAUCUUAUAUUGACAUUCAACUAAGUUUAUAGUAAGUGUUUUCUUGUAUAGCUUUAAAUGAGCAACACCAUUCCUUUUCAGUUAUUUCUAUAUCUAAUUCCUUUAUCCAUUUAUUUAUAAUCAUUAAAGAUUUAUUGUUGAUGGAAAAUAUUAAUUUGUAUGAUUUUGAUGUCACCUUUUUAACAUUUUUGUAUGAGAAUAUAGUUUUUAUUGGGUUAGUAAUUAUUUUCGAAUUCCUCAAUAAGGCUUUAGAUUAAAAAAAAAAAAAAAAAUUCUUAAAAAGUUCUUUAUUAGGAAAUUGAAAUUUGGCCAUAAUUUCUGCAAAGGGCAAUAUUUGCUCUCCUUGUGUAAUGUCGGCUAUUCGUAUUUCGUUUUUAAACCAGUUACUCAGAGGUAUAUCUUGCAUAUUAUCUUCUAAAGUAAUUAGUUGACACGUUUUAGGAAUCUUGUGUAUUAAUUUCAAACAUUUUUUAUUACAUCCCAGGCUUGAAUAGUCUGAGCUAACAUUAAUGAUUUGUUAUAUAUUUGGUCUGUCUUUUUUUACUACUGUUAAAACAUAAAUAAAAUUCAAGUCUGUCCUUUAACCCCUUAAGGACCAAACUUCUGGAAUAAAAGAGAAUCAUGACAUGUCACACAUGUCAUGUGUCCUUAAGGGGUUUAAAAAAAAAAAAAAAAAAAAAUGAUUUCUCAACCAUGGAAGUGGGAUCAGCCGCAGCAAGGCCAACACUGCAUGGGGAAAUAGUGAGUAAAAACACCUCCUCAUGUGUUCUGAGGGUCAUGCAGACAGACUGACACACACUUUCUCAUAUACUCACAAAUUAUUAUUUUAUUUUAUUAAUUUCUACAUUUGGGAGAGCUGGAUUGGAUCCUUUCCUUGAGGUCCAGCUGCUAAUGACCCUGUAAUCAUUAAACGCUGCUCUUGCCUUUUAGUGAUCCCGGUGCCAGGGUGAGGUCAUAUCUCAGCUCCUGGCAUCAUAGCAGGGCACGUGAGGAAGCAGCGCAAGAAGAGCUUGAAGAUUACAGCUCCGUCAACGCUCGCUGAACGUGCACACAAACACCCAGGCGCCAGGAAGAAGUUCCUAGUUACCAUGGAGACCUGGAACCUGGGAUUUGUUGAGUGCUCCUCCCCCAAAUAAGGAUGAUGCUCUAAACUGUGAAAGUGCAGUGUUUGUGUUGAAAACACACACAAAAUAUGAACUCUAAAUUUGGCCAAGUUUUGUGACAAAAGAAGUGGCUACAAAAGAAGACUGGAAAUAUACAGUUUUUUAAAAUUACCCUGCAUUUGUCUACUUUUGCAAAUGGCAUGCCAUUAUAGGAGGUAAUUUUCUUUCCUUGGAUGCCAUACUGUCUCACAGUGACAGGCUUAAAAUCAAUUUGUUAAAUUUAUAUAUAUAUGAAGACUGAGGCCCAAAUUCGACUUUAUAACUUCCAAAAACUCCAGAAAACCUGUACAUAGGGGCAUUUUUGACUUCAUGGGACAUCACAGUCCCAUGCUGUAAAACCAGUACUGUGAUAUUCACUGUAAAGGGGAAUUUAUUAGGAGAGGCGAGAUUGGCUGCGAUACCCAGGCUCAUUCCUAGCUGAAGAACAUCAUUGAUUCAUGACCACAGAAAGCCUACAGAAAAAAAAUAAAAACAUUUCUUGCUGUAGAAUGGAUAAAAAAAAUCUGGCAUCUCUGAUUUUUUUAUGCAGUGGGUUAGGGCUCGACAAAUCCCUGGCGCCUUGGAUUUGUCAGCUUUUUUUCUAAAAUGACCGGCGGUUGGGCAAAUAAUUAAGCUGGCCAUCCACCUGCGGAAGCAUGUAGGCGGCCGGCUCAGUGAGCGUUGUAGCCAGCCGCCCUGAGCUUCAUGUAGGCGGCUGGCUGAGUGAGCAUUGUAGCUGGUUGCCCUAGGCUUUGUGGAGCAUCAAGGUUGUCGGCUGGGGCAGUUUGCGAGGGAGCAGUGAUCUUCCAGCGGCUCCUCUCUACUCGGUCCCGGCAUCACAGGGAUCAGAGAGGAGCUGCGUGGUAAUGUACUGCUCCCUCUUACAAAGGAAGAGAGAGCAGUCCCACUGUACCCCAGGGAACGUCCACUCAGCUCUCCCAAAUGUAGGGAGGCUGGGUGGACUAAAAUUAAAAAAAAAUAAUGUACAUUUGUGAGUGUUUGAGAAAGUGUGAGUGUGUGUGUCUGAGUGUGUGUGUCUAUUUAGGUACCUGCGAUCACAUGAUUGGUGUUUUUACUUACCCUUUUUUCCCCACGCUGUGCAGAUUUUGCUGUGGCUUGUCCCGUCUCCUUUGCCGAGUUCAUCUAUCUUAAUGAUCUCAGCUAAGCCACUAGAAGUCUUAGUAUUCUCUGAAAAUGCAGCGUUUACAUUGAAAAGGCCACAGGGACAGGCUAUAGGCACCAGAACCACUACAUUAAGCUGUAGUGGCUAGUGACUACAAUGCCCCCUUUAAAAAAAACAAAAACCUGGCUCCUAACUUUUUUAGCUGGCUCCUAGAUUCCAAACAAAUUUGUCAAGCCCUGCAGUGGGUAAUAACUUUUACAACUCCAGAUUAUUAUACUUUACUUUUUCCAUUUUAAAUGUAUGUUACUGGCACACACCUUUAUGGUUUGAAAUAGUUAGCAAUCUAUUUGCCAGAGGUAGUAGAUACCUGGAAUAGCCUCCAAUUGUACUGCAAAAUGCUGCAAAAUAAUUUUAGAACUCUUCAUAUGUGUAAAUCUAGAUUUAGUGUGUGUGUAGCUCUUUAUAAAUAGUUUGCAUUUGCUAUCAUAUUAAUUUCCUUCGAAUCCUUGCCCAACUAUAAUUUUAAGCAGAGUUUCAUGAUUUAUUUUUCUUUUAUUUCUUUAAAACUGUACUAGUAUCAAUUCACUGGUAGCAAAUAUAAAGACACUUCUUUUUUGUCUAUCUAUAAAAUAAUAAGAGAAGACAUAUAUAUUUAGAGAUGUAUAGAUAAUGUAGGAAGUUAGCAAUAGCUCACAUUCACUGGUUGAAUUGCCUUUGAUCCUUCUAAGGUUAAUAAAAUGAAUAUCAUUAAGUUGGGUAACACAAAGACCCCAGGAUGUACUUGAACAGGUGAAAGCUGUACACACCUGUAUUGCUGACACUAUAGUGGCAAAACAAUUAUUUGAGUAAAAGGUGAUUUAAAAAAAAAUAAUAAUUUCUAGCACCGGUUUUGACGCAGCAAGCCCUGACUUGAUCUGCCUUCAUGGCUGAGAUCAGCAAACUUGAUGAUCUCGACCAAUCUUAGACUUUAUCAUAGGAAAGCACUGGGAGGCUUUUGCGCAUGGGUGGCAAAAUACCUUGCUGCACCAAUCAGCAUCACCUCAGAGAUUCAUUGAAUCAGUGCAUCUCUAUGGGGUAUGUUCAGCAUCUCCAUGCAGAGAAUGACACAGGAAGCACCUCUAGUGGCUGUCUGAGUGACUGCCACUAGAGGUGUUACUAACCAGUAAUGUAAACACUGCCUUUUCUCUUAACUGUAUAUAUUUGUUCUGGUGACUAGUGUCCCUUUGAUAUAAUAGUGACUUUAAUCCCCUCCUGUGCAUUUUAUCAGCUCAUACCAACAACAAAUUUACCUGAGGGGUUCUUCUAAAAGUAAGCGUAGUUUAAUGAUAACUAAUUUUGGUAUUGGAAUGUCACUGUAAUAAACUGGUUAAGCUGCAUAGUAGUAACAUUGUAUUGGAUUAAACAGAGCUGGAUUUAAAAAAAUAAAAUAAAAAGUUAAAGGGGACUUGUCACUUCUCAUUAUUGUCUUGUUUCCUAUAUUUAGCAAAUAAUUUUUUGUAUUAAAUGUAGAAAGCCACACAUCUUUCAUAAAACAAAACGUUAAUUUCACUUCUCAAUCAGGUUUUCAUUUACAGGGCUAUACCAACAAAAUAACAUGUAUGACGAGAGUUGAUUGGAAGGAGAAGAGUAGGAGGAGCUUCCAGCAGGUGUUUUUUCUCUCUUACACAAUAGCCACAGUGCAUGUGCUGUAGUUCCUGAGACUUUUUUUUUUUUUUUUUGGUGUGUAUUCCCUGCAUAUUCAAGACUACUAGCAUCUCGCACGUUUCCAGAAUGUAAGAUUGAAUUGACAGACCUCCCUCUGUUAACAUGCUGAUGCACUGCACUGAAGCCACCAUGUUCUUGUUUAGGAAUUUUGAGUGAGUUGUGAGAUUUUUAAAUCGGCAUUUACAACUUUAAAGGUAUGCGGUGGGUAUGCAAAUAUGUGAACCCCUAAAGAGAAACUGUUACUUUGCAUAACCCAAUGGUUAACUAAAAAGCUUUGCCAGGUCAUGGGAUCACUGUGGGGAAGGUCUGCCAGCCCAUACAAGUGGAUUAAACAAGCAAGAAAAGGUAUGGGCACAUGGGGUUUAGCCUUGAGGUUUGAAAAAGGCUUAAUUGCAGAGGCAAAACAUUGCUUACUUUAACCCCUUAAGGACCAAACUUCUGGAAUAAAAGGGAAUCAUGACAUGUCACACAUGUCGUGUGUCCUUAACGGGUUAAUCUGCAAUAAAGUCUGCUGAAGAAUAAACCUUUUCUUGUUUGGGUCGAAUGCAGGUUCAACUCUCUGGGCUGGCAGCACAGAAGUACAUCUGUCCACUGUGCCCUAAUUUAUGUAGUCUCAUAUGGAACCAUACUAGUGAAUCAGCCUGUCCUUUUUAGCUCAUGCUACUGAAUUUGAGCCUAAAAAUGCCUUUGGCUCAUUGUGGAACAAACUUGCAAAUUUGUGCCUUUGGAACAAUGUGGGGACAGUUUGCCAGUUCAUUCUAUUAGAUCUUUCGAAAGAUUCUGCCCACAUUCAUCAAGCUUCAAUUUAAAUAUUUCAGACUUUGAAACUGUAUUGUUCAUCUACUUUCUCUGAUCUGAUUUCCAUAUGGGGAUAUUUGUUUUGAUUAAUGCUAGUAAUUUACUUCUGAACUCACGUCAGAUACUUAACCCCUUCAGACCGGAGGACGUACAAUUACGCUCUAAACGCCGCCGGGCGUAAUUGUACGCCCUCCGGUUUUUGUUUACUUACCCGGUCGCCGGCAGUCCCACGCCGGUGAUCGCGGUGGGGGGGGGACUCCCAGGGAGCCCCCCGCGGUAGAUCCUCCUCCUCCGGUGCCCCCCAGGCCAUGUGAGAGUGGGGUCCUUGCAAUCACAUGGCCGGGUAGGCUGUCUCCUGCAUUGCCAGCUGCCUGUAAUGACAGGUGGUCCCCCUGCUGGCUGAAAAUAAAAUGUAUUCGUGAUAUAUAUAAUAAUGUAUGUCUAGGUGUAUUUUACUAUUAAUAUAUAUAAUUAUAUUUAUAUAUUAAUAUCAAAUUACACAUAGACUGAUACUGAUUAUAUAUAUAUAUAUAUAUAUAUUUAAUUAUUGUUAUAUAUAUAUAUAUUUAUAUAUAAUAUAAAAAAAAUUUAAUAUGUAAAUACGUUAAAAAAUAAAAUUAAAAAAAUUAUUAAAUAUAUAGAUGUGUUAUUUCGUUCUAACUGUAUUGUGAUAUUAAUAUAUAUAUUUAUAUCAAAAUACAGGUAGAACGAAAUAAUAUAUAUCUACAUACAUAAAUAUAUACGUAUAUAUCACUAUAUAUAUAUAUAUUUUUAUUUUCCCAGGUCCCAGCACUCAAUGUUCCCGGUCUUUUCCAUGCUCCGGUGCAAGUAAUCUCUGACCAAAAUAUAGCAUCCAAGUAGAGAGCACUCUGGAGUCUUCGUUUUAUAUCAAAAUAAAUACUGCUUUAUUGUGCAGAAUACAAAAAUGUCGACGUUUCAGUCACAAUAGACUUUUCUCAAGACAAUUCAUGCAAUGAAUAAACUGUGAUUAUAUAUGUUACAACAAAAUUCCUAUAUAUAAAUAAAAAUAUUUUUUUUAAAAUUAUUUAGAUAUACACAUAUAGAUUCACAUACGUGUAUAUAUAUGUAUGUGUGUGUGUGUGUAUAUAUAUAUAUAUAUAUAUAUAUAUAUAUAUUGUGUAAUAUUUUUACAUAAUUAGGUAUCUUAAUUAAUUACAAUUAGCGGGACCUGCCUGACAACCCAUGCCGAAAGUAAAGGGAAUUUAAUUUGCUAGCACUAUAUUUAACCCUAUAACUUUCCAAGAUACCAUAAAACUUGUACAUGGGGGGUACUGUUCUACUCGGGAGACUUCGCUGAGCACAAAUAUUAGUGUUUCAAAACAGUAAAAUGUAUUACAACGAUGAUAUCGCCAGCAAAAGUGACGUUUUUUGCAUUUUUCAUGCACAAACAGCACUUACACGGACGAUAUUAUUGCUGUGAUACUUUUUACUGUUUUGAAACACAAAUAUUUGUGUUCAGCGAAGUCUCCCGAGUACAACAGUACCCCUCAUGUACAGGUUUUAUGGUGUUUUCAAAAGUUACAGCAUCAAAUAUAAGGCUUGCGUUUCAUUUUUUUCACAUUAAAAUUCGCCAGAUUGGUUACGUUGCCUUUGAGACCCUAUGGUAGCCCAAGAAUGAAAAUUACUCCUAUGAUGGCAUACCAUUUGCAAUAGUAGACAACCCAAGGUAUUGCAAACGGGGUAUGUCCAGUCUUUUUUAGUAGCCACUUAGUCACAAACACUGGCCAAAAUUGGCGUUUUUUGCAUUUUUCACACAAACAAAUACUAACGCUAACUUUGGCCAGUGUUUGUGACCAAAUGGCUACUAAAAAAGACUGGACAUACCCCAUUUGCAAUACCUUGGGUUGUCUACUAUUGCAAAUGGUAUGCCAUUAUGGGUGUAAAUUUUAUUCCUGGCUACUAUAAAGUCCCAAAGGCAACGUAACCAAUCUGGCGAAUUUCAAUUUCAAAUGUAACGUGCUAUAUUUGACCCUGUAUCUUCCCAAAACGCCAUAAAACCUGUACAUAGGGGGUACUGUUUUACACGUGAGACUUUGCUGAAUACAAAUAUGUGUAUUUUAUUGCAGUAAAAGCAAACAGUAUUAUGACAUUGACAGUUAAAAUGUCAUGUAGAACUAAACAAAAUUAAAAAAUUCUUAUUUUCUCCCUUUUUUUUCAUAUUAAAUUAUGUUUCAUAGCUAAAUAUUUGAUAUUAAAUGAAAGCCCUGUUUCCCCUGAAUAAAAUGAUAUAUAAUAAGGGUCGGUGCAUUUAAUAUGAAAGAGGUGAAUUACGGUUGGACAGACAUGUAGCGCAAAUGCCAGGUUUUGUUUACAUUUUGUUUCGUUCACGUCGUGUACAUUUGGCUCAGUCCUUAAGGGGUUAAAAGGACACUAUAGUCAUCAGAACAACUACAGCUCAAGGUAGUUGUUCUGGUGUCUAUUGCCUGUCCCUGCAGACUCUUUUAUGUAAACACGGCCGUUUCAGAGAAAAGGCCAUGUGUUUACAAAACUGCCUAGUUACACCUCUGGUGGCAAUCACUCAGCCACUAGCUGUGCUUUCUGGGUGCAGCACUGUAGUUCAAUAUCUCCACGCUCUGCAUGAAUUGGCUCAACUUUGCCCAUAGAGAUAUAUUUACUCAAUACAUCUAUGAGAUGAGGCUGAUUGGCGCUGAGGGGUGUUUUACUGUGCAUGCGCGAUAGACUCCCAAUGAUUUCCUAUGGUAAAGUAUUAGACUGGCUGAGAUCUAUUUUGGUGAUCUCACAAUAAAAAAAAUAAAAUUCUGCUAGGCAAAUUGCUACAACAUAAUGAUUCCUUUUUUUUAUUUUUUUAUUAUAAUGUUGGGGCUAGUUGUGUGGGUUUACCAGAGUUGAAAAAAUGAAGCGUUACUUACAAAGUUGUUCGCCUAACAGUAUGUCUACGUGUCUGUCUAUGGAUAACAGGUCUGUAUUAAGAAGUUAUACAUGUACAGUCUUAAUUCCAGUAAUGCCUGAGUGUGUGUAAAUAAUACAUCAAGCACACUCUACUGGCAGUGCUUAUUGUGACCCUUUACAAAAUGUCAGAUUCAAUCAGCAUUGCCAUCGUUACAUAUUUCUGUUGUUCCAUUCCAUCAAGAUUGUGGCAACAAACCUCAGAUGUGGAAAGCAUCAAUAUUAUCUGUAAUUUUUCUUUUUAUUCAAUGGAGACCUGUAGAGUGAGCAGAGCCAGUUAAAUUGUCCUUGAAAAUACAUUGCUGGUCUGGACGUAAUCACAAUAUUUUAAUGCAUUGUAAAAAUGCCUUAAAAAUCUGGAAAUAUAAAAAAAUAUUUCCUUUAAACUAGAGGUAGCUGCAGACAGGCCAGUUUAGACCAUGAAUAGGCACUGCAUCUUGGGUGUGUCUGAUAGAGGUCUAAAUAGAUUUCUUAUCCUAUAAUCUCCAUGCAGAGCUCCAUGGAAUAUGUAGUUUAAACCACAUCUGCUGAUGAGUUGAACUGCUGAACGAGCUCAUAGCAACAACUGUACCUACCAUUGAUUCAUUCUCAGUCAUAACCUCAAUGUACCCUACGUUUUACCUGCAUAUUGUUAUAUGUGUGCAGUCUGUGGUAAAGAGAACCUUUAAUUAAGUCAUCUGAAAAUGAUGAUUUUACUCUUUACUUGGUUUCUUUGAAUUUUUUUGUUUCUGCAUAGUUAUAUGGAUUGAUUCUGAAUAGGGGAUUUUGUUGUUUGGACUUGCGCUGUUUUAUCUUCCUGUUGUAAUGUCAGUGUCAAGCAAUAAUUCAUGGCAUGUUUCUUAAAAAGAAAAGCAUACGCAAAAAAGGACUAGCAGUCUUUUGCUCUUUUUUUUUUUUUUUUUUCCUGCUGCAAUGACAAUUGGGUAGGUGUCCAUAUUUGAUCUAUUCAUUGUGCUAGUACAAUUGCAAAGAAAAUGUAUAGAUUAAAGCAAAUGUUUUAAAAUCGAAUUCUCCAAAUGUGGCAUUGAUACAGUGCUACAUUAAUAGUGUAAGGGAAUUGGACUUGCCUUUCUUAUGCAAUCAUCGUAUCACUUGUGUACUCAAAAUUGGUAGUGUAUGAAAAAUCCUGCGAGAUAUAAGGGUUCCUUCAGUCAGAUUUUCAUGCAAGUGAAUUAAGAUGCCCAUAGGCUGUGGCAGGAUGCCCCGGAUGAUGCCCCUCUCAUUGCUACAUUUAACCAAAGUUCAAUUCAUAUAUGAUGCAUAAGUAAUACCUUUAUCUCAAGUAUUUCUAAUUAUUUAGCAUUCAUGAAAAACUGUGACAGUGCUGCUUUGCCAAAUUUUUCUCUUUAAGGCGUGCACCCUGACCUAAUCUAUUCCUCUGUUGAAUUAAUUUUGGCUUCUGCAGGAUGAAGGGCAGUGACUAAAAUAUACAGUGGGAUAAUUCUGUAGCGUUAAGAAUAUAGGUGCAAGAGGACAGAUGUUAUAUUACAACAAACCUAGAACAAAUUAUUACAUUGCUUCUUAAUGUAAGAAAAAUUAGUUGUGGUAACAUUUAGUUGAACAGUCUCAAAGGUGACUGUUUCACUCAGGGGUCGAUAAAGGUUUUAUAGACAAUUUAAGGUACUCUAGGGUGGGGAAUCCUGUCUAGAAGUCAUGGUAUGGAUAGGUACUGUAAUAAUCUACAAUACCCAUUUGGAGUGUGGGGUAUUUUACGAGCUCUGGCUUUCCUUGGCUUUGAAUAGGAUUGACGCAAUUUAUUUGUGGGACAAUAUGUGACCUUUGUGUCCAGAAAACACGUUGCCAAAAGCUAUAGAAAAUAAACAUUUACGGGUUGACUCCUUUCUAUACAGAUGGAAGAGUUGAAUUAUUGCAACAUAAACUGUGUAUAAAUGCUUUGCCAAGUAGGGAAGGUUCACAAGCAUGCCUUGCGAAGCGCAACAAUAAAAAAAAAAAAAAGAAAAUGGAACGGGGAGUAAAGCUUAGAAGACUAGACUUAUGAUUUGAUAUUGGUUUCUCUUCAUGAGUCCCAUGAAAUAAAUAUAUAUAUUUAUCUCAAAAAGCUGUCCGUUUUAGGACUAGAUAUCCUUUUAAGCCAUACACCAGCAAACCGGCUAUAUUUUGCUAUGACCAUAUCAUUGCUAUAUACAAUCAGAUGGGGAAGGGCAUAUUACAGCUUAUGUCACAGACCGGUCCAACCUAACACAUACAUCAUUAUUAAGGACAGGUGCUCACAAUAUGCUCAAUUAUUAAAGUAUAAACUAGAGCUUAAAAUAUUUGUAGCUUCUAAAUUUUGGACAGAGAUAUCUAGGAGAUUAUGGACAGCACAGCAGGGGGAUCAACUGUGGUAAAAUACUAAGGAAGCAACUUCUGAAUGUUCAAAGACAAAGAGCGAGUCAGAGACAUACUUAAACAGGAAGGAAAGAGUGCACACAGGAAGUACAUAGAAUGAAAACAGAUAUGACACAUGGAGGCUAUUCACUAAACUGCACUUUUAGCCUGAAGUCUCAACUUUGCAGAUGCACAUGUUAACAAGGUGUCUAGAAUUUUAUUUUGUAGGAAUCUCCCUAUUUCUCACUUUAACAGUGCGUAUUCUGAUUUUUAACUUCAGUUCUGGAAUCAUCCUUGAGUGGUACUAAGUAGUUGAAGAACGAGACUAAUAGGAAUCACAUUAUUAGGAUGUCCCAUUGGUUUGUUAUUGAUAUUUAAAUAUGGUAUUAUUUUACCCUGAUUAAUCCUGAUCUCAUCCAACAAACCUUUUAAAUAACGAGUUGUGUUAUAGGAACCCAAAUGAACUGCUGUGUUUAAAGGAAUAUACUCCAUAAACACGCCAAUGAACUAUAGAGGUUGACACUAAAUGGUCUGACUUCUUUAUUUAUAAAUUAUUUAUAAGAAGGCUACAUUGAGGUUUCUCUCAUUUUCAAGUAUGUCCUGGGCUUACUUGGAUUCUGCCCGGUGCCACUCCCCACCUCCUUUCAGCAGUUAGGAGAGCCGGAUGUUCCUGCUUAGGAGAUUCCAUUUGCUCUCAGGUCCAUUAGCUCUCCUGAGCUAAGCUCUGUGGACCAGCUCUUUGGCUGAGCGUGUCAGCUGAUUGUGGUUAUGGUGCUUAAAGUGUUCCUUAAACCUGCAUGUUUACGUAUGUUCAAACAUGUUUAAAAAUGACAGAGCAUACAUAAUUUUUUUACUUGCAUUUGUUCAUGAAGUCCACCUUUUGCUGCGGAUUGGGGCUUCAUCAAUUCUCAUCAGCACCGUUUCUUGUCCCUACCAUAAUUUAAAUGCUUUCUGUAAUCUAAUACAUUUAUCAGAUUUAAUUUUCAUAUUGUAUGUUGGUUUAUCUUAUACAACAGUCUUAGGUAUUGCUUAUCCGAUAAGAAGCAGAAGCUAAUUAAUGUUCUGACUGGGCCUUACUUGACCUUCAGAAAAAAGGACCAUAUGGUUAAACUGUCCCUCCAGUUACACAACCAUAACUUGAAUAUAAAACACAUGAGAACAGGAAUAACAAAGUACAAUAAAUAUAUAGAGCUUGAUAAUUUUUUUCUUUUUAAGUUUAUAGAUCCUUUUCCUAUCCUUCAAGACUACACACGUCUAUGAAGUUUCAUGAUAACAAGAGAUUUACUGGUCAUGAGUCCUAAAAGGGUAUAUGUGUUCCUCUGUAUAAUGCAGAACUUUUUUAACCUGUUGAGGAAAAAAUGGAAAUAUUUAUGUGUCCUCCUUAAAUAAUUGUUGUUUGGAGCGUGAUCUUUGGAAUCUCGUGCUCUGUGAUGACUAUCCUUGGAUUCACAGCUGUUUGGUGGACUGCAUUUCCUAUGAUUCUCAGCCAGCAUCUAGGUACAUUCCAGGUCGUCAUCCCACCUUCUACAGAGGCAGGUUUUUGUGUGCGUGUGUAUAUAUAUUUAUUUUGUAACCUUUCUAUUGCAGAAAAAGCAUGUAUUUUCUUUUUAUUAUUUAUUAGUACACAGCUUCUAUUUUAAAAGCAUAUAUCUUUUUAAAAAUUUUUUUUUUUAUUCUUGCCUUUUUUUAUAACUCUGCAUGUAAAGGUUAACUGAAUUAAAUCACGAGUUCAGUUUCAGCAUCACUAAUGUGUGGUUUGUCUGUAGUGCAGCAUCGUAUGUAUCCUAGAUGAUUAUCUCCUCUUACUUGCAUACUAAAAGGUCUAAUAACCCCCCUUCCCCAUAUCUCUUCGAUGUGGCAUGACCAGCCUUUAAUUGGCUAGGGUAAAGAUGCGGUGCAGCACCGUUGCAGAAACCGGUUGAAGUAUUUAGCUCUGCGGGUUUUUCAGUAGAGAUCCUAAAAUUCACGAGUUCCCUUUUUUUUUUUUUUGUUAAACUCCCCUCCUUCAUUUCUCUCUGCAUUACAUAGAGGUCACGUAUGUCGCAGAGCCUCUGUGGUGGGGUAAUCGGAAAUGCCUUAUUUUGGAAGUGCAGUGUGCAGAGGGGAGUGUAUGCAGAGGGUGAUCUGUUAGAUGAGGCUGUGAAAGAGUACUUGCUUGCUGCCUGUCUGUGCUGUGAGGUUUCUGCGUGUUCAUGUAAAUCCCUGAUGAGAACAGCUUUCUGUGUCCUGUCUCCAUGGUAACAGAGACCACAUCUUGGCAAUGUCUUCAGCUUGCACAUCUUCCAUUGAUUGCGAAAGAUAGAUAACUCUCACCGCUCUGGCCUGUACUCUACUUAAUUUAUUUGAAAUUGAUUUCUGGGUAGGGGCUACUACCCUGUGAUUGCUAGGGUGGCGAGAUGCUUCUGGAAUAAUAAAAUACCUUAUUUUAUUAAUUUGUUUUGUUACGUUAUGCUGUGUAGCAAGUGAAAAAGCAUAUAAUCAGAAUUAUACAUUAUGUGUAGUACAAUGUGUUUGCCAGUUUGAAUUGGCAUCCUUGGGGUAAAUCUGGUAUUAUUGGCAUGCCUUUUCUUUACCAUCGCAUCUCUCUCUGCAAGAACACCUUCCCCAGAGGCAAAACGAAGACCUGGAUGUCAGUGUCCCAAAUCAAUAAAAUUGUUUAAAACCUCGUCAGUGACCUUGCACUUAUCUGUUAGUGAGCCUAGUGCUGUGAAGUUGAUAAACCCCAGAUUAAAGAACUAUGUAUUUCAUAAAGAUUGCUUCUGAAUAUGCCAUUCUAUUCUCUUAUACAUAAUGUACACUAAACAUUGUGUUGAAAGCAGACUUGCCAUGUUUUGUAAGAUCAGAUUAAUUUAAGGUGUGUGUGUGUGUGUUUGUGUGCACACACAUUUGGCAUCUAAUUUUGUUCUAGCAGAUAAUCUUUAGUUGCUAUGUUUGAGCUUUUAAUAUUUGUCUUCUGAGUGUGUGUUUAGAAUCUUUCCGUUACAUACAGGCACUACCAUUGGCACCUACGCAAUAAGCCUUUGUUUUGCAAGUGCUUCUGACAUCCAGAGAGAGCGAGAAUAAAGACUUGAUAAAUUCUAGGGGCCAUGUGUCUAGAAUGUGAUUAAUUUUAUUUCUUUUGAUGCAUGUCUUAAGAAAAGUUGUCUUGUUUUAUAAAAAUGGUUACCAAAAUCUAUGAAUUCUUUCAAGUUAUGAAAUAAAUUUAAAAAAAAAUAAUAUAUAUAUAUAUAUAUAUAUAUAUAUAUAUAUAUAUAUAUAUAUAUAUAUAUAUAUCUCUAUCUAUAUAUAUAUCUCUAUCUAUAUAUAUAUCUCUAUCUAUAUAUAUAUCUCUAUCUAUAUAUAUAUCUCUAUCUAUAUAUAUAUCUCUAUCUAUAUAUAUCUCUAUCUAUCUAUAUAUAUAUAUAUAUAUAUAUUUUUUUUUUUUAUGAUGGAAGAAGUGUGCAUCCUGUUAUAGUGCUAUAGCCUUAGAGUCUACAGGGGGUGGAUGAUUUAUUAGAUUGAGGUCAUUGGAGAGAUCACCGGUGCAGUUAUCCAUUAUAUCUUUGUACGUGAUUAGAACUGAAAGCAGUCCGGACGCUGGUAACGCACACUCUGCAUUUUCCUUGAAAAUAAGAUGAAUGAUUAUUAGGAGGAGAUAUAGGGCAGCACAAGGAGAUGGGAUUAUUACCGAACCUGCCUGACCAUGAUCCAUAAGCCAAGGGGCAUUUGCUACUUCACAUUUACAGGAUUUAAGGAACCAAAGACUGUCUGCUUUUAAUAAAUGAGGGGAGAGUUGUCGUCUUAAAUCCCUGGCACAAGGUCAAUUGUUAUAUUGCGACUAUUGGUUCCAUUCUGUCUAACCUCAUUUGCUGGGUGGGGGGGGGGGGUGUAAAAGUUCACUCUCCUCGUUUUCAGCUCUGGGACUCCUCUGCUGCGGCCUCUAGAUCCUCCUUUAGUGAUGUCAGCAUCCAAUCUGACAUCACCCACGAUCUGCUCCAAUCCUUUGCUUCUAAUAGUGAGCCAAAUGUUGUGAUUCUCCAAUAGCAGCAUUUGAUUCCCAUACAGAGUUUUGCUCUGUCUGGAGGAGGAAGCUCUUUGGGGGGGCGGUAUUCCUUAUUUCAGAGCCCAGAGAGGCUGUAUUGUCAUUUAAAGGCUGUCACAUCUAUCGCUUCACGAAUAAUUCCGUUUCAUAAUUAUGACGUUUACCCUUUAACCAAGGUUUGACAACUUUUUACGGAUAGAGUCCUUUCUAAACCGUUAAGAGGUAGGCUUUUGGUGCAGGGAGGCUCAUGGCUUCGUUUGCAAUAAAUGGUAGUGCUUAUGGUGCUUAGGUUACUAUUAAGGUUAUGACAAUUAGAGUGCAUAGGCUGAUGCCUUGGAGUGGUUUUACAUCCACUGCUCUGGAGCAGAAAAGCGUGUGUUUACGAGUUAAAACAAAAAGUCCCAUUAUAUCUAUUAAACCAAAAAAUUGCAAAGUGAAUUUGAGGACUGGAUUUGGUUGUGAUUGCUGCACAUGCUUCCUGUCUCCAGUGUUGUCUGUGAGAGGCAUUAGAUUGGGGUUUGCAACACAGGAGUUACUUGAUGGUGUAGAAUACUUUCACAGGUGCUGAGACAAUUACUGAUUUAUUUUGACUGUGUUUUUCCAAGUAUAUUUAAGCAUACACACUUAUAGCGAUAGAAAAUAUCAUAAUUAAUGCUAUUUGUGAUAUGUUUAUUAUAUCACAUCUUAUGAUAUGUGCCAAGUUGACAUCUUAUGAUGCACCAUCCAUACUAUGCACUAUGUUCACUGAUCUUAAAUUCACCCAUCACUUUGUUAUCAAAGGGUUUCUCCAACAAUCAUAACCACCGCUUCCAGCUGUAGUGGUUACGUUGUUCCCCGCUUCUUUACAAUGGUUUGCCCUCUUACACCAGUUUUCCUACGCAGCAGGAUUACUACAUCCGGCUUCUGCAGAACUGCUGGGCGCAGAAUGCUCUUCCUGCUACUCGUUUAUUGGCUGAGAUGAAAAUUUGGACAGAAUUAACAUUGGCCAUCCCAGAACUCUUGUUAUUGGUUAGCUAAUGAUACCCCAGUGAUUUUCCAGGAGAUGGAGUUACAACUCCAGUAGCAAAUGAGUUGAACUUGCUAUGUGCAGCGUUUUCUAGCAAAACGCAAAACCUCCAGGGACCAUGACAACUUAAAAUCACUGACGUAGUCAUGGUGCUUGUAGUAACCUUUUAUUGUUACUAUUAUAUUAUUAUUGAAAUUGUAUCCCCUGUAAAUGUUUAAAGGAAAACUCCAGGCACCAUAGUAACUUCAUCAAAAUUAAGUUAUAGUGCCAGGAGGCUUCCUAGUGCUCUCUUACCUUUAGUGGUUAAACUGUUUAACCCCAAAGUGAGCAUCCAGUGCCCCUCUGUUCCCACCAGGCAGCAUCCAACUUCUGAAAUCUGUUUCAGGAAGCGCAGAGGGACCCUGGGCAGGGGUACCGCUGACUGACUGAUCGCAAUCAGUUGACAUACUCAGCCAAUCAGUGAUUCCCCAUUUCUAAAACCAUCUUGAAAAGAAACACACACUUUUCAGUCUAGUUUUGUGAAGGGGUUGUCAUUGCUCUCAGCCAAUCAGUGGCAUCCCUACCUAUCUGCACGCCCCGCUUUCUGAAACUGAGAUUUCUGAAGAUGGACGCCGCCUAUGGGACCCAAGGAUCGGCUUUAAUUCGGAUGAAGUUAUGGUCCUUAAACAGUCCCUUUAAAGGUGGUUUGCAGAACACUGACUUUAAGAUUAAAUAAUGUCCAUUAUGGUUUGAAACAUUGCAAAUUUAUGCUUUUGUUGGGCUGGAUAAAGGCACCUUUUGUGCAGCUUAUCUAAAUUGAGGUAUUUUAUGCGGUUUUAAAACUGGGAGACUUUAACCCCUUAAGGACACAUGACAUGUGACAUGUCAUGAUUCCCUUUUCUUCCAGUAGUUUGGUCCUUAAGGGGCUAGACUUGGGGAUCUCCUUCCUUACCUGGAUCCUUAUUCUGUGUACCAGUGUUUGACGUUACUGAUUUAAAAGGGCCUUUUCUGUGUUUUGGAGGAAGCGGGGAGCUAUUGUGCAGACUUAAUUUUGAUUGGCCGCUGACAUACUUUUAUCUGCAGCCUUUAUCAGUAAAUUACACUGAUUUUGUGUGUGUGUACAUACACAGGGUUUAACAAAUUUGCUUUGACUCUGAACGAAGCUUUAUUCAACAACAAAAAAAACCCACACUCACAAACACACAUCACACAGUAUUCAGAACCCUUUAUAUUAAAGGAUCACUAUAGUGUCAGGAAAACAGACUUGUUUUCCUGAGACUAUAUAACCCCUAGGUCUCCCCCACCCUCAGGGUCCCCCUCCCGCUGCAGAACUGCUGCAGAACCUUUCCUAUAGAGGUUCUGCACGCUGAAUGCGAUUUUUCGCAUCCAGCAUCGCAGAAACUCCUCUAGCGGCUGUCAGGAAGACAGCCACUUGAGGCUGGGUUAACCCUGCAAUGCAAACAUAGCAGUAUCUAUGAAGGGUUAAAACCUGGGGGACCUGGCACCCAGACAACUUGAUUGAGCUGAAGUGGUCUGGGUAACUAUAGUAUCCCUUUAAAGGACCACUAAAGUCACCUUGGCUACUUUGCCUCAAUAAAGCGGCCUGGGUGCAGCAGUCUUGCAUAUUGCCGAAAUGGCCAUGCUUACUUAGGGUUAAACACACCUUCAAGUAGCCUCGGUGCUGAAAAGGGUAACUAAAAAUGUUUUUUUCUUUGUUUUUUUUCUUAUUUUUGUGGCACACUGGGAAGGGGGCGCACCUUUAUAAAUAGGGACAGGGACACUAAAGCAUUAGGAAUACAUGUUUGUAUUCCUAUUGCUUUAGUGCUCCUUUAACUUUAUGUUGCAGCCUCAUGAUACAUUUCUUUACAUUUUUAUUUUUUCCACAUCACUCAGCACUUAAUACCCCGUAAUUAAAAAGCCAAAAAUGUAUUUUUCACACCAUUGCAAAUAUAAUUACGGAGGCCACUGUGCUCUUGGAAACCUUCAAUGAAGCCGACAUUUAUUUUAUAGCCUUUACCAGAUCUGUGCCUUAACACAAUUCAGUCUCUGAACUAUGCAGCAGCUCAUUUGGCCUUGUUGCUUGGAUUUUGCUCUGAUGUGCAAAUACAGUUGUGAGACCUUAUAUAGACAUAUCACCAAAUCAUAUCAAGUCAGUAUAAUUUGCCACAGGUGGACUUCAAUCAGAGUGUAGACUCAUCUCUAAGAUGAUCCAGAGAAAUGUGAUGCAUCUCUGCUAAAUUUAAAGUGUCAUAAUAAAGGCUCUGAAAUGAAUGCUCUUGUUAAUUAGAUCAUUUCAAUUUAUUUAUUUUUUAAGUUUAAGUUUUUUUUUGUUUUGUUUUUGUGCUUUGUGAUUAUGGGGAAUUGCGUGCAGAUUGAUAAAAAAAACAUUGAUACAAGAAAAUUUAAAUGCACUCUGAAUAUUACACAUAGAGAGCACUCACUCAUAUAUGUAGAGCAAGAAACCAGCUGCAGCAAUGUCUGUCCAUCUGUGGCUGCAAGAAUGCUUCAUGAAUAAAAGCUACUCUCCUUUACAAUCCUUAUUAUAAGUGUAUAGAUAUGUAUAAUGUGUGAGUUAUCUAGCACAGCUUACUGUACCGGGCUGCCUAAUAGGGUUUCACCCUGUAUGUGCAAUGUUUCAUAGCCAAGCACCAUGACUAUUACCAUUCCUGACACUUUAGAUAGCUCCCCUUGCCACCCCCAUUUCUCGCGCCUCCCUGCCGUUGUAAAAAAAGGGUUAAAAACUCUUUAUUACUUUCCUUAUCCUAGCACCGAUAUCCCUCGGCGAUGGGUCGACACAGGACGCUAAUGUGCAUGCGUGGCAAAGGCCCGCACACGCAUUAGACCUCCUCAUAGAAAGCAUUGAUUUAAUGCUUUGCUAUGGGUAAAAAAUCUGAAUCUGGAUGUCUUCAUGCAGAGCGUGAGGACAUCCAGUGUCAGAUACUGGAUCAGAGGUCCGUUACGAUGCAGGAAGCGCCUCCAUUGACUGUCUGAUAGACAGCCACUGGAGGCAGACUUAGUGCUGCAAUGUAAACAUUGCAGUGUCUCUGGAACUGCAAUGUUUAAAGGGACACUUUAGUCACCAGAACAGCUACAGCUUAUUGUAAUUGUUAGGGUGAGUAUAAUCACUCCCUUAAGGCCUUUUGCUGUAAACGCAAUCAUUUCAGAGAAAAUGCAGUGUUUACAUUACAGCCUAGUGAUAACUCCACUGACCACUCCCUAGAUGGCUGCUAGAGGUGCUUCCUGGGGCACUGCCAUUCAGUGUCUCCACCCUCUGCAUGGAGACACAACUUUCCUCAUAGAGAUGCAUUGAUUCAGUGCAGAUCCCUAUAUUGUAUAUUUUUUACAGUAUAGGGUCAAGAAUACAUGUUUAUGUUCCUGAUCCUAUAGUGUUGAGUAUAGGACCAUAUAGUGUUAGAGUAUCCACACACACAUUUUAUUUAUCUUUUUAAUAACCAUCGGGUCUCAUGCAGUGAGUUUUAUCAAGCUUUUACUGACCUGCCCUGGAGUGUGCAUGCUUAGAUUGUUGUACUGUUUUGUCUGCUCUCCUCCUCCACACGAAGAUUGCAUCAUCCAAAGGAGAGCUGCCAACUCCUCAGCUUUGUACAGAGAGAGAGGCAGACAAGGCCCUGUCUCUUCACUGAACAUUUACUCCUGCCUCUUCCUGCAGCUCACACAAGCCUGGCUUAUCCUAAGUGUCACCUUUGUUCUGAAGUCGUUUCCUCUUUCAAGUCCCCUCCCCAUCUGCUUCCUUGAAACCCAAACCCAACAUUUAUUAAUAUUGCAUUUAGCCAUUUAUUUAGCAUAUUGCUCAGUUUUCUGCCUCUCCCCAGAUUAGGUCUGUUUUUAACCUUACAUGCAACAUUCAAUGUCUGCAUUUGCUGCAUUAUACAGUAUAUAAUUGUCCACAUGUUUUAUGGAUUUGCCAUAUAUUUCAAAUAAACCAAAGUGUUACAUAGUUUUGACUCCCUAAUAUCCCCCCCCCCAAAAAAAAAAAUUAAAAAUAAAUAAAAUCUUGCAAUCAAGAGAAAUAUUGUCCACCUUUCAUCAUGUAUUUUCUGUCCAAAUAUAUAAAUAAAAAAUAAAAAGUAUCCAAAGUUUAUUCUUCCUUGCAAAACCUAUAGAAAAAAUUGGGUACAAAAUAUGCUAAAAUUGUAGUGGGCAAAGUAGGUGAACAUGCUAAACUGAUUGCUGCCCAACAUGUUGGGAGCCCCUGCUAUAUGUUAUAUUUAAAAGAUUUUCCUAAGUUUUUAGUUCUGCUAUUUUUUUCUCUUGAGUUGCUUUUCCUGUUUGUGUUGUUCGUUUUUAAUUUUUUGUAAACCCUUUUCAGUUUUUGCUUGUAAUAUUUUAACGUUGGUAUUCCCCUUUCUGUAGGUAAACAUUAACCCAAGGCUAGCUGGGAAAGGGAGGGGCACCCUAGUUGAACCAUUGAAUUGAGAAAAGCUUAUAGAGCGGAAAUCACUAAUGGUCUCUAAAAAGUAUUUGUGGGUCUCAGGAUGUGGAAUUAAAACAUGUAAAUUAAGAGGGAAAAGUUUAGUGUAUGUGAAUGAAUAGUGCAAUGUUAGUGCCUGGGAAACGAAGGAUAUUUGAUAAUGCUGUAUAAUUUGUUCACUAGAAUGAAAUAAAAACUGCAAACAAAACAAAGGUAGAUUGUUUUUCUUUUUUUUAUGGUAAAAUGAUCUAAUGUAUGCAGGAAAUUCUAUGUAUCCUGUUUAUACUUUGAUUUACGUUGGAAGGGGAUGGGGUUGAAAGGUUGUAUAAUGCACAUUUAAUACCAGCUCUGAGUUCUGCUGUUUUUUUUUUUUUUUUUAAUCCACACAAUGUCGACUGCUCAUACGUGUAGCAUACGUAAUCACUAGCUCAGAGCCAAUCCGAAACCCUUCUCCAGUAGCCUCAUGAAGGGCCAGUGAGAUCUCAAUUACUGCAAGCUGUUGGCUGAAACCAUUUCAUUGCCGCCCUGUAUGCCAGUAUUGGUCUGCAUACCCACACUGGGAACAGUUUGCAGUGCUCUGUGGAACGAGGUCUUUCAAAAGGACUGCAGUAUAUAUAUCCUGUCCAAUAAAAUGUGGUCGGUCGGCCUGUCUGUCCGUCUGUCUGAAUAAACGUCCUGAUUAUCCACCAACGCAUAUUUAGCAAAGCCACGAAUCCCGCAGCCCUUGUGCUGUUCUAUUUCUUUGCUUCCGGCUUUGACAGUCGUGUGCAGAAGGUCACUGUUAACUAUUCAAGGCACCCUGUCACUGCUAAUGAAUGCUGGUGACAUAACUCUGACCUUCAGCAUGACUGCUAAGCUUGUCUGUGCCAUCUCUCUACAGCAUUCUCUUAUUUAGCAACCACUAAUCUCUUUGCAGUGCACCAAAAGGACGUUAAAAAAAUAAUGGACAGGUAUCGUUCUGGGAAUUUCAUGUCAUGUUUUUCUCUGGGCUCUUAUUAAAGCAUUUUUAUCAAUAUGGUGGCCACACUAGCCCUUUUAAAGAUCCUGCUGGUAUUGGCAUCAUGCGGGCAGCCGAGAGGUUAAUGGGGAGAUAGUUUUCAUUUGUGUCACAUGUUGGAGAGAGAUACGGUCUCCAGAACUACAUUGUUAACCACUGUCCCAACAAAGCAGGAGGUAAAGGCGAAUUCACUAAUUCACUGUUUUUUGCUCCCCCCCCCCCCUGUUUAGCUUUGGCAAAGGCACCUCAAGUGCCAUGUAUGGCACAGUGCCAUAGGUUUCCGACUCCUGAACUAGGCCUUUAACGUUACUUGCCACAGCAAGCCUGGAUGAUUAAUAUCAGCAGGGGUGAAUUUCUGCUCACAAGCAGCAAGUGAAAUUUAUGAGGCUUGCUGUGUAGUGAUUUUGUUGCCUAACCACUUACCUUUUUACCUACUCCUGGCAUUGUGUGUUUAGUGAAUGAGUCAGAUCAGAUUGUAUAAAUAAACGAAUGUGCUCUUCCAAAGAAUUCUGCAUGAGCCAAUUUGGUUUAGACACUUUACAUUUACUUUAUGAACUAGGGAAGUGAUUCUGUAAAAUAUACCAAAAAUGUUGGUGUGCUUUAAAAUGUUUAGGAAGAGUACUCCCAAUCUUAUUUUAAUUGUAUAUAAGGCUCAUUACUUUCAUGUAGUAUGUUCACAUGUAUUCUGCAUCAAGUUGCCAUUACGGGCAGCAUGACCAUAUACAGUUCACUUAGAACUAAACAACACAAGGGAACUUGGCAGUUCACAGUAUUCAUUGUGGGGCCACAGCAGGGAUCAUGACUGCACUUCAUUUAUUAUGGGGAACAUGUCUGUGCUGUCCAUAUUGCCUCCCCCACAGUCCCCACUAGUCAUUAUAGCAUUUAGCUCAGCAACAGCAGGAAGCUUAAAUUUUAAAGGAAAUAUAUGUUAAAGGAACACUAUAGCAAUACAACAGCGGUGCGGAAUCUGUUGGCACUUUAGAAGAAAUAAUAAUCCUGAAAAAUACAAAUCUGUAUUCCUAAUGCUACAGUGCCCCUGUCUCUCUUUAAAUUGGUUCCACCCCUUCUCCCUAUCCAAUUCUGCGUGACUUGUGCACAUUCUACAUGCCCCUUCUUUCUCUCUCUUUUGUCUAGUCAAAUCCUUCUCAUUGAGUAGCACUGACGAUACACAGCACAUAUGUGGUAAUUGCUGUGAUUCUGCAAUCCAAUGGACAAAAACAGCGUAUUUUGCAUACUGAUGCAGGAUAUCAGAUAGAUGUAGUAUUUGAAUCUAAACCACCAUUCCAGAACUAUAGUGUUAUGAAUACAUGUUUGUAUUCCAAACAUUAUAGUGUUCCUUUAAGAUGAAGUUAUUUUGGUUGCAAGACUGUCCUUUUAACUAGUUGCUUUCCAACUGUGCAGGAUGUCAUUGGCUGGUUAUUUUUUAAUGCAUUUAUUCUAAAAUUAAAUAUUUCCAUUUAUUUCUGGGUUCCCUGCAGUCCAUUAUAUUCAUAUUGAGCACUGGAGAAUUUUUUUUUUUUUGCAGUGCCAAUCUAUAAUUUGCUUUCAAAAUAGGCCAUGUGCAGAAUGGUUUAAAUCCCUUCUCCCUUUCAUGCUCCCCUACAUUGUAGUAUAUAUGUAUGAUUCUCAGUGUCUUUUCAUGCCUCUGCGCUUGUAAUAGUGUGGAAUGAAGCAUAUGCAGACUUUGUGCCCUGCAUGUCUUCCUUCUGUAGUUGAUUCACAAAGGGUUAAGUGAAAUCCAAUUUAAAAUAAUUGAUUUAGAUAUCUUUUUUGAUCCUUUAAGAGUCAGGUAGGGUUGGGUAUAGCAAUGGCUUUAAACUACAUUGUCCCAUCUGGCAUUUUAUAAAUAAAAUAAAAAAUAUAAUACUUGGAUUUUAAAGUCCUAAUUAAAACUGGCAUUUUCUAGAAUGUUACCUUAAAAAUAUUAUUUUUAAUAUGAGUGAAUAUAAAUCAUGUGCAGAAAUCGCAACUGCAGUGACAUCCAGAUACUAGCUUUUCAUAGAUUAUAGCUUAAAGUCAACACGCCUCUUACCUUGAUCAGAGGGGGUGGCCUAUUUAUAAAAAUAACCAUGCCGCUGUAUUCUUGCUGGGGAGUUUUAUUACUGCCCUUUAGGAGGUAAAAUUAUUUAUAUGAAAUCAUAUCAAAUAUAUAUAUGUAUAACCUUAAGCCUUUCUCCACAAAAUAUCAAGUGUUGCAGUAGUCCUUUCAGCCCUGUUUAAAGCUUAUUAUCCCUCUCUCCUCUUGCUGUUACACAUACUUCAAUUCUGACCGUCUAUAUUCUCCCCCAAACGGUGAAUGUAUGAAUGCACCUUUGUAGGCACUAUACGCCACAUUGUUUUAAAAAAUAUAUAUUUCUACACAUGGUUGGAAGAUGAGAUGAGGCCGUUUGACUAUGUCUUGCCAGCAGCAGCUGGAAAAGAGGGUGUGACGGCAUUUCUAGAGUUGCAUCUUUACAUGCUCAAAUCCAAGCCAUACUUGUGAUGCCUGAAGUUAACUCCUUUAAUGCCAGGUAUCUCCUCCGUCAGGAUAAUAUAAUAAUCUGUGUUAGGUAUUUUAACAAGAUUUAACUAAUUAAAUCACUUAUUGACUUAAUUUUUCAAAAUGGGAUGCAGAUAGCAUGAAUGGAAAGUAUGUAUCUGUAUAUCUCCCACACCCCAAUAUAUGUGAUAAAUUUAUGAGAAUGUGUGCUUCUUAAUAUUUGACGUUCAACAUUCCAUUAUUUUAUUCCCCCACAGAUCUUUGGAAGACCGUGAGAAAAGAGAUUACUGGGACUUCACAGCCACAGGCCAGUAUACAGGUAAUAUUGUUACCAGUGUUUUUGACCGAAAUCAACUUUUACAAUGUAUUGGCCUGUAUUUGUAGAACCCUUGUAUGGGUUUUUUGUUUUUCCUCUUUUUUUUUUUUUUCUGUGGUGGAAUGAAAUAUUCUGGCUAAUUGAGCAGAACUGAUGGAGUGAAGUCUAUGUGGGAAAAUGUUAGGGUCAGUAGCAUCUCUUGCCACACGGAGGUGUCUGAUAGAUCCCCAACACCUCCUGGGGACAAGAUAAAGGAGGCAGUCCAGCCUGUCUGCCAUUAGCGCGGGCUAACAGCAGUGAUGCAAAUAUCACUAUUGAUUUAGCAGUAGCUGGGAGGUUAGGACGUGCCUGCCUUGCUACUGCUUGGAGCCUUACUGCAGAAUGCCAGCUGUGGACAUAAGGAGAGGAGGGGAAAUCAAUACAGCGAGGAAGCAAGUGUUUUUGGUGCAUAUUCAAGGAGACAGCAAUAUCUCUGUAUUAUGCUAUGCACGUUGUGAGUUUUUUUUUUAAUGGAUAGGACAUAAGUGGUUAACCUUUGGCACUGCAGCUGUUGUAGAUUAUUCUCUUUUUGGACUGGCUGGGCGUCAAUUAGCGAUCUCUGGUAAAGAAGGUAGUGAAAUGUUUUUGGUGAGGGGCUAGGUUCUUUAACCCUGUAAUGGCAAUGGGAUUUAAGGUACAAUUCAGGUUAGAGAAGACCCCAGAAAACAUUCUUACUUGAGAAGUUCCUGUAUUUGCUGCAAUUCCCAAGAUCUGAAACUGCCUAGAUCUGGACACAGCUCAGCCAGUUGGCAUGCUCUGUUUUCAGUGAGACUGAGCAUAUGACUGACGUAAAUCCUUAUCCAUUGAGGACUUCUGGGACACGUUUAACAUAAGACUAGGGAUAGACCGAUUAUCGGUUAUUCCAAUUAUUAAAGCAGAUAUUCAGUAUAUUUCUGAUAAUCUGUACCGGUCUGUAAUUUACUACGAUAACCAAUAACAUACUCUCCACACACACUGUCUUCGGCAUCAGCAAGCUCCAGCUGCCAGUCAGUAAAGCUCUAUGCCAGGGCUGUCCUGCUCUAUGCUGUAUGUACAGUGAGUAAUCUACUGUAAUGUCCUGGAUGACUGAGAAUAAUAGGAGUGCGAUUGCUGACAGCAGUCUUAUUCCAAAAGCUGACUCUGGAAAACGGUUAUCAGCCAAUUUCUACAUUAGACAGUAUUUCCAUUCAUUCGAUAAAUUGAAUGGGUCUGUUGCCUUAGCAGAUAUCUGUAGCACCUGUAGAACAUGCAGAGUGUACAGAUAUUUGGUUUCUUACAUUGAUAUAUUUAAGCGAAGAGUGAGCAUAUAGCUACAGUAAUUUGUUGCAGAUUGCUGCAGUUUAAGCAAUCUUGGAACUGGAAUAUGGGACCUCCUUGCAUUAUAGCAUAUGCAAAGGGCACAGGCUGUUAUGGUUCUGCAGGGCCCCUAAAUGCACAGUGAAGUUAACAUCCCAUCGUCCUCGGUAAAUACAAGUAUCAACGCUAUCAAAAUACAAGUAUCAAAAGCUAUCAACCAUGAUUUCUGGUAUUGUCAGCAGAAAGUCUGAUUUCUUAUUAACUUUUAUCAUUUAAUUGAAGAAGGGGAAAGCUAAUCCCCCAAAAAAUAAUAAUUCUUGGCAUUCUGCAAUACAUUUAUUUUUUGCAUCUUGUCUACUGGACUAAUACGGCUAAUUUUAUAUACUUGUGUAUACACACACACAAAUGUUUUUAUUUUUCCUUUUUUUGUUAUAAAUGACAAGCAGGUUUAUUGCAGAAUAAUUUGAUAUAUAUGUACUAAGACUGGAUGCAUGUGCCAGGAUCCACCUCCACUUUCUAUAAACUAUACCAGUGAUCUCCUGCUCCACACUGCAGAUAAUUUUGAUCUGAAUUUCCCAUCCCAAGAUGCUAAGUCAGCCUUCAGACAAAUGGAGUGCUGAAAAAACUGCAGCUCCAAGGUCAGCCUUCACUGCUACAGACUGUGCAUGAAAACAAACAAACAAGCAAAAAACCAAUUCUUUUAAAGAGACUGUGCUCUGUUUUUUUUUUUUUUUUUUUAAUUCUGAAGAAAGCUAUUGAAGUAUAUGUGUUCCAUGUGUAAAGAGUGCUACACUCUCUGACUUCUACUUAUUGCCACUUUCACUAGUUGGAAGAUUAAACCACUCAUAGAUGCUUUAUGUAUAGUUGUCAAUUCUAAAGCAGGGAUAUUAAUGCUGCAUGCUAACUGGGGCAUGAAGCCCCCACAUUAACUAAAGUAGAGUUUCUCAGCUAAGGUGCCUAUAACACAGGUUCAUCAAUACCUGCUUAAUAUUUUUGAUAUUAGAGAGCCUGUAAAGUAAGAAUACAGAGAUUUUUCUGGACCUUUUCAUGGCAUAGUAUUUAUUGCACGUUCCGUGACUCUCUGCAAUGACUGAAUAAACCAACACUGCACCAAAUUUUGCCAAGUGCUGAGGUUCUUUUUCAGUCUUUUUACUUUGCAGUCUUGUUGGACCUACAACUCGGGUAGCCAAGAUUGGAGAGUUAAUUUAUUGCUCCACACAUUACCUGCUUCUGUGUUUUUAUGUCACAUUUGCUUUUUAAUUCACUCCAUUAAACACUAAAACCCUUCUUACCUCUUGUUCAAUGUGGAUAGAGAUCACCCUUUGAGUACUAUUCAGUGCUACCAUGCAAGUUGUUAAACGCAUUUUAUCAAUUUCGCCUAAACUCCUGUCCCUCUAGCCAGCUGCAUGAGCUAUAGUUCUGGACCCCAAAGAAUAAACAAACCAGGCCCAAAAAGUUACCUGUGCGCUAUCCCAAAUCAGAAAUGCAUAAAUCAGAAGCGGGGGGAGUUUAAAUGCUUAAAAUGUGUAUAUUUUUUAUUUUCCAUUGAUAUUUUCUCUAAACUCACUGAUGGUUUGGCUUUUUGUUUCCUAUAAACUUUGCAAUUUCUUUAAACGGUUAUUGAACCUAUUUCAGGUUUACAUAAUGAAAGGAGCUCUCUUGCCCAGUUUCCCUUUAAUAUGUUCUUUGAAGCUUCAGCAAUUUGCAUCAAUCUCUGCAGCUAUGCCUAUUGGCUGUCCUAUGUAUCAUCACAGUGUACCAUACAGAGCUUCUGUAAAUUGCUUCAUUCGUGAGAAAGCAUAACUAUAUGAAGAAAUUUUAAGUUUCUAUCCUUCUGAAUUUCAAGACAUGCUGAAAAGCAGACUAUGUAAAUGCAUCUUUUUUGCACGGCUUUUUAUUUAUUAUUUAAUACAGUUAAAGGAUCACUAUAGGGUAGGGAUCGACCGAUAUUGAUUUUUUAGAGCCGAUACCGAUAUUCUGUGAACUUUCAGGCCGAUAGCCGAUAUAAUUUGCCGAUAUUCUGUACAUUUACCAUUUUGGAAAAUAAAAACUGUUUCUAAAGGUAAAUGCACAAAAUAUACAUGCAACGUGCAGUGGAUGCAGUGUGACAGGGGAGCUGUGUGUGUUUGUGUAGUGUGUGUAGUGGAUGCAGUGUGUGUUUGUGUAGUGUGUGUGUUGUGGAUGCAGUGUGUGGAGGAUGCAAUGUGUGUUUGUGUAGUGGAUGCAGUGUGUAUUAGUGUAGUGUGUAUAUAAUGAAAGCAGAGUGUGUGGGUAGUGUGCGUAAAGUAAAUGCUGUAUAUACUAAUUUCAAAGUGUGUGUGUAUAUAAUGAAUGCAGAGUGUGUGUGUAUUUGUGUAGUGUGUGUAUAGUGAAUGUAGUGUGUUUAUAUAAUGCAGAGUGUGUGUAUAUAAUGCAGUGUGUUUGUGUAGUGUGCAUUAUAUAAACACACUACACAAACACUGCAUUAUAUAAACACUACACAAACACACACACUGCAUUAUAUAAACACUAUACAAACACACACUGCAUUAUAUAAACACACUACACAAACACACACUGCAUUAUAUAAACACACUACACAAACACACACUGCAUUAUAUAAACACACUACACAAACACACACUGCAUUAUACACACACACUAUACAAACACACACACUGCAUAUAUACACACACACACUAUACAAACACACUGAAUUAUAUACACACACUAUACAAACACACACUGCAUUAUAUAAACACACUACACACACACACUGCAUUAUACACACACACUAUACAAACACACACACUGCAUUAUAUACACACACACACUAUACAAACACACUGAAUUAUAUUCACACACUAUACAAACACACACUGCAUUAUACACACACUACACAAACACACUGCAUUAUACACACACACUAUACAAACACACACACUGCAUUAUAUACACACACACUAUACAAACACACUGAAUUAUAUACACACACUAUACAAACACACACUGCAUUAUAUAAACACACUACACAAACACACACUGCAUAAACACUGCAUUAUAUACACAGUGUGUUUGUAUAGUGUGUGUAUAUAAUGCAGUGUAUUUGUGUGCAUUGUAUACAAACACACACACACACUAUACAAACACACACUGUAUUAUAUACACAGUGUGUUUGUGUAGUGUAUGUGUAUAUAAUGCAGUGUGUGAGGGGGCAUUUUUUAUUAAAUUAUUUUUAAAAAAAUGUAUAAUUAAUUCUUAUUUAUUUUUGUUGUCCCCCCUCCCUGCUUGUUACCUGGCCAGGGAGGGGGGAUAUGACAGUCCCUGGUGGUACUGGCUGAGCUGGGGGGGCGGAGAGCAAGCGCUUACUCACCUCCCAGCAGCUCCUCCAGCUCCCCAAUGCAACUCUCGCGGCCAGCGUGUCGCGCGGAGCGUUGCCAUGGUGAUCCAUGGCAACGCUCGGAAGGCCGCGGGUCUCGCGAGAGUUGCACUGGGGAGCUGGAGGAGCUGCUGGGAGGUGAGUAAGCGCUUGGUCUCCGUCCCCCCAGGACCGCCGGGCUUGUAAUGAGCCUGGCAGUCCUAGGAGGUAUUAUCGGCAAUAUCGGUAUCUGAAUUGGCCGAUACCGAUAUUGCCGAGAAUACUGAAUAUCGGCCGAUUAUAUCGGUAAAACCGAUAAUCGGUCGAUCCCUACUAUAGGGUCAGGAACACAAACAUGUAUUCCUGACCCUAUAGUGUUAAAACCACCAACUAGACCCCUGGGCCCCUCUUCCCUACAUAAAUAUAGCAACAUCUUACUGUAUUCAAGCCAGAAGCUGUAACUCUGCAUGCUGUUUGCCUCAAAAAAACAAGCAGUCUGCUGACCUCAUCAGAAGUGGUAGCCUGAUCCAAUCACAGUGCUUCCCCACAGGAUUGGCUAAGACUGACAAAGAGGCAGAUCAGGGGCAGAGCCAGCAUGAUUCAAACACAGCCCUGGCCAAUCAGCAUCUCCUCAUAGAGCUGAAUUGACUCAAUGAAUCUCUAUGAUGAAAGUUCAGUGUCUGCAUGCAGAGGGAGGAGAUACUGAAUGUUUGGAUGCAUGUUAGGCAGCCAUGACCCAGGAAGGAUCUCUAACAGCUAUUUGAGGAGUGGCCAGUGAAGUUAUCACUAGGCUGUAAUGUAAACACUGCAUUUUCUCUGAAAAGACCGUGUUUACAGCAAAAGGCCUGAAGGUAAUGAUUCUACUCACCAGAACAAAUUCAAUUAGAUGUAGUUGUUAUGAUGACUAUUUUGUCCCUUUAAGAACUACAGAUGUGGCUGUCCAAUAUCCUCCCACAACUCUUAGCACAGUCCUUGCACUGGUUCUUGAUUGGUGACAUAAGUUAAAGGAUAUCUCUGCCUAUCAAAUCACUUGUGUUCAUGUACAUUUUAGGCCAAUCAUAGAACCAUUUAAAAACAUAAAGGGAAUCAACACAGUAAAGGAGGAGACUGUAUUUAAAAGAAAAACUACCACAACAAGAAGACAUAGCCUUAAAUUAGAGGGGCAAAGCUUUAAAAAUAUCAGGAAGUAUUACUUUACUGAGAGGGUAGUGGAAUAGCUUGGAAUAGCCUUCCAGCUGAAGUGGUAGAGGUUAACACAGUGAGGAAGCUUAAGCAUGCGUGGAAUAGGCAUAAGACUAUCCUAGACUUAAGAAAAGGCCAGGGACUAAUUAAAAGUAUUUUGAAAUAUUGGGCUGUCUAGAUGGGCCGAAUGGUUCUUAUCUGCCGUCACAUUCUAGGUUUCUGUGUUUCAAUCCUACAUUUUAUAUAUCCGUUUUGUUAAACUGUUAUUGCUGCUUAAAUGCCAUAUUUUCUGGAGUUUCUAAAACGUGGAUUUUGUAUAAUGUUUUAUAUUUAUAUUCUACUUGGAAAUGCCAUGGGUUUUAUUGCUAAAAGCUGCCUUGUACUGUCCCAGAAAAUAUUAGAACAUUAAAUAAAUGAUGGUUUUUGGUCAGAUCAAUGUAGUGACAAAGUUUGUGUUGAUGAGAUCAAAAAUUUUACAUCAACAGUACCUAAAUGAAAACUCUCACGUUUAUGUAUUUUUGUAUGGAUAAAUUUAUCUUCAACAUACCAUUUAAGAUUAAAUUAAUCUUUUAGUAAAACGUAGAGAUAUUAUUUGUGGUUAUAUUGAACUUUGGGGCAGUUAUUGGUUUAUUUUUUUAUUUUUAAAACCUGAAUAAUUAAAGAUUCUUAGUGGUGUUUGUUUAUUCGGCUACUCAUUGAGUAUUACAUUUUCAGAAUUUAGGUGACAUAGGCCAGCCUGGAACUGUAUGUUGGAGUAUAGUGAUGUCCCGAACGGUUCGCCGAGGACUCAUCACUGAGUAAACUUUGACCCUGUACCUCACAGUCAGCAGACACAUUCAAGCCAAUCAGCAGCAGACCCUCCCUCCCAGACCCUCCCACCUCCUGGACAGCAUCCAUUGUGAAGCUGCAUUCUUAGUGAGCUGUCCAGGAGGUGGGAAAAAUCUGGAAGAAAGUCUACUGAUAUCUGCUUGAGCUCUGAGGAAUCAAAAUUUACUCAGCAUGAUAGUCUGUGACUGAACUUUAUUAAAAUAGGCUGGUGUGCUAUUGGAGUAUUUCCCUAUUCUUUCUUCUCUGUAUCUGCACUAUUUUUCUCUUCUUUUCCUAUUGAAUUCCAUUGUCAGUUGACUAGUUAAUGAUUGCUAUGUUUGUCUUACUUGGAGGGGGGAGUAUUUGUUAUGAAAACUGAAUUUUACUGAAUUUUAGUAGUGUGUCAAAUAAGAAUUGUAGUUUGAAGUAUGGCCUUAUUCACCCCCCUCCCCCCCUUCUCUUCCCCACCCCAUCCUACCUCUGAAUCCUGUCUCUAAAACGAGGAAAUUAGUUAAAUUGCUCAAUCAUUUUGUUAUAGAAUGAAAUUCCCUUUUUUGGAAUGCCCGUUCAUUAUUAAAUCAAAAUGUACUUUUAUGUUGACCUUCCUGAAUUGUGAAAUUAUCAUGUGCUCUGGUGAAACUUUACUUCAACAGAAUUGUUGAAUAUAUAUGUUAAAUGGGAGUACUAGAUAUACUGUACUCUGUUUUGCGAUCAUAGGGGUUGUUUGUUAAAAGGGCUAUGUCACAUAAAUAAGGGCUGCUUUGUCUUAGUAAUUUUCCUUAACUUGACAAAAGUGGGCAAGUUUUGUCAUUUCCUCCAGCUGUCACCAGUGUGACGGCUGUAGGGGAAAAGACUGUGUCUAUAGAGGGUCAAGCGGAAUCCUCCAUAGAUUUCAGUUAGUCUCCCACAUACGUGAGCUCCUGGCAGAUGAAGCACCAUGAGCAGAAGAGGACAGACAUGAGGACCAUGCCAGUGGUCGCAAGGGACCGUUUCAGGUAAAUAAAUUUCACCUUCCUGUACACCCUACGACCACUGGACACCCAGCGGAGUAGUCAUCGUCAGGGGUCUUUGCAAAUGAUGCAAAGACCACAGCCCGUGACAGAGCGGUUUUAAACUGCAGCCAAUGUACAGCUCGGUGUGAUUUUCAUUUGUAGAGUCCAGGUAGACACAGGCAGUAAGAAAACAGACUCUGUGUCCACAAAUAUUUAAACAUAACUUGAAAGAAGGUUACUGGUGCUCAGAAGUGUACACAAAUAAGACUUUUCUAUUAUUAGUAGGCCUGCGAAUGGAACAACCCUUAUAUCUAGUGACAUGACCUCUAGCUGGGUAACGAUAGGCAGUGCACUUUCAAAUGCAAGUUUGCUAAGAGAAACUCAAUCUGAUGUUCAGAAAAGGCAAAUCUAGUUAUUUUGUGAAUGUUUGCACUACCAUUUGGCUCCAGUUCACUUACCUGUUAUAAUCUGCUGGCUGAUUUGGCUUUUCACAAAAGAAUUGCAUUAAAUCAGCUGAUGACUACAGGCCAAAGGAGUUGCUCACUAACACUAUCCCCAUUCUGUCCUUAUCCUGCAUUAUUAACGCAAAAAUACCUCAAACAUUCUGAGCGCGAGUGUCUCUUUAAGAAACAAGCUGCGAGCUGUCAGAAUUUGGUGAAUGUGUGGUUGCAAUAUGUUUUGAGGUUGGAUUCUACAUGUAUCUUGAUUUACCAUGGAAAAGGUUAGCAAACGUGUCCAGGAAGAGCAAUAAUGCCCAGGUUCCUCUGGGCAAGGUAGUUUGCAGAUUUAUGAUGGCAACCAAACCAGCUUCCUUCCAGUUCUGAGCAGCUGCUCCCACUUUUAGGAAGUCUUGAUGUAAGCUUGAACUCUGCUCCUCGAGUUACAAAUUGUUAUAUUGUUCUGCUGCAGGUAAAAGCUGUAUAAAUAAAACCCUGAGUCAUGUAAGACAAUUAUUCUUGCAUUGUUCUGCAAGAGCUCAUGGGGUACUUACACAAUCCAAAUAAUGAUUGGCAUUUACUUUGUAAUAUCCAUUUGGAAUCUUUUAUAUUUUUUUGUUAUUUUAUAUAAAGUUUGUAUACAUUUUAAUAUAUAUCUUUUAGAAAUAAAUAUACCCUUUAUUUGAACAUAAUUCAUUGCAUCCUGCUCAAGUGAUUCCAGAAAGGGGUAGUGUCACCCCACUAAUUGACACUAGGCCUAUACACUUAGAGCCAGGUAUCAAGGGCUCUAAACAAGGUGAGCAAUAUUGUAUUUUAUCUAUAUUGAUUUCAUCAAUACUUAAAAUACUACACUUUGUCAGAUUGGAUUAUCUGUCUUUUCCUUGUCUAAUGUGGAGAAAAACAUAUACGUGCAUAUCGUGAGAGCAGGGUCGUGUGUUCUACCCGAAAGAGACGCCAGGAAGUUUAGAGCCUUAAAACUGUAAAAGGCUCUAAAAAAAUGUGAGUGGAUUCAUAUUUAAAGCUCACAAAAUCACUAAAUUUAUUUUGAUAUACUGCACAAUUAUUUGUAUUUCUUUUCCCUCUUUUCUAUGUAAUACAGGUGUGACAUAGAGGGUAAGUGCAUAUAAAGCACUAUAUAUAUUCACGAAUUUAUUCUUCUGAGCAACACGUAGCGCUACACUCGAGAAAACUGAAGGUUCAAUGGUUAUACCUGCAAACCUUUAAGUUUCUCUGUUUUUCUUGGUGAUCUUUUAUGUGUGGUGGGUGUAUAGGAGUACCCACGGAGUGUUUUUAGCAGCUGCAAUCUAAUUUCAUACCAUAAUUUAAUAGCGCCACCUUUUCCACACCCUGUUUGUAAAUCUAUCGUCUUUGCACAAUCCAAAUAAUGUUUUAAAACCUUUCUGCCUUACUUUUUUUUCCUCUUUAUUUAAUCCAUCCAGUUGGUCACUGUAUUGUUUGUACUUUAUUGUAUAGUUUCAUGUUCGUCUUCAACUUCACAAUGAAGUAUUUGUUUUCUAUAAAGCCAAUAGAGCUGAAACCCACUAGCUAUUGAGUCUAGCUCUGUUUUAGAAUUCUACACUAAGGAAGAAAGGUACAAAGAGUAGUUUGCGAGAAUAUGUUCUGUCUGCAGCAAUCACCAUAGAAAAUACAAACCAGUACUUCACAUUGAGCAUUUUGCACUAGAAUUGCUUCUUCAUUAGUCUUGUGCAAAUGAUAUUUGGACUUCUAAAUCUUAAAAUGUCUGGCUGUAAAGGAAACCUAUAUAUGCUAACUGUUAGCUUUUAAUAAGCAGCUAAAAUUAGUAAAAUGGAUGGGAGCUACUUUCCGAGCCAUCAAUUGUACGUAAAUAAAGCAUACAUAAUUUUACAUGAUUCACAAAAGCAAGUCAAAUUCUGUUGUGGGGGGGGGGGGGUGAGGGUUUAAUUCUUCAAAAAAGUUUUGUGUUUUUCUGUAGUUAAGCUGAAAACUACAAAAACAGGAGUCAACCUUAUUUAAUUUCUUUUUCUGUGUUUAUUUUUUUGUGUCCUGCAGGUUUCCUCAUGUCCGUGAAGUGUCUCUCGUCGCUCUGCGGCUCCCCGCCCUCGGUGUGGUCAGUCGCUGCAAUUCCGACCCCGUGAUUCUCUCCGACCGCAGUGCCGGACGUCAUGAGCAUUGUAAUCCCUCUGGGAGUCACCACACCAGAUACAUCCUACUCAGACAUGGCCGCCGGAUCAGAGUGAGUGUGCCAUAGAACCAAAAUAGGGGCUAAAUGUCAUCCAGAUGUUUCUAGUUUUACCUCUGAAUUCUAUCAAUCUUCAAGAUUAUAUAGCCUGUAUAAAAGCCAAUAUGAUAAUUUACCUGUCAUUUUUGUUUUUAUAGAAAGUGUUUCUCUACAAGUUAUUCCAACUGGUGUGAGUGACUCCUAUUAAAGGGACACUAUAGGCACAUUGAAGUGGUCUGGGUGCAGUGUCCCAAGCCCCUUAACCCUGCAAAGGUAAUUAUUGCAGUUUUUAAGAAACUGCAAUAAUUAGUUUCUUGAGUUAACUCCACCUCUAGCGGUUGUGUACCAGGCAUUCAGUAGAGGGACUUCUGGUCCGUUAGGCGACUUUUGACUGCCUGAUGCUGGACGUCCUCGCGCUAUGCAUGACGUUGUCCAUAGUCACUCAAAACCUCAUAGGAAAGCAUUGUAUAAUGUUUUCUUAUGGGGUAUGGGGAAAUCCUAAUGCGAGGAUUGUCACCAAGGAGGGGAGUUGGGGGUGGGGUGGGGAGGGAGCGAAGGCGUACCAGAGCCUGCACCGAGGGACAGAAGGGAAACUUUUCCUGGCACUAUAGUUUCCCUUUAACUUCAACAUUGGGUUUUUAUUUAACCUAGUUUAGGAGUUUGCCUGAAAUUCGACAAUGUUCACUCCAGGCAGAGCUCCUCUCGAGAGUUUUGUAAUACCAUAACAACUGUAUAUUGUGUAUUUCUAUAAACAUCUCAACAACUCCCCCUCUUCUGUACUCAAAUUAUGUACAAUAAAAAGCAAAAAUGAAGAAUUAGCCUCUUUCUAAACUCUUAUCUCCUAUGUUAAAGAUGAAAAAUUUUAAAGCAAAAAGUGAUCGGAACAUAGAAAAAUAAUAACUCUUGCAAAUUGGACUUUCCCACUCCAAUCUGUUCUAAAUGCUGCUGCCAAACUUAUCUACUUCACUAACCGCACACAUACUGUUGCCACACACUGCUAAUCUUUUUCAAACUAUUUAUUAUUUGAUGCAAACUCCUGGCCAAACUUAAUAGUUUGAGUGUUUCUUUAAUUUAAAGAAAGACCGCUUGCUACAGUGAUUAUGGUUCCUGGAGUGCCCUGGCGCAGCAGCAUAAGAUAUGAGACCUAUUUAGUAUGAGUCCAUCAGUGACAGGACCCAGGUAGCAUCUGCCCCAUCCAGAAUGUAGAGCAGAGCUGGUCCCCAUAACUAGUGUUUAGUGGCUAUAGUGCUUGACUUGUUGCUUUUUUUUUUUUUGUCAGAUAACUAUUAAAAAUAAAACAACAAAGCACAAAACACUUUACGAAUUGCGUUCAGCCUAUUAAUUUGUGUUGUGCCUCCAUUAUUCUAAACUUUAAGCUCUACUAAUCAAUUACAGAUUCACUUUAUGCCUUAAUCUUCUCUUGGUCAAGAUAAUAUUUAUUCUCUUUUUGGACCUUUGCUGGAAAAAAUUAUAAAAUAUAUAUAUAUAUAUAUAUAUAUAUAUAUAUAUAUAUAUAUAUAUAUAUAUAUGCCUUUUUAGUAUGAUCACGUACAUCACCAGCAGUGCAUUUCACAAAUAUAUAUAAAAAAAAGCCUUUUUAGUAUGAUCACGUACAUCUCCAGCAGUGCAUUUCACAAUAUAAAGGCUGUGUCAAUUCAGCCUAAUUCAGAGAUUGCCACCUAGUGGUCACUAGAUAUUAUUAUAUAUUAAUUUGGGAACUUGUCAUUCCUAUAAUUUUUACCAUUCUAACACAACGUAGUAUGGUGCUUACUAGAUAUUUUGCCAAAACAAAUUGGUAUGUUAACAUUAAAUUUUUGUCUUUAAUGAUUUUAUUAUCCUCCUUUUUUCUUUAGUCCUGAAUCAGUGGAAGCCAGCCCAGCUGUCAGUGGGAAGACAGUCUAUGCAGCUCACAACUACCAUGGCACACAGAGCCACAGUUACAGGGGUCUGCCAUAUGCAGUAAGUAUGAUGCAUUACACAAAUGCUCUUUGAUCUGGCAUGCAUUGGUGUAUAUAACGGUACAUGAGCAACACGCUCAUACAAUGAUAUCUCCUAUUCAAAAUUUCUAAUCUUUCAUUUGGCUGACAGAACACUAGAGCUCUGGAAUCAUUUCAGUAUUUAACAUUUUUUUUAUUUUGUGAAAUAUUUAACUUCUAGAUGUUUGUACAAAACACAUCUGUCCCUAAACCACAGGCUUUUUCUCUAGAACUGCCUGACAAAUGUAGAAGCAUUUGCUUGAACUGAAGAGACAGGCAGAGUGUGUCAGCUGACCCUCUAUCCUAUCAAUGGCUGUCUAUAAUGAUUAAUUCUUCAAAAUCAAGCUCUAGAGGAGAAGCAUGAUCAGCACAGGGGUCACCACCUCAGUGGAAAACUGUUCAAAAAUAGUUUACCACUUAAAGGCGAGAAGGUUCUGGGCACCAUAAUCCCUGCAUUGAUAUGGUUUAAUGCAACUGGUGUAUUAUUUUUCUUUUUGUUUUUGAAUGUGGAAGGGUUAUUUUAUUAUUUACAUAGUGUGUGUUUAGAUGUCAAUCUUGUUGCUACCAUUUACAGGAUCAUAACUAUGGCGCCCCUCCACCACCCACACCCCCUGCAUCACCACCUGUCCAGGCAAUUAUACCAAGAGCAUCAGCACCCAAUGGCAUUCACUCGCCGGACGAGGAAGAAAACUCUGGGGAUAGCGAGAGCUCUUCAGAGGUAGAGCAGAUUCCCAGUUGGUGCCAGUGUAGUCUUUCCCAGGACGGGAUAUUCAUCAAGUGUGAGAAGUGCAGGUGAGUCAGGAAGCUAUAGAUGUAGAGAUGUUUGCAUUCAUAUACUUUUUAUCUCAUCUGGACCAAUUGGUGUUAAACAGUUCCUGAAUUUAUAUAUAGUUUAUUGAUUUUUAAAUUGUAACAUAUAUAUAUAUAUAUAUAUAUAUAUGUGUGUGUGUGAUUAAGAUGAUGAUAUAGCUAUCCUAAUAUUGCAUCUGUCCUACAUUGUAAAUAUUACCAGAUCCCAAGGGAAUGGUUUUUAAAAUUUAUUUUCAAUACUGUGAUGUUUGUACUGUACAGCUUAUAGUAGGUCACUUGAAUUGUUGAUGUUUAAUUCCCCAGUCCUCCUUUAGCAUCUCAAGUUGUCAGGGGGCUAUAGCACUCGAGGGGAUUAAUCAAGGUAAAACAGGUGCUAUUUUGGAUACAAUGUGCCAUAUGGUGUCAGACAUUCUAUUUGUUUCCAUAGAGACAUUUCAUUGUUUUACAUAGCACUUUGGCCCAGAAUAUUACCUGUUUUUGUGUGGAUUAAUCUCCCUGUUUUUCUGACUAGACUAGCUUGAGAAUCAGUGCAUUGAGGUCAAAUUCAUUUUAUUUUGUAAUAUGCAAAGAGUACACAUGUACAGCAGUAAAGCAUUCCAUCAUUACAAGAAUCUUUUCUCUUGCUUGUCAUAGGGGGGUGAACAGAGGAAAAGUGAUCCAACUUAAUCGAAGGAAGCAAGACAAUGUGUCAGGUAUGCAAACUAAACUGUUGGCGUGUGAUGUAUUUAGUGUUCUAUAGUUGGAAUGGAAUUAAUAUUGCAAAUGUGUUUAAAGGAGCACUAUAGGGUCAGCAACACAAACAUGUAUUCCUGACUCUAUAGGGUUAAAACCACGAUCUAGCCAUUCUGGUCCCCUCAUGCCUCCCUAAAAAUAGUAAAAUCUUACUUGUAUUCAAGUCUGUAGCUUCAGGCUUUGGCCAUGUUUCCUGUAGACCUGCCUGCUGACAUCAUCAGAAGUGGUAGCCUGAUCCAAUAACAAUGCUUCCCCGUAGGAUUGGCUGAGACUGACAGAGGCAGAUCAGGGGCAGAGGCAGCAUGAUUCAAACACAGCCCUGGCCAAUCAGCAUCUCCUCAUAGAGAUGAAUUGAAUCAAUGCAUCUCUAUGAGGAAAGUUCAGUGUCUGCAUGCAGAGGGAGGAGACACUGGAUGUUUGGAUGCAUUUUAGGCAGCCAUGUCCCAGGAAGGAUCUCUAACAGCUAUCUGAGGAGUGGCCAGUGAAGUUAUCACUAGGCUGUAAUGUAAACAUUGCAUUUUCUCUGAAAAGACAGUGUUUACAGCAAAAAGCCUUAAGGUAAUGAUUCUACUCACCAGAACAAAUGCAAUAAGCUGUAGUUGUUCUGGUGACUAUAGUGUCCUUUUAAAUCCUUAAAUUAGUGUAUUAAAGGAACAUUAAAAAUACAAAUCUGUUUUCCUAACUCUAUAGUGUUCUCUUUAUUUAAACGCAGCCCCCUCUGCUCCCCAAAUCUUAAUAAAAACUGGAAUAAAGGAUCGUAUUUGCAAAUCUCUGCCUCCCACAAUGUCACGUCAGUGUUUUCAAAAGUCCAAUCCAUUGCUCCUCAAAAAAAGCACUAUGCCAAUGAAAUUGAAGAUAGCUGUGAGAUCCUAAAUUUGAGUCGUUUUUCACAGUGGAAUCGCCUCUAGUGGCUGUCAAGAAGACAGCCAUUAGAGGUGUGUUUAACCCUCUAAUGUAAACCGUGCCUUAUUUACUAAACGGCAGUGUUUUACAUUAAACAGCUAAAAUAUAAGUGGUUUGUGUGUUUUAGGUGUCCAAUAAAUACAUUGUAGACCGGUUUGAUUGAAUUCACUGUACUUUGCUGAUUAGGAUGUUUCUCUUUACCUUCUGGUGAUCAGUUAUUAAAUUGAUCUCAGGGUUUAGCCACAAAGAUUCACAUUUUAUACAUUGUGUUAUGUGUGAAACUAUUUUCAAAAAUGGCUGUUUUUCCAAGCAAUCAAGAUUUAGUAUAUUCUACAUGCGUCAUUAAUAAAAAAAUAAAAAAUAAAACAUUGUCACAUUUGUCAUAUUUUUUUUUAGACUGUAAAUUCUAAAAUGUUAAAUGCUGUUAACUGUCAAAUUCUAGUUCUGUGACAGGAAUCAAACUAUUUAACUACCUUUGUUUUAAUUGCUUAAAUGUCAGGAGCUGUAUGGCCAUCUCAUUUGUUUGGGAACUCGCUUAGGAAAGUCAUAGUUCAGCAGCCAGAAAGCUAUAGAUAGGCAUUAUAUUUAAAAUUAGUAAUUUGAGGACCUUUGAUAUUAUGUUGUUUCCCAUUGAUGUACACAUAGGGACAUUUGACAGUCUUUAUUUUGUAUAUUUUUGUGCACUUGUUUCAGACCAGUUGUUCUCCUUUUCAUUCAUGCAACAAGACUAACAUUUUGUUCUGGAUUUGAGUGAUUGUUAGAUUGAGAUUCAUAGAACUCUUAUCUCUGUUAUCCGUGCAGGGGGCGAAAGCAGCGCCACUGAGAGCUGGGACGAGGAGCUGUCUCCAUCUACUGUGCUCUACACCGCCACGCAACACACGCCAACUAGCAUUACUCUCACUGUCAACAGGGUCCAGAGAAGCAAACCAAAAAAGAGGAAAAAGAAUACAGAAAAAACACGUAAUGCUCCAAAAGCCAAGAAAAUUAAGGUAGAGUGAUGUUUCUGUCCUGAUCAAUUAAAAGACAAACCUUUGGCCAACCAUUGCAGUAAUUUGUUAGCUUUGCAUGUCAUGGUAGAAGCAAACUAUCUAGCACACAUUCGAAAGUAAUCACCUGACCAUAAAUCAUAGGAUGUCUAUUUUUUGAUACAUCUGUAUGUUGCUAACAAAUAAUUCCUUAAGUUGAUUUUAUACUUAUAAGAGUUAUUGAUAUACCGUUAAUAAAGUGCUUACAGGUAUUGAUCUUCCUAUAGAUUUUUCAGUGUUGGCUAGCCAAAGAUAAAGGAUACCGCACUCUCACAGUGAAACAAGGUGCAUCAAAGUUCGGGUUGGCAAAACCCAAUUUAGUAGAUAUUAGUAGAAAGUAGGUCCAGGCACUCAAGGUUUCUUCAAAGAGGCAGAUUUAUUGAAAACUGAAUUUGCAUACUGUUGGUUAGGAAGGCAUGAGUCAAGGUUACUACUACAACAUGCAAACAAAGAGGCAAUCAGAUUAUUACCGGACCUUUGAGUGACCCUGCUUAAGGUAUAUAGAUUACAGCCCAGAGACUGUAAAACAAAUAUAACAAGAAACAGACAUAGGUCAAGGAUUUAAUAGAGUAGGUUAUUAGAGUACACUGAGCCAGGGUCUAGGAUUCUAGAGUUAAGAGUAGUCAAAUACACAGUCCAGACAAAACCAGAAAACACUCCAAACACUAGAACAUCCUUCCGGUUAACUGAGAUCACGAGAGGGCAAGGAAAUGAGGUAAAAGAAGGGCUAGGUAGGGAUUAGUUGUGAUGUAGCUUAACGACUCCCGUCAAAUUGAGACAUAGGCUUAGCCUACUUAUGAGCAGGCUUCAAUGUGGGCAUAAAUAGAGCGGAAUGGCAGCAUGCCACAUCUAUAUUGAUGGCAGAGCAACGUCCACUGGUCGGCGUGCAUCCUGCUAAGCGCCUGCAUUUGUAGUCAGCUGAAUGCAAGAGAGUGGCACAGCAGCAUUCAGUGUCGGCAAAAUGUAGAGGAGUGGCACAGCGAUAUAGGGAAAGCAUGUUCUCAAGCAGUUCACGUUAUUGAUAAAAUGAGAAGCAACGGGAUACUUGAGGGUUGGGAGCUUGAAAGUACUCCCUGGUUUCAUUGCUUUUUUUCCCAUUGUUCGUACAGGCUUUUCGUGAAGGCUCUCGCAAGUCCUUACGGAUGAAGGUGAGAACUUUUUAGAGGAGUUUUCCAUCUUUAAAGUUUUUCAUUAUGGCAAUAUUUUGGCAUUUAAGGAACUGCUCAUUUUAAAGUGCUGAACAUGCAUGCUUAUGUAGAAAUGCCUCUAUAUCCCAUCACUACAAUAAACAUGCUAAAUUCUGUGUAAUCAAGUGAUCUAAAUCAGCAAUAGCUUGCAUAUAAAUGUUGCAGAUAAGAACUAAUUAUUUUUAAAAAUAAAUAAAAAUAAAAUAAGGCUCGGGCACAAUCUAAUAUAUAAAUGUGCAAAAUGUAUAUUACAAUAAUAUGUUCAGCAACCAUUUAAAUAUAGCGACAAAACAAAUAAAAACCUUCAAAAUUAUGAGUAAAUCUAAAUGUAAAACCUUUUUAAUCAAGUGAAAUUAUGGUUUUAAGCAACCUUCAAAAACCUAGAAAUUUAUAGAGCAGAUCAGUUACACCAACAUUUAAAAAAAAACAAAAAAAAAAACGUAAAGACAUACAAAGGUUUAUCACUAACAAAGACACUGCUAAUCACUACCUAUGUGAGUGAUACUCCUUUGUGGGUCUUGAUUUGUUUUGCACUAUAUAUUUCUAUUCCUGAAAACCAGAAUUUUACUAGUCUUUUUAUUUUGUGCACUGUUUAUUUUUUGUUGUUUUUUUCAACAAUACAUUUCGUUCCCAGAUCUCUCUAUUUAAAAAAACAGAACAAGAUAAAAUUAGCAAUGAAUGGAAUUAAAAUCCUUAGUUUUCUGUGUCUUAUGGUCUUUUUUCUUUGUUUGCUACGUGCCUGUGUGUUGUCUUAACUUUGUUGCAUGUGAGAAACUGCUAUUAGUGUAUUUUUCUUAUUUUUAUUUUUAUCUUUGUAAUUACAGAACUCUACUUCAGAUGCACAGACAUUGGAUGAAAACACCACAGAGGGCUGGGAGAAUCGGAUCAGACUAUGGACAGACCAAUACGAGGAGGCCUUUACCAAUCAGUACAGUGCAGAUGUGCAAAGCCUUCUGGAACGGCAUGUGCGCUCCUGCAAGGAGCUGAUUGGUAAAGCUGCUGGUCUGGAAAUCAUUAAGAAGUCUGAACUGAACUGUAACAAUACAGUGGUUGGCUCUCAGAUGCAGGUAAGAAUUGGAUUUACUAUGUAUUCAUAUGUACAUGUGUACUGUUUAUUCCAAUAUUUUGUGCUACAAGAGAAAAACCAGAGUAUAUAGUAUUGGACUAAUAAGUUAUUUUUACAUACCUGGAUGUUCAUGGUACAAUUUAUUUGUAACCCAUUGACAUCUAAUAUACCAGAUGUUGCUGGGACCUUGGAAAUAAGGUUCUGGUGAGUGCAGCGCUUGGCAAAUGUAUUAAGAUUGCUUUAAAAUUGGGGAAGAAAUGUUCCACAGGUAGACCGCUCAGAGAUCUAUUCCUAUAGGUCAGUCAUUGCUCUGUCUGUUUGUUGGAAUGCCCCUUCCUUUGUCAUUAUUGCAUUGCUGCCCUAAAAAUACCCUCUAGCAAAAACCAUUAAAAAAGCUCCAUCACCUACUUAUAUUGGCUCAAUAGACACCUAAAUGGAUUACAUGAUUAGAGACUCUAAAUAGAUGUUAUGGCAUUUUAAUCUGGUGUUUAAAGAAGCCAAGAGCAUGUGCUGCUAACAGAAAGAUCAGGUAUUUUCUCAGUUGAGUUGAUACGAGCCCAGCAUUCCACUGUGCAGGGGAGAGGAAUUGCAGCAUCGAAAAUGCCAGAUGAUGCAGAAUGACCCACCAUGCCCAUAGUGAGUCCAGGUUAGUUUGAUGCAAAUCUUUACUAUAAUAAUUUUUUUUUUUUUUUUUCUGAUGAGCAAAAUAAAUUGCUGACCAGAUAAUCAUGAUAGUUUAUUUGAUGAUGCAAACAAAGCUGCAGAUGACACGGCAAAAAAAAGAUUAACCCUUGGAUCACAUCUAUCAUUUUGUUUUGUUUUUUCGUUCUGUUUUUGUUUUUUUUAAUCUCUUCCCAAAGUUGUUUUUUUGGCAUAAUCGGGUCUACCAUUUUUGUAGUUUCAGCUGGGAAGAGUUGCUCGUGUGCAGAAACAUCGCAAAAUCCUGCGGGCAGCAAGGGACUUAGCACCCAACACCCUAGUAAUAGAGUACCGCGGCAAGGUUAUGUUACGGCAACAGUUCGAGGUGAAUGGGCAUUUCUUCAAAAAGUAAGUUUGUAUCAGGUGAAAAUUAGAGGGACUUUUAAGGGGACUGAUGAAUAUUAAGUUUAUGAACAGGCAUUGACAAAUGGUAUUUUUUUUUUAUUUUUUUUUAAAUGGUUACCUUUUUAGAUUUGUAGAAAUUAAUCUACAUUUUGGUGAAAUGGUUCUGGAACACUGAUUAAAAAGUUAGCAGUCUUAUUGUCGCUUUUAAAAUUAUUUUUUUAUAUAUCUUGUUCUAUUCUACACACAUCACCUAAAUAGAACGACGUCUGAUGGCCCUUAAUAGAAUGUAUUUUUAUUUUUCUUUAUUUAGUAGAUCAUUGUUUUUAUCAAAAGUCUUUAAAAAGGACUGGGUUGUUGAGAUACUGUCUUUGUUGAAAAUGCAUGUUUCCUAUUAGGAUUCAGGAGUGCAUAUUAAUUGCUAGGAAUCGUUUGAAUAUACUCCGUGUCAGUGUAGAGUCCAUUUGUUUUACAUUAAAUGUAUGUAAAAUCAAAUGUGUAUGUCUGGGUGGUGGAGAUGCCAGGUUUAUAUUUCUGCCAGUAUGGGAAAAAGGGGACAUCUGAUUUUAAAGGAUAUAACUUCUGUGUUGAUGGUGUUUCUCAAGUAGUUCAAAAAAAUCCCAGAGUAUUUUUGUAUUGACUUAUGUUUCUCGUGUCUUUUGAGCAAAAUAUAUAUUUAAAGGACCACUCCACACUUUCAAACCCCCCCACCCAAAAAAACAGUUUAGUAGAUAUACCCCCAAUGAAUACAUACAUGCAUAUUUUCAUGUAUGUGUUCAUUGGGAAUAUAAUUUAAAAUAGCUUACAAUAGCUGCAGUUCUUAUGACUGCAACCUUUGUAAGCCCUUUCCCCCCGAAAGACUUUCAGUCUCUUCACAAGGAAAUAACCAAUCAAUGAGAAGCCUCUGACUUGGUCCCAACAUGCACGCGCAUCGGAUCGUGCAUAAUGUUGAGUGCACGUAUAUCAGACUGUGCAUGCAUGGCUUUUCAAGCACACGCGCGCUCCCGGUCGCAUGUGCAGGGAUGAAGCGGUUGAGCUGGUCUAAGGUCUGGGAGGCAGGCACACUCAAAUAGAGCGUGCCUGCCACUUCUGUUCGCUCAGGGGAGCUAACAGAAGUAGGAAGGAAUACUCUCUGGCUGUUUGACAGCCGGGGGAGUUCAUUGGUGAAUUUAUAAAAGUGAUUUCUCAUAGAUUCAUGGUUCUUUAAUCUAUCAAUCACUGCUUUCAAUUAUUUGUACCAUAUCUUAACACUUAAAGGACAGGAUAGGUUGUGUCAGUACGUCCUAACUAUAAUGGGCUUUAAUGCGUUUUGGGUGUACUGACACGUACUACAGUUUUAGUGCUAGCAGUAUUAGACACUUGCUUACACCAUGGAGUCCAAGGUUUAAAUCAGACUUUUUGUUGAGCUCUGCAUCGCUGGAAAUCAGCAGUCCUUUUAACCAUAUAAAUGCAUUCAUUGCAUUACAGCUGAGAUCUCGCAGGCUGCUUCAGGGAGAGCCCCCAGGGUCUCCCUGCCUGUCCGCAGUCUAUGGUGAUCGGCGCUGUGCUUUAAUCAGUGUAAUCCACUUAGAAUCCAGAUCCAUUCAUAUUUACAUUGAAUGUAAUUAUGAAAACAGUCAGUAGAUGCACAUUUAGACCACUAGCCCCUGUUUUAACUAGAAAUCCCUUUUUCUAAAAUCAGAAUUGAAAUUAGCAGAGGUUUUCAUUAGGGUUGGGGUUAGUGAUGGGGUUAUAGUUUGAUUUAGGGGUAAAAGUUGGGUAUGGCUAGAGUUAGUGUUACGGUAGAUUUAUGCAUAGGGUUAUUGCUAUGGUAAGAGUUAAUGCUGGGUUUUGGUUGACUUUGUUCAGGAAUAGUGCACAGUUAAGUAUAAGAUUAGUGUAGGUAUACGGAUAGCAUUACUGUAAGCAUAGUGCUAGCUGGGGUGUUGGUAAAGUUUUAAUGUUAACUACCAAAAAUGUAUUUAGAUCCUGGAAAUAUAAGGCAUUUACAAAUCAGGACUGAUAGAUUAAAGGACCACUAUAGUGCCAGGAAAACAUACUCGUUUUCCUGGCACUAUAGUACCCUGAGGGUGCCCUCACCCUCAGGGUCCCCCUCCCGCCCGGCUCUGGGGAGAGGAAAGGGGUUAAAACUUACCUUUUUCCAGCGCCAGGCGGGGAGCUCUCCUCCUCCUCUCCGCCUCCGAUCCUCCCAUUCGGCUGAAUGCGCACGCGCGGCAAGAGCUGCGCGCGCAUUCAGCCGGUCUCAUAGGAAAGCAUUUACAAUGCUUUCCUAUGGACGCUUGUGUGCUCUCACUGUGAUUUUCACAGUGAGAAUCACGCAAGCGCCUCUAGCGGCUGUCAAUGAGACAGCCACUAGAGGAAUUGGAGGAAGGAUUAACCCAUUUACAAACAUAGCAGUUUCUCUGAAACUGCUAUGUUUUUAAAAAAAUAGGUUAACCCUAGCUAGACCUGGCACCCAGACCACUUCAUUAAGCUGAAGUGGUCUGGGUGCCUAGAGUGGUCCUUUAACCAGUUUUGAGUUAUUUUCUGUCCAUCCCAUUUUUAAAAUUUUCUUCACACUUUUGGUAUUAAAGUUAAUAAAAAAUAUGUGAUAUGGAAGACACCCUUAAAUUAUGGUGGAACAAACGUGUGUUUAUGCCAUCUGUUUUAAUAGUUAAAAUGCACAAUCAAGUGUAAUAAAUUCUCUUUAGAUGUUCGUUUUACAGUUCGGCAAGGAGAAAUUCAUUUUGUGAACUUUUGUUCCCUCAGACCAUACCCCUUCGUGCUGUUCUACUCCAAAUUCAACGGUUUAGAAAUGUGUGUGGAUGCACGAACAUUUGGAAAUGAUGCUCGUUUUAUAAGGCGUUCAUGUACACCUAAUGCAGAGGUAAUCUCAGAAACCUUUCACAUUUCUUUCCACUACCAACACCACAAUAUUUGCGCUCUUGCUUUUUAUGUAUUCUUCAUUUUAGUGGUGCACUUGAAGACAUUUCCAGUCCUGUAUAAUGCCUUUUUUAAUUUUAAUUUUAAAUCAUUGUAUUUCUUUUAAAACUUUGCUGUGACCCAAGCUCCUUUAAUUCCUUGUACUUUUGGUCAUUGAUAACGAAGUAUAUCCAUUUGAGUUUGUAUAGCAAUUUCACAUGUACUGACACUGCCGAUAAAUAAUUGUAUGUUUGAUAGUUUAGUUUAUGGGUAUGUGUGCACGUUUUAGACAUCAAUGAUCUUAUUUAUCUGCCGUAAUUAUUUAUGGUUUGCUUAUUUUUUUGAAGCAAAGGGUUUUUUUUCGGUAGUUUCCAAAAUAUAAAAUGCUCUUGACUUAUCAAAUUCCAGUUUUUUGUAUUCGUUUACAUUAUUUAUUGUUACACUUUUGGUGUGUAAGCAAAAAUGGUUACAUGCAUGGUUUAGUACAUUUAUUCAUACUAAAUAUAAUGGAACUUUAGUGUGCAUUUAGAAAUAACUGCCUUUUUAAUCUUUGUCUCUUUUGAAAUGUCUAAUUGAUUGUACAUGUAAAUUAGAUAUAUAGUGAUACACAUUUGUACAUUGAAAACAUGACUAGAUUGAUGAAAUGAUAUACCAAUCUUAGUGAUGAUUGUCAUAAUGGAUGCAACUAGAACACAUAUAGUCAAUCCUUCCUCAAGUUUCAUUCCACAAUGGAUUGCUGGCGGCUGCACCUUUAAGAACUGGGGGAUAGUUUUCUUUAAAACAAAAGUCAAAGUAGGGACUACGCUUGACCAGCUUUGACCCACUUCUCGCGGUCAAAUGAAUUUCCCCACAAUUCUCACCUGAUCUCGCGAUGCCUCCAUUCACUAUUCCCCAAGCAUCCUGUCAUAUAGAUAGGAUGCCGGCGAAACUACAGAAUUCUGUCCUAACAGAAUGAACAGUUCAUUCGUGUUAGAAUGGCUUUCGAUAGUUUCUGUUCGUAUCAGAAUUUCAUUAUAAUGAAUGAAAUGGCAAUACUAUUCGUGCCACGGUUGCAUCUUGCAGAUGCUUAGUAAAUAACAAUGUGUCGCCAUCCCACCCACCUGUGGUGCAUCAGUGGGGGCCACUAAACUAAAUGGAUGACUUAGUGUCUCCCCCUGGCCCUCACUCAUGAGCUGCGGGUCGGGACCCUGAGAUAAAACAAGAGGGGAGGGGGGAUACCUAUUGUCCCAUUAGCGGAGUGGGGGGGAGCAUAGUCCCGGCCCCAACCCAUUAGUGGUGGGUGGGGGCUCUAAAUGUAAACUCCCACACAAAAAAAAAAAAUUUAUACCUACCCCCCCUCACCCUAAAAAUAGUGAUGUAAAUAAAAAUAAAUACUUACCAUUUGAAGUCUUCUUUUUUCUAAAAUCUUCUUUAUUCGGCCCCCAAAAAGGCCAAAUUCCAUAAAGUCCGUUGAAUUUAUAAAACAAAAAAAAUACCCGAGCACCCCAAAAAAAUUAUUCUGACGCAAAAAUAAAUAAAAAUCCAUGUUUACCCAGCGCGGGCACAGCGCAGACUGAGCUCCACGGGGCAGGGAAAUGCUUAUAAAGCCUUCCCACACCCUGCAAUUUGACUCAGAGGGCUCUAAAUUGGUUGGUUAAAGACAACCAAUAAGAGCGCUCUGAUAGGUAAAUAGUGAGCUUUACCUGAUUGGCUUACUAUUUACCUAUCAGAGCACUCUUAUUGGUUGGCUUGGAAUCCAACCAGAGUGUGCUGAGUAAUUUUACACAGUGUAGAAAAGUUCUUUGGAAUUGGUACUCAGCCUCUUUGAAGGAAGCAACUCUCAACUAAUAUCAGCAAUGCUGAGCGUGGGCAAGUAUGAAAUGAACUCCACGUGACACAUGUUCUGUCAUAACUGGAAGAAAUAAAAACCCAGUAGAAAAUGUUUUGUCGCCUUGACUUACCUAUAAAGCUAAUUUUAUUAUUCUACCUUUCCAUGUUUUUAUGGUCAUAUCUCUUCAAUACACUUGUCUUUUCAGUUCAGGGAUGCUCAGGCAAUUACUCACUAAAAAGUGAAUUAAGAAAUUACGUUGACAUUUUUUAAUCCUAUAGUUUGUAAUUCCAAUGUUAUCUCCACACCAUGCAUUUACAUAAAUAGAUAUCAGCUGUGACAUUGCAUAUGUCCAUGAACUACAUUUUCCUUGAAACUCGCCUAGUCUGAGACCUGUCUGAACGUCAUAAUGAAUGUGGUCUUCAGCAUCUCCUCUGCCAACACUAAUGUUAAACGUAUCAUCACCUGAGAUAUUAGCCUUUCACUGCCAUGAAUCAGUGUAUCAUGAACAAUGGAAAGACAUUGCAUACGUGUAAUUCUGUCAUUACUGGAGGUACAGGGAAAAAGAUAAACCAUCUUUUUUAAGUUAUGCUAACAUUUACACACGUUCCUGUAAUAAAAAAGUUAAUUAAAAAAAUAAGACAAAAUUCUUGAGAUACCAAUAUUCUUCGCACUGGAAUUCCUGAAUAAUUAAGAAUAUGUUUACGGUAAACUUGUAUCCUCCUGGCUUUCAAAAAUUUUUUUUUUUUACAUAUUGUGUUCUCACUUAUAAUUGAUGUUAAAACACUGGUAUUUACAAUUUUAUACAGGAGCCAUUCCUUCUGUUCUGAUUUUUAUAAUGACUUCUGUGUUUACAUGCAGUUCCUGAGUUAAUCCUGCUACAUAAUUGUUUUUGUAGGUUCGACACGUGAUUGCAGAUGGAAUGGUUCAUCUGUGUAUUUAUGCUGUAGCUGCUAUUGCAAAAGAUGCCGAAGUUACCACUGCCUUUGAUUUUGAUUACAGUAACUGGUAAGUAUGAUCAAUGGUGCAAGACUGCAACUUUAGCUGCGUCUUUCUAGCUGCUUUUGAGAGGCAUCUAUGUUUUUUGGCUUUGGUUUGUCAUCCUGCUAUCCCAUAAGAUCAGUUACCUCUUUUUAAACCUAUUGAUGUACAAUUAAAACAUAUUGAGCCAAACUGCUUAAGACUCUUCCUGGUGUUUCAUUUUAUAGUGGACAAAUGUUUAGUUGAACUAAAAUAAUUUGCCUGUAACUAGUGGAGAAUUAUAUUUAUUCAUGUUUGUGUGUAUGAUAUAUGUAUGUGUUUUUUGUGUGUAUAGAUUUGGUUUAACAAAAAAAACAUACUCACUGGCUGUGCAUUUUUUUUUUCUUAUUUAACCAUAUCCAGUAACUAUAAGGUGGACUGUGCAUGCCACAAAGGGAAUCGUAACUGUCCUGUCCAGAAGAGGAAUCCUAAUGCUGCAGAUUUGCCACCCCCGGUAACUCCUAUGCUGUCUAUCGGAGCAGAAACCAGGCGCAGGAAAGCAAGAAGGAGGGAGCUGGAGCUGCAAGGCUAUGCUGUAGAGGAGAGCAACAACAAUCAUGUGGAGGAAGUACCCGAAGUGCCUCCUGCUGAGGCAGCUUCCAGUGAUCAAGAGGUAAAACCAGCUUAUACUGUGGAAGCUCUGUUUCCAUCUAGAUCAGAGAUGUGGAAACCCACCCUUUCUGUCUCUCGCUAUACACAUAUAAUUUUACAUCGUCGUUUCAUAUAUUUUAAUGGUAGCUGCAAAGGACAAAAAAAAUCUUGGCCUACCAUGAAGUUCCUUUUUAAUAUAAAAUGUUUUCACAUGACUGCAUGUAUGCAUGUUUGUGUGUGUGCAUGUAAAUUUCCUGUGUUUCUUUAUUCAGCCAAUCAUCACAUAUAGCAACACAUUAUUUUCACUGUUCUAGACUAGCAGAUAGGGGAAGAGUUAGUUAAUGCAGUCUAUUUUAUUGAGUUUUAAUUUUAAUUUUUUUAAAACUUGUUACUUUCAGUCAAAGGACGAAAAGAAAGUGGAUGUCCAAAUAAAUGCCUUUGAGAACCUGGACAAGAGAAGAAAGCGCAAAGACCAAUUUUCAGAGCCAACUGUUGCUGAACCUGAGCCUCCUUCCAUUGCUGAAGAUAUGAAGCCAUUGGAGGAACCCACACCACAGGACGAAUCCAUAGAACCUGAAAGUCCUGCAGUAGCAGAACCUACUGUGAAUACCAGCCCUGGAAUGAAUACUAGGCGAUCUUCACAGGCAGGGGUGAGGAGAUGCAUGGUGCCAAUGAAAGCGGUUAUUCAGGGUUAUUCAGGGCUAAUAAGACAAAGGCAUGUUCUGCUUUAGAUACAUUUUGUCUUCCUCUAAAGCUUGUCCCUGACCUUUCUGUUCUGUGAAGUCCUUUUAACGUGUACCAUCUCUGCCUGUUGAGACACCAAUUAAAAUAUAUACAACCAUUUUUUGUGCAGUGUCUGCGAGGAACCAUUACCACUUUUCUUGGAUGACAAUGCUAAACAUCUCCAAAUGGGUAUGAAGUGUGUUCUCACAGUCCAAGGACAUUGCAUUUUUGUAACUGGGGUCAGCAUCUUACCACCUCCCUAUUUUCUCCUACAGUUUGAUGCUUGAAAAAGCUCAUUUUUUAAUACCAGAUAUUUUUGUGGCUGGCAAGUGAAGUAAUAGGUUUUUACCUGUAAGCUAGACAUUAAGUAGCAUCACAUAAUUUUGAUCUCUAUAGUCCAUUUCUCAGCUAAAACUGAAGGUGCAAGUUAGUUGAACUAUUUGAAGGAAAAAAAGGGGGGGGAAAGGGGGGUUGAUAAAUGUAAGACUUUUAAAAUGCAAUGACCCCCCACCCCCCUUUUUCGUUUAUGUAGUAUAGGAACAUUAGGAUGGGAGAGGAAAUGGGGCUGUGCUAUUUGUAUCUAGGCUUACAUUAUUUUUAAAUUGCAGGAAGUCAUUGCAGAGAAACCUGCUUCCAAGCCAAUUCCACCCAAGUCCUCCAAGCACCGGCCCAAGAGCCGAAUGUCCCGUUACCGGAGCAACUCGGCACACAGACUGCGGAGGCAAAGGCAAGCAGUGUCACAGCAGGUUGAAGUGGUGCCAGUGGUGUCUGAGGAAGGGGCAGCAAAUUCAGCCACAGCUCCAACAGAAUCUGGGACCAUUGAGGGCGCUGGAACAACUGUAACCCAACAGGUGUCUGAGUCUCCUACUGUUACUCAGAAUGUGACCCAACCAACACGGGCCAGCCUUAAAUACCACAAGAACAGAAAAGUAUGUCCACUCUGUAUUAAUCUUUUUCUAGAUUAUUUUUAUUUUUUAAAAUCACCAUAUGGUGUUUGUGCAUUAAAAAAACCAAGAGGAGUUAUACUAGUUAUUUUUUUUUGUUUGUUUUUAAAUUUGGAAAAAAUCCCAUUUUAUUGUCCUCAUGUGCAAUGCUUGUUUUUUUUUUUUUUUUGCUUGUGUCUGAAUGUUUGUAUUAUUCAUUAAUAAAGGAUUGUGUUUUCUAUCAGUAUGUGGUUACAGAAUGGUUAAACGACAAGGUUGAGAAGCCAGAGUGCCCUAUUGAACAUCCCUUGCGGAUUACUACAGAUCCCACAGUUUUGGCGACCACGCUUAACAUGCUACCAGGACUUUCGCAUUCCCCCUUUAUCAGUACCACUCCCAAACACUACAUACGUUUUGUAUCUCCGUUUAUGCCUGACCGGCGAAGGCGGCCUCCGAAAGUGGAUGGGACUUAUGGAUCAUGUAAAAAAGUUAGUGCUCAUGUUAAAAUGUAUUACUUUUGCCCAGUUUUGCAACAUUUAACUGUUUACUUUGGAAUAUCUUGCAAGCUUCCUGUUGCAUGUUUAAUGUUCUCAAUCCCUAUUCCGUAUAUAUAAAUACACAUGUGCUAGCGUACUUGUUCUCUUACCUCAAUUUAUUUAAUUUUUUUGUGUGUGUGUGUUUUAGCGCUGGAUCAAGCAAGCUAUGGAAGAAGUUGUAACGCAACCAGCUAACCCAACACAAGAGAAACCGCAACCUCUAUACCAAAGCAACGAGAGCAGUAGCUCUUCUAACAAUCUAAUCAAUACAGGUAAGAAUUAGAAGCAAAGUAGUGGCUCAUUCACUUUUGCUUCUCUACUACUAUCACCAGCCAGUAGUUAGAUUUAGAGUGAAAUAAUUCAAAGCUUUAGCAUAUGCUGUCAUUUUAUUGGUGUGUGAAUUCUAUUGUCGCUUUGAAGUUCUUUUCUGUGGUCUUUUUAGUUCAUCUAAUUACAUUUAAAUCCCUAUAGAAAGGCAUGUGAUAUUUGGGUGCGCAUUGAUAUUUUUCACAAUAAAAUCACAACUUGGGAAGAAUUUACUGCAAAGCUAGGGUAAAUAUAUGUGUAUUACAACCUCACAGAGGAUGACAUUUUUUCUGUUAAUUGGUAAUCCCACCAAGCAAUUCUCUGCAGAGCUACAAUAUAAAGUAACCGAUACCACAAGAAAAGUACCAAAUAUUGGUCCUCACUUCUUUAGAGUGGCUGGAUUCAGCUGUAGGAGAUGAUUCCCUAAUAAUUUCUUACUUCUUAACCCAACAGGAAUCACCGCCCCUUUUAAAAAAUGGAAGAUGAAAUAUAUUCUGGAGGAAAACCCUGCUAAUUUAACAAGCCCGAACUCCUUUGUCACACCUCCCCCCUUGCCCAACUCUUUAACCACAGAUUCCCUAAGCCCUUUGCAGACCACCCCAAGCUCUUCUCUGCCUGAGGUAGAAGAAUCCCGAUACAGUUAUGGACUGGUGUUUUCGCCAAUCCCUUCACUUGCUGCUAGCCGCUGCAAUACUCCACUACAAUUCGAGGUAAGGGAAAAAGAAGCUAUGUCAUAUAUUUGUAGCCGAUUUGAAAGUUUGAUACAUUUUGCCUCUUUGCUAAUGCUGUAUUAUGACUUUCUUUGGAUGGUCAGUUGUAUGAAUUUACAUUACAUGCAUAGGUACACCCAUCUCAGUUUCAUCUUUCGUUAGACUGAAAGAAAGAACUUUGGUUAAAGAGGUAGCAUGAUGUAAAAUGGAAUAAUGUACCUUUGAUAGUUGCCUUUUGAAGAUUAAUUGUUAGAUCACCUCUUUUCACCUGUAAUAACCUAAGAUAUACAUUUAUAUAUAUAUUUUUUCUUUAUUUAGAUUAAAGAACUUUUUUUAUAAACUUUUCAGCAGACAUGCACUUUCUGAUAAUGAUCUCUGCUUUAUCUCUCACAAUAGAUUUAUAUUGCACAUUUCUACACACUUUAAUGGACUUUUUAGGCACUGUAACUGAUUCAUUGUGUUUGGAAUCCCCUGGCGCCUUUCUUGCAUUCAGUAUUAAAUUGUUUUAAAGGAACACUAGUGUCAGGAACACAAUUGUGUAUUCCUGACAGUAUAGGGGUGAAUAUACUGUUUAGGUGCUAGGCCCUUUUUCCAGCGCUGUAUCAGUCUUGUUGCGGCUGGCCCCGCUCACUCUCCUCCUCCUUGGCUGAAAUAAUAAAUUAUGAUCAUCUCAAAGGAAAACAUUGGGAGUCAUUUGCGCAUGCAUGGCAAAAUGCUGCACUGCGCCCAAGUCAGUGCAUCUCUAUGAGGAAGUUUCAGUGUCUCCAUGCAGAGUGUGGAGACGCUGAACGUAAGUGCUGCACACUGUGCAGCACUACCCCAGGAAACACCUCAAGUGACAGAGUGACUACUACUAGAGGUGUUACUAGGCAAACUAUAGUGUCCAUUUAAUGUUUUAAUGCUAAAUGAGCAUGGCCAGCAACCCAUCCCUUAUAUGCUCUCUGAUCUAUUGAGGAGGCCUUAGCCUAAACAGCAAUGGGUGCCUGAGAUAGGCUGAAAGCAUUCAGCUGACACUCUUAGCCAAUCACAUGCCUUAUUUCUGGAAUAAAUUGUCAUGGCUAGAAGGAAGUGUGUGAUAUCUGCCUUAAUCAAAGUGGGGCUUGGCAAUUGGAAGUCAAGGACACUCAGUGUUACACUGCUCAGAAAUGGUUUCACGCUGAAUGCAGGGAUAGUGCCUGGGGACUAAUGAAAUGAAUGGUAUGGUUGUAGUGCCCACUGUAUCCAUUUAAGUAUUGAGGACAUGUUAAAAGUGAUUAAACUGAAAAUUACUGAAAAUUUAAGCUUGGUAGUAUGUUGUUAGUGUUCCUCUAACUUGGAUUUCAUUUUAUUUUGUCAGGGGAGGGUUAUCUGCCUUAGAAUACCUGCCUCAGAGCGGGGAGGGUUGUUUUUCUUCUUUUUUUUUUUCUUUUCCUCUCUUUCUUUCCCCUUUUCUUUAAAUUUAGUUUGCUUCCAUUUUAUAAGAAAUAUAUAUAAAUGUACUUUGCAUAACACUAGGCACAAGGUACAACUAGAAUUAUUAAGAUGUUUAUUUUGACAUAUGGAAUUGGAAUGUUGUGUUUAUCGGUAGCAUAUGCAGCUUUUUUCCCCCAAUUACCUUAGUUUAUGAUCCAUGCUUCUUGUCAUACCUGAUAGUAGUUUUACCUUAGAGAGUAGUGUUUAGCGAAUUGCUUAUUUUCUUAUGAGUUUUUUUCUUUCACUUUUAUUCUUGUUUUGCUUCCUAAGUAGAUGAAUAACGAGUUGCUUUUCCUCCUCUAGAACAUAUCCUCCCCCGAGAGUUCCCCAGCGCAUAUGCCUGAGUCCCUGUCACCUGAGGUAGUUAUCUACAUCAUGACAAAUGCACAAAAGGGGUUGUGUAUGUGUGUGUAUGUAUGUGGGGUUGGGAGACUGGAUAAAUCAGCAGUGUGUUGGCUGUAUUUGUCUGCCUUUUUAUACAUGUAAUAACUGGCUAUCAAAUAAUAAAGUUCCUUCGCACUUAUGGCUAGAGGAUUGACCUUCCUAUCCUUCUAGGCUUCUAAUCAUGCAAUGUUAGAUGCAAGUAUUAUAUAAUUCUGAUUCUUGAGAUAUGUGAAAUGUGGUACACACAAACCUUUCAGUAAUUGCCUUUAAAAGGACUCUCAAGUUUAAAUGAAAAAGAACAAUUGCUGCUCAUUUUGAUUGCCAUAUAAAAAUGUGAAAUUGUACUGCAUUCACAAGCUGAAAUGCAAAUCAUUCUCCAAAGCACAUCUUUAAAUCCAGGAGAGAAUUAACUAUUUUCUUUGUACCAAGAAAUAAAGUUGGUUUAGACAUUAAUUGCUACCUGUCAUGGCAAUACAACUUAAUCUUAAAUGAUAGAGAAUCAAAUUUCGUCUGUACAUUGUGCUAAAAUCAGCGGUUAAAAAAAAAAAAACAACCCCUCUAUCCUCUUAGCCAGUCCAGCCUGUGCCAAUUGGCACACCGAUAAGAAGGCUGUGCUCUGCAUGUCAGUUACCAGGAAACGUUCCCCUGGGCAUGCCUCCUGCUUUAAUGCAGUGUAGAGGAAUCAACGCCUGUCAGAGGACGUAGGGGCAAGCUAUGUGUCAAGCCAGCAGCAAGCACAGAUAGAAACAGGAUGAUUAUUGCAGCAGCAUUGGACCGGCAAUUUGACAAUGGAGAGAGAGAAUAGAUACGUUUUAUUUACACUAACCCAACAUGAAGUGUUGGAGACUUGUUAAAAGCUCAUAUUUUAAUUAAUUUCCAUUACCUCUUGCUUCCUCUAAGACCAUAAGUUAUAUUUCAGUGGGUGUUACACUUGCUGUAAGGCACACACCCACUGAUAUACAUUUUAUAGUCUUGGCAGGAGACUGGGUAAUGGAAAUUAUGAGCUUUUAAUAGUGUUAAUGGAAGAAACAAUGGUAUAACAUGAGCGGAGCCCGAUGGUUAGAACACUGCAAACCUAUCUGUUAUGACAGGUUCAGUUUUAGUGGUUCCUGCAGGUACAAAUCUUCAUUUCCAGAUUUGUAUUCCCUCUAAAGCAGCUUAUUUUGUUAGUGUUGCCUCAUGAAAUUUGAAUUGCUAAGACAUGUGCACUUACAUGUAGAAAUCAUCUCUUCCUGUUGCCUUGGCAGCAAUCUCAUUUGUGAAGCAGCAUUGUGUCCAUAUUUAUUUUGACUGUAUUGCCUCUAACCUUUUUGAGUUACCUGAGGAAGGCAAUCCAUUACAUCCUGCCUUUUGACGUUCAGAAGCAAAUUAGUAUUAAGAUUUCCACUGAGCAUAUUUUGAUGUUUUCAAGAUAGUGUCACAAUUGCAGUCUCUCUUCUUACAGUGUCAAAAUACUGUUUUUAAACUAGGAUGCUAUAAUGGGUUCUCCAGUGAUCUAAUCAAAAAUCUUUCUUCCUCCUUAAACCCUUAAAUAGAACCGUGUAAUUACACUUGUGCUAAUUUAUCCCCCUGAGAUUUACCUGUGUAGUCUUCAUCACUGAAUAAGAAUCCACAGGUAAAUUUCAGAUGAAUUGAUUCUUCUGGUUGUGCGUUCAAAGGAACUUUACUAGGAUGAACCGCUCCAAACAACUUUUUGCACAAGCCUAUUGUGUAUUUUCAUUUGUUUACCAGUAAGUGUUAAGUGGUGCCUGUAAAUUUGUUUGAAAUCCUAACCGCUUUCCUGGCAAUCUCUGUUUGACUUAGUUUAUAUGAUUUGCAUGUGUGUAUAUAUUUAUAUAUGUGUAUGCUUUCACUGUAACUAAGCUGUAUCUUUCCUCUCUACCCCUUGUCAAUUUUUUUGUUUUUUGUAUGUUCUGGAAUAUGUAUCCUGACAAAUUGACUCGUCUUCUCACUGGCCAGCCUUGCCUCCGCCCUGACAUAGACCUUUCAAAGACAAAUUUCUUGGAUACCACCACAGAGAAUUCCCAGGACCACCAAACACUGAUUCACACCGGAUUUGUUGAACAAGCUUCUCAGUCCCCCAGCACCUCUUUGCAAUACAGCAGCUUGCCAGAAAACAUUUUUUUGGGCAAAGGAGGGGAUGGGUCUUCGCUGCUAAGGACAUCAGAACAAACUUUCCGGACAGAAUUCAAUUUAAUGUAUGCUUUCUCCCCUUUGAAUGCUAUGUCUCGAGCUGAUGGCUCGUUGCGUGGGUCCCCUCAUGUUGGGGAUAGAAAAUCUUCCCAGUCAGAGUGCUGUGGCUCUCCCGUAGAGAAUUACUAUGGCCGGCUGGGUCCUGGACUUAAAGAAUCCGUGCUAGAGUCUAUGUCUCCAUCCAGCGAAAGAAUGUGUGAAGGUGUCAGGUCGUCUCCUCAAAACCCACCACAGAGGAAAAAGGUAUUAGCACUUUAUUAAUACUUACACAUAUACACAUAUAUUGUCCGGAUGGUUUAAGGUUUAAAAUAUACCGUAUAUAUUAAACCACUUCUGUCCCAUCUGGAUUAUUAUGCGACAUGCACCAUUUGAAAGACUGAAUCAUUGCACCCAAUGGUAGAUUAGAGUAUCUGUUGUCCCUUUAUUGACAUUACUAAACAUGUAUGUUCUAUGACAAUAAGCUAUGUCCUCUAUAGACUAGGUGUGAGGAGUAGAUGAUUGGCGAGCUAUAAUUAUAUGCCUCAUCUGCCAUAAAAGGGAUGCUUUUUAGGCAGAAUUUCCAACCAAUAAUUUUUUUCUGUAAUAAGGUCUUAGACUGAGAACAUUGCAGAUUCUGUAUGAACCGUGAAGUAAAUACAUCCACUGUACGGGAUUAUCUUAAUUUGGAUAUGUAGGGUCAUUUUAUUCAUUUCUUCCCCCUAAUAUUAUAUUGGAAUAUGGUUGUUUUUAUGAUUUGUGUGCAGAAUGCAUAAACAAUGCUACUUCCAACAAAGAAAUGUAACUAAAAGAAACAGCAAAAAAAAGUCACUGUUGUACUGUAGACGAAUGCUUUUUAUAUGUAACGGUUAUCAAUUUCAAGUGAUUGUUAAUUGUGCCAAUAAAAAAAAAGCAAAAUACAAUCUUUCUUGAAUCAAUAAUGGGAAUCUGAUUUCUAAGUGGAUGCUCUAUUCAAGUUAACAAGGUAGCUGUAUAUACGUCAUGUAUAUGUUUGUAUAAAGCAAUCAUAUCCCCUAAGAUAUAUUUUUCUGUUGAAAACGCAGUUUUAUAGCCUUUCUUUAUAACAUCUUCCAUACCCCUAAUUAAUUUUCUAACCCAACUUCGCUUUUUUAGAACUGUAAAUUAUUUGAAAGCAUACUUUGGAACUGUGCCUGGGAACCCCUGGCACUAUAACCACAACAGUUUAGGCAUAUCAUUUCCUAAGUCCUACUGCAAUUCACAUUUUGCAGUAAUUAAAAGUUUAGUUAUGGGGCAUUCUACUUGUAUUUCAUCCUACUAUCAAUGGAUCUUGGGACCAAUUUGAUCAUAAAGAUUCCUUCUGCACUAUGUUAAAACAAACUGGAAAUAUUUGUGCAACCAGAUAAUCAUUACUUGGAGAGAAAAAAAUGCAUUCUGAGAUAAAUGUUUUAAGUGCAAGUUUACAGAGAAAGCUGAAAAUGUUGUGUUGCUGAAUUGAAAGCUGUUAAGGUGGGCAUGCCCAACUAUUCAGCUGGCAUUAGGGCAUCUCACACCAGCAUGGCCCCUUGGUCUGCUACUCUAGGGCACCUAAUACUGCUAGUGUAUUUUUCCUGCCUUCUCAACCCUCUGUCUUUUGGAGCUGGUGGGUUUUCUUUUUUGUUUUGGUUUCUUUUCAGCUCCAGAACUGGGAGUAGUUUUCAUGCUUUAUUCCUCAGGUGGAACAGACAAAGAACAUUUUCCUCGUUAGACCUCUGGGAAGUCCAGAAGACUAUAAAUGUGGUGGCAGAACUACCUUUCCCAGCCCCUGGUUGAUUUCUGGGGCUGGGAAAGGCAGUUGAAACUGCAAGGGAAAUAAUCAAGCAAUGCAUGCCUGGAAGAAGUUAAAGUUCCAGAAAAGGGUCUUUGUUUUUUGGAUAUUGUUUUGCCUACCCCCACUCAUUGUUAAAUUAGUUUCAUUGCAUUUUCCCAGGUGUCUUUGCUAGAAUAUCGAAAGCGAAAACAGGAGGCCAAGGAGGUCACAUCUUCACCGUGUAGUGACGUUAUCCGCUGCACAGGGACACCCACCCGCCAGAGUAGCAAUGGGUCAAUGUCUGACACAGAUCUCUCAAGUAUGCUGCACAUGCAAGCACCGUCUUCUCCUCAGUGCGGCUUUUCUUCUCCAGCUCAUCCCUCCAUGCCACAAUUAGAGGAAGUCAGCCCUCCUGAAACAAAGUCAACUGGAUCCUCUUCAUCCCAUUGCAGGGUGUCUGAGAAUAUGAGCAGCCGGUGGUGAGUGUCCAUCUUUAGUUUGAGAAAUGAAAAAAGCAAAAACAAACCUUUUUAACUGCAAUUCUUUAUUUUAUUUUUUCAGGAUGGUUCCAACCUCAGUGGAGCGGCUGCGUGAAGGACAAGGGAUUUUGGAGAGGGUUCUACGGAGUGGGGUUAAAGUGUCCCACAGAGGGGAUCCUUCUCCAUCACGGGAAAGCAGUUUAGACAGAGAGUCAGGUACUCAAUUCCUAGUUUUGUUUGUUGUAAGCUACACGUGUAUCCCUUUUGUUUAUAUGAAUGAUUCAUGUUUAAGACCUUCUUGUGAUUUGCUGAAAUUAAUGGUCUGAAUUAAUUGAACAUACCCUAAUUCAAGUAGAUGAUUUUCUUUGUAUAGUUAAGCUUACAUUUAGUCUUUCUUUUUAUCUGGAAUCAAGAUGUUGCUUGGUCGAAACAAUAUUUUGUCUUUGGUAUAAGGACAGUCUAUUGAGGCUUUAACUAGAAUCGUUAGCACUUUUCUGUGUAACAGUCCUUGUAUUUUGCUUGUUUGGAAUUUUAUGUUCAUAGAAAAGCUACAAGCAUAUGCAGAUUAAGGAUAUAUUGUAUUAAAGGACCACUAAAGUCACUCGGAUCACUAUCAUUUUAGCUCUUCAAUGUAAAACAUUGUUUUGUAUAAAGUGCAGUGUUUACAUUGAAGGGUUAAAUACAUUUUGAGUGGCUGUCUUCUAGAGGCACUUCCUCCUCCAGAGCAGAGUCAAACUCUGUCCUGCGAUCAAAUGCUGCUCAGGGCUGCACAUGCAUAUUUCAUCCACCAAAUGCUUCUCUAUUAGAAGUAUUGGAUUUAACAAAAUCGCAGAAGACGUGAGCAGGCGUGGGUGACAGCUGCAGAGGAGGAAUCUCAGUGCUGAAAACGAGUUGAGUAAACUAUAACUUUAAUUUUUAUUGUAAAAUUGAGCUGGAGAGUGGUCAUAGUAACAUUUGUUCUUUUCGGGUCUAUAGGUUCCCUUUAAGAAACAGUUUGUGUUUAUUUUAGGGCAGAUUUUUAAUGGUUAUUCUGUAAUCUAAAUGGAGUAAAUAGGAAACAAUUUGGCAAUUAACAUGAUAAAUUUGAUUUGCACUAUAUUGAAUCAUAACUGCCACAAAACAAACACAUGAGCGGGAAUGAUUAUUUCUUUACACGUGUGAGUCUCUUGUCACAACUAUGUCUACACACCACACAGAUGUCCUUGAAGUCACAUGAAUUUAGUAGUGCUGCCCUGGUUAUUUCUUGCUAGUGUUUUGCCCUUGUAAUGAAAUGUGAACAGCCCUAGCUCUCUGGCCCCCAAGUCUGCCCAUCUGCAACUGUACGGCAAUUACUGUUAUGGCUUCCACGAAUAGUCAUUGCUUCACUGGCACACACCCUCCUGUCCCUAAGAAUGAGAGGAAUUUUAUUCAGGUUCACAAAUCUUUUGAUGGGAUAGACCAUUUCAUUCUAGCUCAUAAGUGGUUUGGAACUAGAUGGCUUUAAAAAAAAAAAAAAACUUUUUAUAACAUUAUUCUUGAAAUUAUUUUUUAUGUGAGUAACUGUUUAACCUUUAAUCCAUUGUUCUUUGUUUUCCCACAAAAAAGAUGGUGAUCCAGAAAUGCCCGGUAUGGCUGUUACCAAAGGAUCCACUGUUUACAGUCCUUCCAGAUACAACUACCAGGUAAUUUGAGCAGUGCUUCAUUUAGUUAACUCUGUAACAUCUUGCUUCUUUCUUUACAGUUCUAAAAUAGUUAAGUUAUGGGACUAUAUCUCUUAUUGCUGUGAGAAGGAAGAUAAUGAAAGCUAAAGGCAGAGAGGAAUGAAGGCAAACUUACUAAUGUAAAUCAAAGCUGUGUUCUCAUUGGCUGCCAGUCCGUUAGCCAGUCAGAAUACAGCUAGACUAGAAGCCCUAGUCCAUUAACAGAAUGUGUAAGAAAGUAAUAAUGGCUGCUCUCUCUAAGGGGAAAACCUUGCUGGAACUAUGAAACUUUAAAUAGACCUGUUGCAUUACCUUUGUUUAUAAAAUAUCUAUUUAAAAGUUAAGUUGUAACAUUAUUAUUUAAAGUUUUUCAAGUUUGUUGCUCCAUCUUAUAUUUAUGUGGUUAGGAUGUUGUGCUUGUUAGGAAGAACAAUCUGCUCUGUCUUGUUUAAAGAGUCUGAUGCUGUUACUUGCAGAGGCGUUAAUAUAUUUUCUCAAGGUAACACUCGUAAAGCAGCACUGUCAUCCCCUCAUCCAAAAUGAGUAUUUCAUCAGGAUAGAAUCUUUAAGAAAUGCUCAUAUUGACUUAGUUGGAAUUUCACUGUAUUCCAACCCAGUAAAAAGAUAUACUGAGACAAAGCAGAAUAUUCAAGGAUAUAAUCUUUCAAUGUAGGGUAAUAACUGCUUGAUCCAAGGAUAAAUCUGACUGCCAUUCUGGGGUCAAGAAGGAAUUUUUUUCCUAGCUUGUUGCAAAAUUGUGCUUCAAACUGGGUUUUUUUGCCGCCUUUUGGAUCAACAGCAAAAAAAAAUGUGAGGAAGGCUGAACUUGAUGGACGCAAGUCUCUUUUCAGCUAUGUAACUAUGUAACUAUGUAACUAUGUAAAAGCAGGGACUACUACUCCUGGCCACUGGACCCUUUCUGUGAUGUCUGUGUCGGCAGUGUUUGCAAAUAUAACUGUUCUGCUUUAAUCAUGCCAAUGCUAAAAAAAAGUAUUUUAUUCAUAUCACUGUACUACCUUGUGGGAUUGAACCCAAUAUGUAUGCCAAUUUUGAAUUCUACAAAUAGUUAUGCCUCGGUUUUGACUUUUGUUUCUCUCACAGUUUUUGCAGUGUGACAGUCCUCAGCCAGAGCCUCUCAACCUUCUCUCUCAAAGUUCAUCCCCAUUUCGAGGACCUGCUGCUCAGCCUGUUGGAUAUAACUAUAGGACACCACAAAGGGCUGGACACACGGUCACAGACACGUCUGUAAUUUCUGCCUCCUACUCUAGCCCUGCCCAUGUGGCUUCCACAGACUCCCCUAUAACCCAGUGUCCAGGGAGCUCUGGAUUUUACAACAGCCAGCAACUGUAUGGGAGCAGUGCUGGUAGCACUCAGCCCAGGAAGAGCUUCCAUCAUCGAGCCCCUAGCUGUGAGGCCAGUCCAGUCCAAUUGCUCAGGACAGACUCUAUCCCUUCAGACUCACAGCCCAGCUCUGGGGCUUCUAGCAAUUCCUCCACUCCCCAAGCAACGCGAUUAGACUCCCGAACUAUUGCCACGUCUAGCACUGGACACUCAGGUUCAAGGAUAUCUGCCGUGUCCAGCCCUCAACAUUACCCACAACGUGGGACUGGUGUGCACCAAUACAGGUUGCAGCAAAUUCAAGGCUCAGGAGUGAAGACUCAGACUGGCCUUUCAUAG